ACAGCGACAGCGGCGGCCAGAAAGCGAGGGGAGAGUUGCGAGCAGCUCCCCCUCUCGCCGGGCCGCCCGUCUGGCGAGCCUCCGCAACAUGGCGGCGCGGAAAGGCCUCCGUCAACACCUUCUCACCUCCCUCCCUCAGGGGGGCCGCUCUGCCGGGAGGAGCGCCGCCUCUCUAUGACCGCCGCUUCCCAACCGCGCGCGGAUCAGAACCUUCGGUGGGAGCGAGCGAGAGAAACGAGAGAAAGAGGGGCUUGUUGGGGGGGACGGGACGGGACGUCGACGUCGCGUCGGCUCCCAGCCAAUGAGGGGCGGGGCGGGGCGGGGCACCGUGGCGCCCGCGGGCCGGGCGCUUCAGACUGGCAGUUGGAGCAGCGACUCCCCUUUGUGUCUGGUCUGAGGGGGGAAAAGGGAGCAGCUGCCAGCCGAGCCCCGAGCCGCCCGGCGACUGGGAGGCGACGCGCCGUGGCGUGAGAAACGCGCUUCUCUCAGAGGGCCGAGGCACGAGCGAGGCGCCCCCGAAGGCAGGGCAGGCGAGACCGUGUGUGUGUGUGAGGGGAGGGCGGCAGGAGGGCUUGGCCGGCGCUGAGGGAAGGAAGGGGGGAAGCCUUUGUGAAGUGAGGGGAGGAAAAGCGGGCGCCCGCCUUCUCCGCCCUCCCUCAUCCCCUCGAAGCCUUUUCCAAUAUUGGGGGUCGGGGUGGGCUGAGGAAAGAAGGCCUCUCUUUCCUUCGGGGCUGCUGCUGGGGGGGGGGACACCCUCAUUCCCGGCGCCCUUUCCCGAGAAACGCCAAGAAUAUUUCCCUUUCUCCCGUCACUUAUUAUUUCCCCCCCUUCGUGUAAGGCUAAAGGAUCGGAUCCUGACGAUUUCUCUCUCUCUUCUUUCCAAAGACUCGUCAUGGGGAGAGACGCCGUUAAAACCCCUCACGUCGAAGACGACGACGCCUUGUUUUUAAACGUCAAGUGACUGGAAAUAACAUUUCAGGAAAGAGACGACGGCAGAGAGAGAAAUCCGGGUGGUUUUGGGGUUUUUUUGUUUGGUUUCCUCAGACCUCGGCCUUUUAAAUGCCUGCCCGUAUCUGCCUUUUGGGGGAUCGAGGAAGCUGCUUGUAGGUGACAAUCGUGGGGUUUUUUUUGUUUCGUCCUCUCCACACCUCUCGGAUAUGAUUCCUUUGCAACGUGUGCGGUGCUUUGAUAUUGCGAAGAAGCGUGGGAAGUAAGCCUGGUUUUUAUAUACAUACAUAUAGUAUGCGAAAGAUGACCGCCGGCUGGGGGGAAAGGACAUGUAUGUUCGCUUGAGAACCAAAACUCUCGCCCUGAAACAUGAAGACAGAUCCGUGUAAUGGAGUAAGAGGUCAGGCUGCUCCUCUCAUCUGCCAUUUGCCCUUUCAGACUGGAUUGUAAACCAAGAGGGUUAAGACUCUUUGGAGACUGGAGAUUUCCUCCUGCUGGCAUUUUAAAAGAAAAUUAUUCUACGCAUCGCCCACCCUCCUGGAUUUCUUCAAAUAUGACCGCCUUGCUGCAGCACCUUUUGCUAUUGCUCCUUUUCUCCACUGCCACCUUACUACUCAGCACUGCGGCUGGUAAGUAGCCAGUGGGUGUAGCAGUACAGCAUGAUCUGCAAACGAAUUAAGCCGGAUUACCUGGAUUUAAACCAAUUUGGUGCCAGUGAAGGCCAUGUGAAUAAAUCAGAGUACAUUUCAAUAAUUUGACUUAAUUGGUUCUAGAGAUUGCAUCCACGCUAGUUGUUUUGCCUACAGGGAAGGGGGUGCGGCUGGCCACUGUUAAGGCUUAUCUUUUUAAAAUGUCUGCAUCAUGCACCUGGAAAUUGUUUCAGUUUUCAGACACUGAUCUAGUGAAUCUAUUUAUCUUCCUAUAUUUUAUUGGGGAAGAUUAGCACAAUCUAGUAGUUAGGAUGAAAUUUUAUUUUAUUAUGAUAUUUGUCACCAUUCGUAUUUUUCCAACGCACAUCCUGCACUUCAGAAACUGUUGGCUUGCUGUGUAUGAAAUCUUUGUUCACAACCAUAAGUGUGGUCAAUGGUUCUUCAUUGACUGAAGUAUGUAAUACAUAUUGUUUCACACUAUGUGAAACAAUGUAUGUCUGGGUUAAAAAAACCCACAAUCUGUCAGUAUUGGCAGAGAAAAAAGUACAGAAUGUAAGCAGAAAAACUGAUGCAGAAUUAUUUUGUGUUCUGACUAUCUUGAGCAAUAUUAUUCAUCUUUUGGACAUGUGUGGAAGCUUGAUAAUGGCAUAAACCUUCACGGGUGAUAAAGGAUGAAAAAGCUCUGAGUUGAGUCUAUGUUAAAUGUUUAAUUUUUACUCCUUGUACAUAUUUUCAACCAGUUUUUAUACCUGCUUCAUGGGAAUAAUUCCAAUUUAACUCAAUGGUGCUUACUUCUGAGUAGAGAUAUGCCUAAAAUUUCACUGACCGAAAUCUAGAAGUACUGUAUGUCUUCCUACCCUCAGUUACCAGCUGAAAUACCAAACUAACUUCAUUUCCCUCUAAUUUUUUCAAGUGGACAAAUAAAUUUGCUUUAGGAAUGUUUCAAAAGAAUUAUAUUAAAAGAACAGGUGAAAUUAUUUUGGUCCUUCAAAUAAAAUUUUAGAAUUAAGAUUAAGAGAGCAAAAUUUUAGAAUUAAGAUUAAGAGAGCAAUUUUCUCAGGUACAGGAAGCCAAUGAUGCUAAAACCUUUAAAUAUCUAUAUCUAUCUAUCUUAAUCCUAUUUGGUUAAAAAAAAGGAGUGGUUAAAUGUGAAGGGUUAUUCAGUCUUCUACGCAAGUUACAUGUAGGAUUGCACUGCAUAUUUGUUUUUCAAGCAUGAUUUAAAUGUUGGUUGAUUUACCUAGGAGUAAAUCUCAAUGAGCUUGGUAGUGCUUAUUUCUGGGUAUACAUGCUUAAGAUUUCAGCAGUACGAAUUUUAAGUCUUUAAAAGGGCUUUCUGUGGGGGGGAUAUUGAACUAAAAUGAUUGAUGUAGAACAUUUGAUUGCAGCAGGCUGGCCUUGGGCUAAAUCAUUGGUGCUUCAGAUUAAUGUCCACUGUGCAUGUCAUUGGUAGUUCAUAAGCUGUUUCCUCUGUAGAAUUGAUAUUUGAAACCCAUAUUUCUACAUUUAAACUUUACAAGUGUAAUAAACUAUUCUAUAUUCAAUCAAGUCUGCAAAAAAUACAUGGUUUUUCUAUGGGAUGAUUUCUUGGCAAAAUUUGAGACAUUUAUUGUGCUUGCUAAAAGGAAUAGCAAUUGUCUUCAGUUUUGACCUGAGAGUAAACUUGGUAUUAAUUAUAGACUGGGGAAGUUCUUAUGGGCAAUCUAGCCAGCGUUUUACAUAUGAUGGGAGAAUCCCUGGCACCUACAUAUUCAGUAAUGUCUAGAAAAGUCAGAUGGUUCAACAGCUCUGCUAAAGAAAGUAAUUCACUAACUAGUCUUUAGAGUCCAGAUUUAUAUUCUAUGAAUAUACUAUAUCCUAUUACCACUCAAGAACUUUCUGAUGUGCACUCAUUCACAAACCCCAACAUUUAAUUAGUGGUAAAGUUCUACAAUAUCUAACAAGGAUAAAAACAAAUUGAGUCCUAUACUGAAUCAAUAAAAGGAGUCUAAUUCCAAAAUUCUUUUAAAUGUAUUUCACAAAAUCUAUGAAUACAUUGUAGGAUAAAUCAGUUUAAACAUAAUAAAAGUCCUGUUCAAUCAGUCCAAAGACCCAUUUGGUCCAGCAUUGUGUUCUUAUGGUGGCUAACCAGAUGCCUAUGGGAAGCCCCAAAGCACUCUCGCCACUUGUGAUUCCUAGCAUUUGAAAGCAUACUACCUCUGACAAUGGAGGUAGAACAUAUAGUAGGUAGGGCUAUCACUUCCUCUUGUGGGAGUGAAUUUCAUGGUUUAACUGUGCACUGUCUGAAGACAUUCUUUUGUGCAUCCUACAUCUUCCAGCAGUCAGGUUCAUUGGAUGGUCCUGCUUUUUAAAAUUAUGAGAGGGAGCAAAGCGUCUCCCUGUCCAAUUUGCUACACCAUACAUAGUUUUAUUCAUUAUGUCCCCCUGCUUCCCAUUUUUCCUAAACUAAACUAAACUAAACUGUUGCAGAUGUUAUAACCUUUCUAUGUAGGGGAAUUGCUCCAGUCCCUUAAUCAAUUUAUUUGCUCUUUUCUGAACCUUUUAUAGCUCUACAGUAUCAUUUUUGCACCAGAACUGUGCACAGCCUUCCAAGUAUAGUCACAGCAUAGACCUCACAGCAUCAUGACACUGGCAGAUUUAUUUUCAACCCCUAUUGAUUCCUAUCAUAUAUUGAUCCCUAUGUUGGUGUUUCCGUUGCAUCAGAAGUGGUUUAGUCAUGCUGGCCACAUGACCCGGAAAGCUGUCUGCGGACAAAUGCCAGCUCCUUUGGCCUGAAAACGCAACCUCAUAGUUGAAUUAGACUGGACUUAACUGUCCAGGGGUCCUUUACCUUUACCAUUUUUUUUACCUAUCAUGUAAUUCACAUUUCACAGCUACCACACACCGAGUCAACAUCUUCAUCAAACUGCCCACUGUGACCCCAAGGUCUUGUUCCUGGUCAGUCACCACCAGUUUAGAUUCUAAUACUGUUUAUGUGAAAUUAUAUUUUUUUAUCCCAGUGUGCAUCUCUUUAUAUUUGCAUCUGUUGAUUUGCAUUUGCCAUUUUACUGCCCAUUCACCCAGUUUGGAGAAAACUGAAAGUCCGUGAAUAACUUUGGGUGACAUUCAAUGCUGUCUCAUUCAAUGGGGAGGAAAGCCAAGUUUUUCUAAUCCCUCCACCCCUUGUAGCCUCCUAUGCCAUUCCCUCAAAUCUGCUGUGAUGGGUCUCCAUACUGCAGAGUAGAUUUAAGGAGGGGCAGCAGUGAGAGGAGGAAUCAUAGGAUCAACAGCUUCCAGCUGCCAUAAAACCCCUUAAAGAAAGGUUGAGUUAUCAGACUAUUUUUUAGGGAUUUUAUAAGGUCUUUUUUUUUUAAGGGUAUUUUAAGCCCAUUUCCAUCUGACCUGGCUAUUAUAAGAACUUCGUAAAUUUAUAAUAAGAUUUUUUAGCUUGCUUGUUUUUCUCUUCCCUCCCCAUUCUUUUCUCUAUUUGUGUCAUGCAUUUUAACAUUGUAAACCUGAACAUAGGAAUUAUGUUGGGGUUUUUUAAUUGAUAUGUAAGUUGCUCUGGGGCCUUGCUAGCUGAACUGUAGGAUAUAAAUGCCUCAAAUAAAUAAAGUUUUCCAAUGUGAUCUAUGAAAUGCUUGGUUCCAUAGAUGGAUCCAAGUAUUUGUAUUUACACAUCUUACUUUACCUUGAAAAACCUAGAGCAACUAUCCCAUGCAGUCUCCAGUUCAGGCUCUGACCAGGCUCUGAUCUGUUUAUUUUUAACAAUGAAACGCCAUUAUUUAUUUAUUUAUUUAUUUAUUUUAUUUUAAAACCGUAUAGCCCAUCCUUCCUCUCAAAAGAGCUCAGUUCAGUCAAUACAUCCACAAUUUAAAAUAAAGAUAAAAAUAAAAACAUUCUAAAAACAAUUACAGUUAAAAAACAUUAUUUCAUCUGGUGAUUAUGUGCUCUCACAUACUUUUCUUUGGACUUGGAGCAUAAUUCCACCUAUCCUAAUGUUAUUAUUGUCAAUCACAAACUUUUUAGUAUACAGUGGUACCUCGGGUUACAUACGCUUCAGGUUACAUACGCUUUAGGUUACACACUCCGCUAACCCAGUAAUAGUGCUUCAGGUUAAGAACUUUGCUUCAGGAUGAGAACAGAAAUCGUGCUCCGGUGGCACGGCGGCAGCAGGAGGCCCCAUUAGCCAAAGUGGUGCUUCAGGUUAAGAACAGUUUCAGGUUAAGAACAGACUCCGGAACGAAUUAAGUACUUAACCUGAGAUACUACUGUAAUCUGGCCAAAUGUAGAUGUGUGUAUUUUCCUAGCUUGUGGAAAGUCUCAGUAAGUCAUUGAAGAUAACACACUUAAUUAGGCUGAAUCAAAAACUUAAACUAGAAUUAUUUCCCAGAGACAGGAUAAUGUUGAUUGAUACCCCUUUAAGCCAAGAACAUUUUCUAUCUAAAUUGAAACACCACACAAAUUAGGUAUCUAAUAGGCAGGGGGAAAAGUGGCAGAACUGGACGUAUGGUGAUAUGGUUCUUUUUUGGCAACCAACAGCUAUAUGUUUUUGGGUACUAAUCCCCACAAUUUUCUCUUGCAGGUAUAUUUAGUUAUAAUGUAUUUUAUUUAUAAAAAUAUUUAUAUACUGCUGUAUCAGAAAAUAUAUCCGUGGUUUACAGCAAUCACCUAGUUCCAAACCUAGUGAGACAAAGUUACAUGUAAGUUCAAUAUGUUCCCCUGCCACUCAUCUCACAGAGGAAAAGUCAGUGGAACAGCAAUCCAUCGUCUCAUUAUUUGCAAGUUAUUAUUUAUACACUGUCAUCCAUGUACAUGGCACUAUAUACAGUAUAAAAUUAGGAGAAUAGUAAUCUGAGCAAACUCACCCACAUUUCUCACAAGGUAAGGCAGUCAUCUUUAUUCACCCCAAGACAAGUCAUUAUUCAGUAUAUCAUUUUUAAUUCACAUUUUCACUGCAUUACAAUCAAUAUAAACGAUUCUUGUUUCUCCUCAAUCAUAUUAAUAGCAACUAAAUUUAAAAGUGAAGAACUGAGGCUGAGAAACUGGAAGGCAUUUUAGUACAAGCGGGUAAUGCGGAGAUAUUUUUAACAAGUCCUAAAACUCUGUUGGUUUUCAUAUCAACAUACAGCCAUAAGACUUAUCUAUGCUACAUAUGCUUAAUCGAUUUCUGAAAAAAUUGAACAUUUUAUUAUUUGAAAUAAGAGCAGACCAAAAAAGUAAACUGAUAAACUGAGGAUUCCCAGAAUAGAGGUUACAAAAUGAAGUUGGACCACCUACUUGACCUAAAUUUUAUUGUUCGUUUUUAUGUUUUUAUAUUGUGUGAAAGCCUUAAUGGAGAAUGUGGGUUUUAUAAAGGAAUAUGAAGGAAGUAAGAGGUGGCAUUAGAGAACAUUACUGGAUGCAGUUCCAGGUAUAAUGGGGCAGCAAGGGAGAAAGGGCAGAGUUAUGUGGGGAAAUGGUAGACCUUUGGAUUGCUGAGGGUGGUGGAACCCAAGGCGUGAAUGUCUCAGAUAAGUGAAGAUGCCACCAUCUGCGAGGUUCUCUUUGCUCCAUGGUAGCUGGAACCCUAUGAAACCUCAUAGACCAUCAAUCAUGUAAUUUUGUGAAAGGGGAAAUUGUUACUAUUUGGUGAUGGAUUGAAUGUGGGAGUUGAAGGAAUGAGCAGAUGAAGGAUAAAAAUCAUGACUAUGUGCCUUUCCCACGGGGUGGAUAAUGUCAGUGGAUAAGAAGAGGGGGGCUUAGGAGAAAAGAUAAGCUCAUUCAUGGGCAUAUUGAGUUUGUAAUGACAACAAAGCACCCAAGUGAAAAAAAUCAAAGGGGCACUUGGACAUGAGAGACUAGAUGAAAGGAAAAAGUUUUGGAUGUCAAGUACAGGUGGUUCUGAAAGCUGUGGGAUGUAAUGGGGUCACCCAGGGACAGUGUAGAGUGCUGUAAUAUAGGUCAACUGGUUUUGUGAUGCUCUGUGGUUAUUGUUGCUGAUUCCAGUUACUUAAUUCUGUUGCUGUGGGAUACAGUCAUCCCUUCAUGCAUUGCUUCAGCCUGAUGUCACCUUUUCCUGGUUCUUUCUUUGUUAAUGGGAGUACAUGUGGCUUAACAGAGCAAGAACAAAACAAAUAUUAACUCAUAUUGAUAAUAGAGAUGCUUACAUAGUUUUCAAAAUUGAUCGAAAAUGUUUGCAUAUAUGUAUAUAUAAUGGUCUGCCUCUUUAAGGUUCUUUUUUUCUUUGCUAAAUAAAUGUUCUUAUCUCUGGUGACAUUUUUGUAUAUGAAUGGUGAGUGAUUGUGUGUUGACCAGGGAAUAUGCUGUUAAUCUUUUUUAAAAUGUGUACAGUGCAUGCUCAGUUCUACAUUUUCCCCAUAUUGUGGAAUAUAUUGCAGAAAAAGCAAUGGGAGGAAUUCAACAUCAUACUCUUCUGUUCAUUCCAUCAGCAUAAGAAUAUCUGCUUGCCAGACUGAAUGAUUCCUCCUCUCCUCUCCCCUACAUGCUGUUGAGAGUUUUCUUCAUCCUGUAGAUCAGAUUGGGGGGCAGGGAGACUUGGGGAAGCCCCAUUGCCCUUGGACUGGCUUCUGCUAGCACACUGGGUUAGAUGAAUGUGGGCCAAGGAAGUGUGUACCUGAAAUAUUUAAAACAAAAUUAAAGGUGUGUGUGUGUGUCAGGCUUGUAAUUAAAUCCACACAUUUUACUAGCUUCCAGUGGUCUGAUGGAGAGCUCUAUCUUUUUGCAGCAGUCUCCUGCAUUUUUAUGGUCUUGCAGCCUGCUUGGUUUCUAUGCUGGACUCACUCCAUUGCGGCUGGUCUUGUGUUGUCUGUUUACUUACUGAAUGGAAGGGGAAAGUAGAUGAGGGAAAAGAAUAAAGAUGGUAUAGGAGUCCAUUGCACCUGGCCAGCCAUCACCACUGGAGCACUAGAGGAAGGCAGAAUAAGAAGAGAGCAACAGCCAUGUGCCCAUUAAUUCCAGUUUUGAAGGGCACAUGGCUGUUGGUCCUUCUGAUGUGCCCUCCCCAAGUGGCUUUGCGAGGAAUAUUUCCAUGGCGGGGUACAGUGGGCAAACAGAGUCCGCCAGCCCAGUCCUUGCCACCAAAGCAAUCACUAGCCUGGUGCAGCGGGCUCCAUUUGCCCUCCACCCCUCACCAUGUACAGUAACACUCCUCGCUAAGCUGCUCUAGGAGGGCACGUGAGAUGGAUGCAACAGCCAUGCCUUUGCAAGGCUGGGUUCCUUCUCAUGCUGCCCUCCCUGAGUGGCUUUGCAAGGCUGGGACCUGAUCAGAUCCCAUUCUCACACUCAGGGCUGGUUUGAGGAGGGUGGCAUGAGAAGUGUGCCCCCUGCCCAAAAUGCGCCUGGGGCAAUUGCUCCGGCUACACCCCACUAUGCCCCUGCUUUAGCCCACUACUGCCCAUAAAAGGAAAAUGGCUUGAGACAAAGCUAAUUGAUCCUUUCAGUUACUGCAGAUAAGCAGUACUGGAGCCAGUCAAACAUGCAUAAGACCAUUUUUGAACACUAGCUGGUAGAAGGAGCUAUAAAGACAGGUUGCAUGGAGUGAUGUUGAGUCCGUGGCCAUAUUCCAGUGAUCAUAUCUUUGCAUGUAUCAAGACAUACAUGAUUUGAAGGCUACCACUUUGGUGAAGCUAAGCAAGUUUGGUUUGGGUACAGGCCUGAAUGGGAGAUUCUCUAGGAACUACAUAUGCACUACCUUAGGUUCUAUGAAAAAAUAUAGGUGGAAUAUAAAUGGCAGAAAAUAAUAAUUUAAAAGAUCUUAAGCCAACAUAUGAACAGGGCUUGUGUAACGACACAUAGAUGUUUCGCUCUUCUUUUUGUGUGAUCUGGGAAACAAGCCAGGAUGUCUUCAGUUUUCUAUAACUCCGUGUUAUGUUCAGGUUGGAAAGCCAUGCUAAUGACUUCUAAACAAGUUAGAAUAUAAAGUUCUGGUUUUUAAAGCCAUUUACCAUGGUUUCCUGGUUCUGGUGUGGGGCUUGAGAUUGUCGGAAUGCAUCCCCUCUUGUCUUCCAGGGAUCUGGCCAUUUUAUGUGUGCAAAUAUGUUUGUGAUUCCGCUGGAGGAGAAGCACCUCAAACCUUCCCCUACCCCCAUUGUCUCCAUAGGGUCCAUACACAGGCGUGGGUUCAUGUGGCCAACAAGUGUGAAGUUAUCUUAGGUGGUGUUCGGAAUUCUCCAGGUGCCAGGCGCGUUUUGCAACUGGUGCAAGUUCAAUUGCGACCACAUGGAAAUUUCUGAAUGCCAGGUUGGUGACUGACAUCUCCACUUGGCUGAUGGCACUGUGGCGCUGCUAGGCAAGCCAGGUGACUUGGAUGCAGCCAAAGACACAUGUCUUAUGCUUCUGUACUGUCGCACAAGCCAGAUGACUCACAUAGCAGCAAACUUUGCUUCAGCAGUGCUGUGAGAGCUGCAAUCCUAGGCACACUUUCUUAAGGGUAAGGAAGCCCCUCUCAUUGAGGUGGGGCUCACUUCCAAGCAAAUGUGCCUAGGGAUAAAGAGGAGGAAGUGCAUUCGCCCUCAUGCCUACAUGCACAAGCUCACCCAGCCCCACGCUCCUGUCUCUCAUGAGGCAGUUGCUGGGUGCCUCGGAGCAGCCAUCCUGGGCCGGCCAGGGCACCCCAAAAGGUGUUUCUCCCACUCCCCCCUGCCCCCCCUUGCAGCAUUAGUUCAUAUGUUUUUUGGGGGGAAAGGUUACUGUAAUUGGUAAAAUGCAUGACUGAAUUGUUAAAUAUGUUAAUGUUGAUGAUCUACACGAUUCAUUUUUUGCUUUGCAACCUUGUGCCUAGACAUUCCGUUGUGGCAACCUCAGCCAAGGUUUAAGGUGCCAUUUGGCGAAUAGCUUACAUACCUGAAUUUCUAAUACAAAUUUUAGGCCAAUGGGUAUUACUGGUAGUUCUGAUUCCUCUUCAGUGCCUAAAUCUAGGGCAAUUUUUAUUUCAUGGAUCCCCAAACCAUUUAGACCAUGUGGCUCUUGGGGCAAAGAACAUAAUUAUCUGACUUAGGCACCCACCCUGCCAACUGGAACAUGCCCUCAGGUGGGGAACCUGCAAGGUGCAAGUACCAGAUAUUUAUUGGGGACUCCUUCUGCCUCAUUGUGCUUCUUCUCCAAUAACUCCAGUAUUAAGGUGGGCUUUCUAGGUACCGUAAGUCACCUUCUCCAUUCGCAGGAUGGCCUGCCCUGGUAAAUUGGUACUCUUUUCAUUUGGGGAAAAUAGCUGGUGCUAGGGGGAAAUAAAUAUUCCCUAGCAGACAGAAGAGCUCUCUUGCUUUUUGCUAAUGUCUCUUGUGGUCAUCAGGCAGGCUUUCCCUCCAAGGCAUUCAGGUCAGGCCUUCCUGCUGUUGCUAUUCAUGUGAGCACUCUCCCCAGAAACAUUGUGGACUACCUUUUAAUCUUCCUCAGGAAUAUCUAGGACACUAUUCUGGUUUCUUCUCCCACUGGUCUUAACCACACCUGCCCAGCAAUGCCAUUCUUCCACUUGUACCUCAUCUGUCAAGGUUGAAUAAUUGCAAGAGGAUUGUUUAAUCUCCUACCUGGGCUCUGGGGCUAGUAAAGGUCCAUUGGACUCCUCCCCAAGUUCUUGGGUGUGGGGUAGAAAUGGACUGUUUUUAGUGUCCCCUUGGGCGUGUCUUGCAUCAUGAACUAUUUAAAACCAAAUGUACAAUUGUAUAUUUUAGAGUAUUCCUGAAAAUUAAAAACGUAGCAUAAUGCUUAACUUAAAAAAAAAAGUAAACUUGUGCUUCUUCUCACCACUAUUUACUUGGGGUAUAAAAUGGAUUUCAAGCUAUAUCUAGAAGUGUGUCAUUUCCCCUGCAAUUGAGCAAGGGGAAAUCUACCAAAGUCAGCAAUGGAACAAGAUAGCUGAGCCUUCAUUCUAGUAUUAUUUAGGUCCCACAGUGAUGCAACUUCUCUGACUGCUUGGGGCUAACGGGAGGUAUUAUCUUUAUUAAAACGUAAAGUGUCUUGAUGCAGUGUAAUUCAAACACAUUUCCCACACUAUAGAAAUAUGCCCAGAAUGACAUGUAGAACAGCUUUCAGAAAGCAGAAGCGUUGAUCUUCUCUUUUAAGAGCUGAAAUCCCAAAACUUCCAGGAAGGGUAUAUAACCAGUCUUUUUCUUUUGUUUCAUAGCAAGAUAAUGAUGAAAUAUAGCAAUCCAUUUUGUAGAGAUUUUCUACAGUCUUUACAUAGUAAAAAACCCUAGAACCUCUCUUAAUUCUUUUACAAAUGAACACUUAGGUAAACUAGGAUUUGGGUUUACCCUAGAAGAGAUAUUUUUAAAUUACUGAAACAUGUUAAUAUUAUUUAAAUUUUAAACUACUUUUAAAGCAAAAUCUCCUUAUAAUGCUGUAGCUUGGGGUUAUGGUCAUCAGUUUAGAAGCAGAUUGAAUUCACAGGCUUUCUGGUUCUCCAUUUUAAGAACUGGGGCUGAUUUUAAAAUUGCAGAAAUAAUACUUCUGCACUUUCUUGUCUAGAGUGGGUCAUUCCAGGCAAAGCAAGCAAGCAAACAAACAAAACCCUAGCAACCUUCUAACAUGUGAAAAGUUAGCAUACCUGGAAGAAGGUGAUCUCAUCGUUUGUGAAAAUUUAGGUUCACAGCCAUGUUGGAAAUUUGUCAGGCACCAAGAGUGUUUUGUGACUGGCACAGGUCCAAUUGCGACCACAUAGAGAUUUCUGGAAGCCAGCUUGGUGACUGACAUCUUCUAGCUGUCCCCUCCAGCUUUCUUAAGCAGGUAAGCAGAAGAGCUUAUUUAUUGCAUUUAUUUAUUGCACCUUUUUCUCCAAGGUUCACCCUGCUUUCAGUUAAUCCCUACAAUAACCCUGUGAGUUAGGUUAGGAGGCUGUAACUGGCCCAAAGUCACCUAGAAUUGAAAUCCUGAUUUCCCAGGUCCUAGUCUGACACUCUAAUCACUACACCACACUGACUUCCUACAGUCAGUGUCCCAUAGCAGAAGUAUCUGCUGUGGGACAGCUAUAUAAAUUAAGUAGGUAAAUAAAUAUGGGGAAAGCAAAAUGUCACUUUGAGAAGGAUCUGAAAUAUUUUCCCUUGAGAUUUGAGUUUGUUUUAUUCUGGAUUGCUUAUUUGAUGUUUCAGUGUGUUGCAAACUGCUUUGAGAUUUUCUCAUUGAAACAUACAGUAUAUAAAUGAAAUGAAUAACAACAACAAGAAAUUCCACUGAGGGGAAAAUGGCUCCCAGACAUUCCGUUGUGGUGACAAUACCCCAGGUUUAAGGUGCCAUUUAGCAGUUAGCUUAUAUAUCUGAGUUUCUAACACUGGUUCACAGGAUACUUCAUGGACAGGCUGUUUGUUGACUGAUUGCUUAAUCAUACAUGUAUGAAUACAUCUCACAGCAGGUAUUGAUACUUAACAGUACUUCUAAAAUGUGUGGAGAGAAACACUGGGCAAUGAAUUGAGGAGAUUUCACCCCUCCCAUAUCCAAGAAUCUGCUGAUGUCUCUGCUGAUUCUCCAGAGAGGAGGGGGUGGUUCUGCUCUCUACUUAUUUCGCUCCAGCCUCACAUCAGAAAGAGAGAGACUGAGUGUUAGAGAGAGAUCGUGUGUAUAGAUAAGGUUGCUGCUAAGAGCAGCUGCAGACACUCAGUGCAGUUCAGCAUUUUCGUUUAGACCUCAUUUAGCUCUGUACAUAGUUGUGUAUUAUAGUUGUAGAUAGAAUAAAGAAAAUAUUCUACAGAGCUGCUCUCCGAGUGGUUUAUACUCUGCUAUACCCUGCUGCACUCUGCUGUGCGACGACUGUCUUUUUGUUGAAGUGAAUCCGGUGCUCACAACUCUAAGCUGUGAGUCCACAGCACUUUGACCUGUUCCUGUGCAGAAGGUGGUCUCUGGAAGUGCUACCCAGCUUGCCUAGCCCAGUCGGGGCUGAAGUGUGUGAGUCCAGUUGGUGGCACUGGCUCAAGGGCGAUGCUGACAUGAAUGGCUACCGUACAAAUAACUCCAGUGGGAGAUUGUUGGCAAACCUAAGUUGGGGGGAUUUUUGAGAGAGGAGGGUUGCAACACAUGGGGAGGGUUAAACUUUACUUCCUCAAUAUUCUUGUAUACCAUUUAAACUUGAAAAUUGCCAACAGAAACUUAAUUUCCAUACAGGGUUCAUUGUUUGCGCUGCAGUCACAAUGAAGAUCACCCCCAUCUGGAAAUUAGAACUGGGGAGCGGGGUGGCUCAGUGCAGUCUGAAUCCUAUGUGUAUGUGGGAACAAUAGAUAGAAAAUGAGGGUCUAUAUAUUUGUAUGAGAGAAAAAAGACGAUAUGUGCGCACAUUUUUUGUGGAUGUGUAUGAAUAUGUAUGCUUCUACGUAGAUUAGGGUGGCCAAUUGCAAAAGAGAACAGAUCUCCUACAGCGUUAAUUGUUUUCUAGAAGAGGAAAUUUCAGCAGGUGUAAUGUGUUACGUAAACUACACCUGCUCCAUUUCUUUCUAUUACACAAUUAUUAAAAGUUUAGGAAUCCUGCCAUCUUUUGCAUUUGGCCACCCUUUGUGUGGGCAGCUGUGUGUUGUGUGAGUACAGUGGUGCCUCGCAAGACGAAAUUAAUCCGUUCCGCGAGUGUCUUUGUCUAGCGGUUUUUUCGUCUUGCGAAGCAACCCUAUUAGCGGCUUAGCGGAUUAGCGCUAUUAGCGGUUUAGCGGCUAUUAAAGGCUUAGCGGCUUAGCGGAUUAGCUGCUAAAAGGCUAUUAGCAGCUUAGCGGCUUAGAAAAAGGGGGGGGGAGCGGAAAAUAAAUCUCAAGACUCGCAAGACAUUUUCGUCUUGCGAAGCAAGCCCAUAGGGAAAUUCGUCCUGCGAAGCGCAUCGAAAAACGGAAAACCCUUUCGUCUAGCGGGUUUUCCGUCUUGCGAGGCAUCCGUCUUGCGGGGCACCACUGUAUAGGCGGCCAUACUCAAAACUAGUAUGCUGUCCUCAGGUGGGGGAAAAAUCCCACUCUUGGUAUAAUAUUGUAUUUCUCAUUAGGAUUAAGUGACUUUCAUUAAGCCAUCUUGACCUUUGUCAAAAAUAUUCAUAUUCUGGUUGAUGAACGACUUGAUUUGCCUUGCAAUAUUCAGUGUUUUCGUUUCUGUGUCAAGGUUGUAGCGUAAGGUUUGCUUUAGUUGAGGUUCUAUCAUUUCUUCUUGGAAACCACUAGCUUAACCUUAAAGCACAUAUAUUCACAGUUUUUAAAAAAAUAAAAAUAAAACACAAAUACCCUUCAGAGGUACUUUAUAAGAAUAUAUUUAGUAACUAUUAAUGUACCUGCACCGGAAGUUCUUUUUCAUAACUGAGAUAGCAGGUUCAGAAAAUUUACUAAAAAUUUCCUGGUUGAAAUGCCAGAACCUUCCUUAUCCCUUUAACUCCAAAGAAAGCAAAAUUAUGUAUGUUGAACUGAAGUAGAAUGACAUUCAUUCUUCAUAACAUCAUUGCUAUUAGGCCUGCUCAGGUGCUCACCAAGAAGAUACACAGGGAAGGCUGGGGCUAGCCUUUCUUUGGCUGUCCUCAACUCCAGCCUGAGCUUCCUUUGGGGCAAAGAAGGGGGAAACUGGUACAGUAAUUUUAAGUUUCCAGUCAUCUUUUUUGCUUUUUUUAAAAUCAAACAUUGUGGAUUUGUGUUCACAAAGAAGAUUUUUGUUUUUGUUUUUAAUUUGGGGACAAGGCAAAACUAAGCUCACCUUCCCGUCACUGUCAGAAAGACUCCAGUGUGACUUUCAACACUUGUAAGACAGAACAGGUUAAUCAGACUUCCAGCUGCAGUAAAAUUCUUGCCUCUUUCAGCAUACCCAGGAGAACACAUCUUCCUAGGAAUGUGCAAACAGGCAGGAGAAAAACUGACAUAGGUCUAAUCGCCUUUUUUUAUUAUUUUGAGGUAAGCCUCAAACUAUACUGUGUUUGUUUCUCUCCCUCUCCCUUGUGAUAGUACGUCAAAAUAAAUGUGUUUUCGAGUUGUAGAUGUCUGAGCUUCUGGAUAACCUCAGGGCAAAAUAAGCAAACAAGAGAUCCGUUCAUGAAAAAUGGAACUUUAAAUUCAGGCAAGAUGAAAAUAGUACUCUAACAGUAUUCUAUCCCAGCCUUGCUGUUAAAUGAUGUAGGCCAGGACCUAAAACUUGCAAUUUAUAAUGAAGUUUCAUCUAACCAUCUUUUAGAAAGCAAGGCCCUUUUCUGUGUGUAUUGGGAAGGUAUGAGGUUCUUAUAUGUAUUGCCAAUUCAGUUCAGGCAGAUUGCUAAAUCUUCAUCACUGAAGCUCCAAUUCUUGGAAUUCUAAGAUGUUAAACACAUAAGGAAUUAUUGUGGUGAAGAACAAGUGUUGCUUUGGAAGCCUAGGAAUUGGUUGGAAAGUUCAGGAAUGCAAAUAGUUGCAAAGUAACAACCAUCUGCCACUUAUGAUCCCAGCUGUCCAAAUUCUCAGUCACUGCUGUUACAAAUUGCCACUUAAAAUCCAGUUGUUUUUUCAUUUAUAUACAAAGUUGAGACAAGUGUUCUAGUUUUAAUUUACAUACCCUGAAAAUGUUUGUGGCCUUUGCAGUUUUGCUGUAAACUAACACAUGUCUAUGCUGGAAUAGCUUUAAGAAAUUCAAUUUGGUAAACAUGUAAUUUUCUUACAGGGAAUUUUGAAUAGGACUGCCUCAUAUCAGGUUAUAUUUUUUGUCUUCCUAAUUGCAGAGCUUGUUUCAUGGUGAUAGCUGGCAGAAUAAAGUAUUUCUAAGGAAUGACUUGCUUAUUUUUCUUUUUGUGCUAUAGUUACAAAACAAUAUGGGUUAAAUAAAUAAUAUGGUUUUAAAAGAAAUUCUUUGAGAGCUAAUGUCCAUUAUAGCAGAGGCUUGAAGACUAUCACAGAUAUAUUUUUAGCUUUUCCAGGUCACUUCUCUGCAAGCAUGCACUUGAUUUUUUAGACCACAUUUCAAAUUGUGCUACACUAUGAAAUUUAUUUUAAGAUGGACAGAUUUAUGCUGGGAGCUUUUUCAUUCCUUUUCAGCUCAUCACAUUACUACUUAAAAUGGAAAAUAGUUCAAUUUAUUCUAGUAAUAAAGCAUAUUUUAUUUUAUAAAUAUAUGAUUUUAUACAUAAUUUUUAUACUGAAAUUCACCUAUUACUUUUAAAAAUAGCCUGAUGUAAAAAUGUUUGCUGAUUAUUGGAAAUGUAAUAUGUAAUAGAAUGCAAAAUACUUCAUUGUUUCUUUUCCACAUAUAAAGUUACACUCUUUUUACUCCCCAGGGUAUUGUGAAUAAUGACUCUAAUAUACUGGUUGUGAGCAUUCCAUAUUUUUCUUCUUAUGUUUGGUCUCUCAUUAUUAAUAAGCAACUUCUAGUUCAUUUAAAAAACUAGGUAUUAUUUUCUAUUUUCUCUCUCUAGAAUAGCCCCUUGUUGCCUCUUCACUUGUGUGCUGCCUGUCAAGAUCCAGACAGAAUUUUCAUUACCAUCUUCUAUACUCCUCCAUUUCCAAAUGUGAAUUACCACAUUUUCUUUACAGCUUUGUGUGUUUCACUGAAUAUGUGGGGCACAUUUUAUUGUAUCGUGAAGAGACAAUUAUGUGUUUGGCAUUGAGUAUAUACCGUAUUUUUCGCUCUAUAAGACGCACUUUUCCCCUCCUAAAAAGUAAGGGGAAAUGUGUGUGCGUCUUAUGGAGCGAAUGCAGGCUGCGCAGCUUUCGCUGAAGCCAGGAGAGCAAGAGGGAUUGGUGCGCACCGAUCCCUCUUGCUCUCCUGGCUUCAGGGAUAGCCUCCUGAAGCCUCCUGAGCGCAGCGGGAGCACUCUCGUUGAAGCCAGGAGAGCAAGAGGGAAGGGGCUCCGUUUCUCCUGCCGCUUCGCUGAAGGGGUGCUGCGCAGAGAGGGAGAGAACACUUUUAUUCUUGUUCUCCUCCUCUAAAACUAGGUGCGUCUUAUGGUCGGGUGCGUCUUAUAGAGCGAAAAAUCCGGUACUCGGUAGGGUGUUAACGCCAUUCACAACUUGCUGCCUUGCAAGUAUGCCCAUAUGAUACACGUGUUAGUCACAUUCACACUCUACUUCUCAGGCAUACCCAAAAAGUGUUAGGUGUACAUCGUUAAGAGACGCAGGUGGCACUGUGGUCUAAACCACCGAGCUUCUUGGGCUUGUCGGUUGUAAGGUCGGCAGUUCAAAUUUGUGCGACGGAGUGAGCUCCUGUUGCUUUUUCCCCAGCUCCUGCCAACCUAGCAGUUCAAAAGCAUACCAGCAUAAGUAGAUAAAUAGGUACCGCUGCGAUGGGAAGGUAAAUGGCGUUUCCAUGCACUCUGGUUUCCAUCACAGUGUCCCAUUGCACCAUAAGUGGUUUAGUCAUGGUGGCCACAUGACCCAGGAAAGCUGUCUGUGGACAAACGCCGGCUCUCUCGGUCUGAAAGUGGAGAUGAGCACCGCACCGCAUAGCCAAAUUCAACUGGAGUUAACUGUUCAGGGCUUUGGACCAAUUAUAUUUAGAGACCACAAGUCAUUCUCUCCUCAGAUUUCACAGCUCGAAAUUAUUCCUGAUCCAUUCCUACAACAGAAAAAUUUCUUAUGGAUUUGCUGCUAAAUAGGCUUGUUGUGUUUAAAUUCUCUCUGUUAGUAGUGCUAGGUAUGAUUUAGUGAUUAGGUAUGAUUUAGAGGGUGGUGUGAACAGGCAAUUUUUAAAAAAUCUGACCUCUUUUAAUAGCAAAUAAAUUUUGCCUUGUGACCUGUUUACAUAGAUUCUUUAGUUGUGCAAUCCUAUGCAUAUUUACUCAGAAGUCCCUCUGUGUUGUUAUUCUCAGAUAAGUGUAAAUAGGAUUCAGCGUUCAAUGCAAUAAUUAAAUAUGUUAAUUCCUAACAAUAAGGCCUGUUUUUGUAUUUUGCCCGAUGGUUAAUUUAAUACUUUAUUUUAUGUUCUGUGUAGCAUGUUAAAAAUAUGCAGAAGGUAUUAAAUGAUACAAUAGUAGUAAUUUCCAGAAAAGUAACAAAUAAAGAUUGUGAGCUGUGUGUUUUAUUCAUUUACAGCACCUAGUGUAUAUUGAGGGAGGCAGGUGGCGCUGUGGUCUAAACCACAGAGGCUAGGGCUUGCCGAUUUGAAGGUCGGUGGUUCGAAUCCCCGCAGCGGGGUGAGCUCCACUUGCUUGGUCCCUGCUCCUGCCAACCUAGCAGUUCGAAAGCAUGUCAAAGUGCAAGUAGAUUAAAUUGUUACAGCUCCUGCGGGAAGGUAAACUGUUUCCAUGCGCUGCUCUGAUUCGCCAGAAGCGGCUUAGUCAUACUGGCCACAUGACCCGGAAGCUGUACGCCAGCUCCCUUGGCCAAUAAAGCGAGAUGAGCGCCGCAACCCCAGAGUCAUCCAUGACUGGACCUAACGGUUAGGGGUCCCUUUACCUUUUAGUGUAUAUUACAUGCUUCCACAAAUGAUUAAAAGGUGCAAUAUAUAAACAUACUCUUUAACAGCCCUGACCAAAUGGUGGAAUAUACAAUAUGAGUGGCUUAGACUGUUGACAUGAGUGCCCCUGAGCACCCUCUUCUGCUUUGUAGAGCCCACAUGGCUCCUUGGUAUACUCCAGAGCUCAUGGCAAUGAAACAGGCUGGGAGAUGGCUUGAACACAAGUGGAGGAAAACAACAGGUGAAUGCAGUUGAACAUUGGUGAGUGCUCAUUUUUGAACCUACUCAGUGGCAAUGAAGGAAGCAAAGAAGGCAUACUUUGCUGCCUCCAAUACAUAGCCACUGUAUCAUUCAGCAGAGUUUUUCUGAGUAGUUUGGGGCCUUUUACAGUAGUACCUCAGGUUAAGUACUUAAUUCGUUCCGGAGAUCCGUUCUUAACCUGAAACUGUUCUUAACCUGAAGCACCACUUUAGCUAAUGGGGCCUCCUGCUGCUGCCGCACCACUGGAGCCCGAUUUCUGUUCUUAUCCUGAAGCACUAUUUCUGGAUUAGUGGAGUCUGUAACCUGAAGCAUAUGUAACCAGAGGUACCACUGUAUAGUCUGGCCCAAAAGGAGAUGGUAUUUACUUCCUUUCGCUUUAGCUUCUUGCUGCCAUUCAUGCACUCAGUAUCCCCCUUCUUGUCUGCAGCAAGAUGAUUUGAUUUUAUUUGUUAUCAGGGCACUUGUUAAAAACAUAUUCCUGUGAUAAUGCUGUCUUUUCUGUUUUCUUUCAUGUGAAUGUCAGGAAAAUAAUAAUAAUUGAGUUUUGCUACUAUGCAUUAGUAUGCAUUGAUCAGCAUUUUAUUGUUUACUAGUUCAUUCCUAAAAUCAUAAUGUUUUUGUUUUUGACUCCGUGAAUGUUGUAGAGGCUCCACAGCUGGCAAAAAAGCACAGGGUUUCUGUCUAUUUCAACAAUUUUUCAGGAGUGAAUUUACGGGGAAUUAUAGAGCUGGAAGUUUGCUGCAAAGCAAGACUCUUCUCCCACCACAGAUCAGUCCCCACAGUAGCAAAGUGUGCUGUAAAUAAGAAGCUCCUGUGUUGCAGAAAGAUGUCUGUCAGACUAAAGCAGAUAUCUCUAGAUGACUUGAGGAACUGAGCCAAGCUGCAUACUGAUUGGAUAGUGCAAAAUUUUGUGUGACUGGUUAUGAAAAUAUACCGUAUUUUUUGCUCUAUAAGACGCACCAGACCAUAAGACGCACCUAGUUUUUGGAGGAAGAAAAAAAAAAUAUUCUGAAUCUCAGAAGCCAGAACAACAAGAGGGAUCGCUGCACAGAGAAAGCAGUGAUCCCUCUUGCUGUUCUGGCUUCUGGGAUAGCUGCACAGCCUGCAUUCGCUCCAUAAGACGCAUACACAUUUCCCCUUAAUUUGUAGGAGGGAAAAAGUGAGUCUUAUAGAGCAAAAAAUACGGUAGUUCCAGCAAGUAUGGGCAACUGUUGCCAGCAGUUAUCACACAAAUACAAGUCAAGACAAUAGAUCAUAAUUCUGUCAUUUAGGCGAGCUUCGGAUAUUUCAUAGGCAAUGUGGUUUCCCCUGUAAAUCUAUUUUUGUAAUCAGCAGACGCAAGGAGUUGGAUCCAGGCUUGGCCUUCUGUGAACAGAAGGGUUCCUUUCAUUGGCAGAAGGAUUAUGAUCUAGUGGAGGAAUACCAUUGGUGGAAUAGGGGAAGUCAUUUUAUCCACCACUCUCCCCACAGCCCACCACGUUCCCUAAAAAUCUGAUCUGAGGAUGCAUAUUUCUCUUAAUUAAUCGUCUAACAUGGCCAAGCUUAGAAGACUGCAGGAAGGAAUUCAGAAGCAGCAGUGCCUGUGAAUGUCAUGGACUCUGAAUGGAUCUUUGAUAAAAACAGAACAUUGAGCAAAUGAAGAUGAGAAAUGGGGGUUGAAGAGAGAUUGGUGAUAAGAUAUAGCUGAAAGAGGGUAUAAAGCCUUACAGAAACAUUAGCUAAUCCAUUCAGUGGAGUGGGGACAUUUAAGGGUAAGUCAAUGGACUGGUAAUUUUUAAAAUCAUAGUUUUAUAACUGAACUUGAAGGCUAACUGUGCAUAAGAAUAUAUUGGUGCCUGUCAUAUUAAAAGUCUACGUACAGUAUCUAAAGGGAGAUAGUGAAUUCUUUAGAUAAAAGCACAUUCUUCUAGUGACUUUUCUUGAACUCUGUAUCAGUAUGUAUCAAUAGCAUUUAUACAAAUGGUGGUAGUUGGGUUAAACUAUUGGUGUACAGAAAGGAUAUUUAAAAGUAUGUAUCUCUUUCAUCUCCUGCCUGGCUGCAAAAUCCUACAAGUCAAAUUUUACAGUACAGUCAUACCUCAUGUCGCGUUAGGUUCAUGUUGUGUCUUUUCAGCUUGCAAACGCGGCAAACCCAGAAAUGUUUAGUUUUGGGUUUUGCCGCGCACGCGCAGAAGCGUUCUAUGCAUUUCGCACAUGUGAAGAAGCUCUCUAUCGCAUUGCGCUUGCGCAGAAGCGCCCUCUAGUUGCGGAUUUUUCGGGGUGCAAACAGCACCCCGGAACGGAUCGUGUCUGCAGCUAGAGGUACCACUGUAAACGUUACAAGCUUUAUGAAUUUUGAGGAAGUACCUUGUUAAAGGGUAGCUAAUAUUUUGAAUCUCGUAGUCUCUUAACUGCAUCCUGAGCACAGCUGUGUGUUCUUACUUUGCUCACUGCCAAAUCUAAACAAGGUCGCAGAAAAGAUUAGAUUAGGAAUUGAGUUUUACUAGAACCAAAUAUCAGCUACUCAUCUAGACUUUUACACUGCCAAAUCCAAACAAGGCCAUAAUAAAGAUUAGAUUAGGAAUUGAAUUUUACUAGAACUUAAUUUUAUCUACUCAUUCUAGCUACUUGUCUUUAGCAAGUGUUUCUAUAGUGUGGUCUUAGUCCUAUGCCCACUUACUUGGGAGUAAGCCCCUCUGAACUCAUUGACACUUAUUUCCCAGCAGACCUGUAUACUGCACUACUAAUAGAAGAGUCUUUCUGGAGCCCUUCCAUUUUUUAGUUCAGCAGUUUCCUCAUCUGCAGUUUUUGAAUGGUUUGAAGACCAACUACACAUAACUUUUAACUGCUGUGAUUUGGAAAACGUCCACACUGAAGUUGAUGUAGACAAGCAGGUUAUUUUAAAAAAAUGGUGCUGUGUCCUGAAUAAUUUUGAAUUUUUUACAUAGCCUUGUGAAGAAUCAUGCCCCAAACAUUUGAGGCUGUCUGUCCAAAUUCUGGAUAAAGCCUAGGUAGAGCAAAUAGUUUUUCCAGACAUGCCUAUGCACGAAUUCAGAUUGUUAAGAAUUUGCUUGAUAAGAGAAUGUGAUUCCAUUUGCCAACUAUAUGUGAUGCUUUCCCCCAUCAUUUUGAGCUUGUAGUUACUUGAGCCCCAUUUUUAGAAGCAGCAAAAGAGAUUUUUAAAAAUUGUAUAAUUAUAAGAAAGUGAGUGAUGCAGUGAGUGAACUGAAGCAGUCAAAGUGUAUGAUGCUUAAUAUUUUAAAAUCAAAUAUAAAGUAUUAUAUGAACUUGUUCAUUCAAUUAAAAACUAUCCAUUUUAUGGGUGAAAUUAUAAUACAGACUUACAAAUUUGUAAAGAGACAUGCACAGCAAGCUAUUAACUUUGAACGUUGACUAUUAUGUCAGGAAGCAUAGCCUUUAUAACUGAGAUAGUAAAAAUACUUAUUUUCUUGAUAGUUUUCUUGAUAGAAUAUUUGGGUCUGAACUGUAAGAUCUAGGAAACUCCAUUCAUAUUGAGAAAACUUCAUUCUGAUUAUGGUAACAAUACCUAAUUUGACCUUAUGACAUGAGGUUUGUGACAUACAUGUUAGACGUGGAGAGUCAGUGAACUGCACUGUCAAGAAUGUAGGAUUUGGGUGUGGGAGACAUAAGCCCAUAGCCUCACUUAGCUGUACAGUGGUACCUUGGGUUAAGAACUUGCAGUUUCACCCACCAGGUUUAGUUAGAAAUUAAUAUUUUGUAUUAAGUUCUGUGUAGCCAUGUAUAAGAAAUGUUUCUUUUCCAAGAUUCAGAUGCUAGUUUUUUAUUAGUCACAAAAAGGCAUAUGAUUACCCACACACCCCUUGAGUUGUCAACCAAUUUUUUUUUAAUUGCUCAUGGAAUAACUAUUCUUUGUAAAAAAUCUAUGCAGCUGGGGGAAGGGGUGGCUAAAUGCAGAAAAUAGAAGGGUGAAAAGAGUAUAUGAGAGAGGAAAGUACAUGGAAUUUAGUAUUGGAGACCCUGAGUGUUUUUAAUUCUACUUGUUUGAUAUAUAGUACAACAUGGGUAACUAAGGCAAACUAAGGCCCGGAGGCCAGAUCCGGCCCAAUUGCCUUCUAAAUCUGGCCUGCGGACAGUCUGGGAAUCAGCGUGUUUUUAAAUGAUUCCUUUACAUGUGUCCUUUUAUUUAAAAUGCAUCUCUGGGUUAUUUGUGGGGCCUGCCUGGUGUUUUUAGAACGUGUGCUUUUAUUUAAAAUGCUUCUCUGGGGUAUUUGUGGGGCAUAGGAAUUUGUCCCCCCCCCAAAAAAAAAAAUAGUCUGGCCUCCCACAAGGUCUGAGGGACAGUGGAAAGUUUGCUGACCCGUGCAAUAAGUGAUUUCUAAAAUGAUGUUUUAUGCAUUUAUUUGAGGAUUGAUAGUUAAUAUUUUGCAUCUUACAUAAGGCAAUAUUUUGCAUCUUGCAUAAGUAAACGUGACCUGAAAGAUUUGUGUUUGAAUGGAGCAACUGAGAUGCAGAAUUGUACACUGAAACCUAGUUAGUAUAACUAAGUACAGUGGUACUUCGGGUUAAGUACUUAAUUCGUUCCAGAGGUCCGUACUUAAUCUGAAACUGUUCUUAACCUGAAGCACCACUUUAGCUAAUGGGGCCUCCUGCUGCUGCCACGCCGCCGGAGCCUGAUUUCUGUUCUUAUCCUGAAGCAAAGUUCUUAACCUGAAGCACUAUUUCUAGGUUAGCAGAGUGUGUAACCUGAAGCGUAUGUAACCUGAAGCGUAUGUAACCCGAGGUACCACUGUAGCUGCGGGGCUAUGUGCUUCUAAUGUGCGUUAGGCUGACCAAAUGGCAUGAAGAAUUUGUUACUUGGAUACGCUAUGAGGCUGUUCCUGUCCUCUCAUGCCUUCUUUUGAAGCUUUCAGUGACUGGGGAAAAAAUUGGCUGCAGUGUGAUGUUAGGCAGCUGCAAGAGAUGGUAUUUGUUUAUGUUAGCUGAUUUGUUUUGCAAAUUAACAGCCUAAGUCUAUCUUAAGCUGUGAGAAGUGGCUUUCUGGUGAAAAGAGUUGUGAAUUGAUGUUAAGAAUUUUGAACUAUGUUCUCUUAUCUCUGCAGCACAGUUGGAAAUUUGGGAGUUCUCUCAGAUAUUGUCCAUGUGUGCUAUUAAUUGUAAUGUUUGUGACCCUUAGUACUACACAUGUUUUAUUUAAGCGAUUAAAGUUAUUCAUCAUAACAGCUUGGAGAGCACAUGAUAAAUUAAAAAUCUGGUGCAUUCACAAAUUCUAAAAAAAUAGGUAAUUUGCAUUUUGUAUGUGCUUAUUGUAUUCCUGUGUUCUUUCUCCCGCCCACCAUGUUCAUGGGAUAUUAUGUUUUAUGCAAUUAUAUUUGUUUACAUUGAUUAAACAUAUUAAAUAAUUUAGAGGUAUUAUGAGUUUGGUAAAGUAUAAUUUGUUCAUUAAUGGUAUAUUGCUUAACAGCUUAUUGCUGAACUUACAUUCAGAUGUGAGGAAUAACAUCUCUGUUCACAUUUAGCGUAUUGCCAUCUCAUUUAAGCUAGUGAAACAAGAUAAACUGCAAUUACAAGAACUGUGUGUUGAUAAAACAGUGUUGCUUUUUGUAUAGCAACAGAUUGCUUAAUAGAUUCAUGCUACUUGCUGAGAAAGAGCUGAAGCAGAACAGGAGUCCCUCUGUCUUCUGGGAAGUGAACUUUAUUCCAGUUAGCUGGGGGUCUCUAGGGACUGUUGGACAGUCUAUUGUCUAAGAUUCUUUGUAAUGUAAACUAAUGUGGAUUAAUGAAGUUGGUUUGAACAAAAUAGCUUUGUAGAAGCUAAACCUCUUUAUUUUUGCAUACUUUGUGUGGAUUUUGCUUGUUCAUUUAUGAUUAAUACGUCCGUUUAACAGGUAAAGUAACAAAAUGUCUACUAUACAAGCAAUACAUGUAAAAUUCUGAACAAAAUUCCUGGUAUGAUAGUAGUUGGUGGAACACCACCGCACAUUUAAAACAGAAAUGAAACUAUUUUUGUCAUAAAGCACCGUAUUUUAGGAUUGGACUCCAGUCAAAUAUGCCAUAGAGUAAGGUUGUGCGUGUGGAAUCAUUGUGUAAGUGGCAGCCUACACUUUUAUUAUUAUUGCAUCGUGGGGCCUUCUGAUAGCAGUGGUAAGAAUGAAAACCCCUCACUCUCUAUCUCUGCAGUAGUCACUGUAUAUGGCAUGCUGCAUCUGCCCUGCCAACUUUUUAAAAGCUCAUUUCUACCUUUUAAAUUAAGCUGCAUUAUUUGUCAUAACUGGGGGAUCUCCAAAUAGCAAUAUAGCAUUCACAAGAAAUCACCAUUGUGUAGUAGUAGUAGUAGAUGACAGGGUAGAUCCAGGGUCAAAUCCCCGCCACACUUAAUGAUAUUGAACUAUCUCACAGCCUAACCUACUGCAAAGGAUCGCUGUGAGUUUAAAGUGGUGAGGAGACCCGCCUAUGCUUUCCUUUCAUUGAAUUAAUUUUUAUUCGUAUACUGUGAAUUGUACAUGUUUUGUAUUACAUAUUUGUGUGUUGUAUGUUGCUUGGAGACCUUCAGGUAACAAGUGACCAACAAGUCUAAUAAAUGAUGGUGGUGGUAAAGCAAAAAUAAAGUUUUAUCAGAGAGGCAUAGGCAUAUGGUUGCAAUCACACCUGAAUUAGUCAAAAUGAUAUCUACUAGGCUUCAGCUGGUGUGUUUUAACCCACUACCAGGUCACAGUCUGAUCCAAGUUGCCACUCAGCAGCACCUAGCACCAUAUAUGGUUUAAAAAACCUGAAGAGAUAGGCCUUUUUCAGGGGGAAAUUGCACUGCAAAAGUAUGUGAGAUCAUGGCAACCAAAAUAGCUGUCAUGCUCUCAUGAUAAAAAUUCACACUCCCCUGUGUGAGUGCCUGAGGGCCCUGCUCUUGCCACUUACCAUCUGGCCUGGGGCGGGGCCUGAAGCCUCAAAAGGACUGCUCUGCUGCCCAGGAGGACUCCCCUGUGUGAAUGCCUGAAUGCCUGAGGGCCCUGCUCCUUCCUGCCACGUACCACCUGGCCCAGGGCGGGGCCUGACAGGCCUCACAAGGACUGCUCCUGCCACCUACUAUCUGGCCCAGGGUGGGGCCUCACAAGGACAGUUGUUGCCACUGAUGCUGCUACUGCCCAGGAGGACCCGGAGGGUGCAGGGUUCUUUUAACAUGUUUUAAAAUCUCCCUUUCCCUUUAGAUUUUUUAUAUAUGGGGGUGGGAUGGAUGUUUGGGUGGGCUUGGGAAUUUGUUAGAUUUUGAUGAAUUUGUAAUUUUUGCACUUUUUAUUUGUAUUGUUUUAUUGUUUUCUGGGUUAUUUUUGUUUUUUGUUUUUAUUGUUUUAAGGUUUUAUUGUUUUAGGCUGCGAAAGAAUAACAUUAAUUGCCGUCAAUGGAGGCUACUAUGAGGCUUGGGAUUGCUACCGUGGAGGGGCGAGGGAGGUAUGGCGGUGGGGGCAUAUGUUAUAGGCAAAGGGGAUCAAGAUAUGGAUAUGCUUGUACCCCUUCCAAUCUGCGCCUCAUCCCGAGGGACGAGGGUAGGGUGAGCAAGGAUUACUCACCUCCGUCACUGGUGCUGUGCAAUGCCAGGUCUAUAGGCAACAAAACCGCCACCCUACGAGAUUUCUUUAUCUCGCAGGGGGUUGACCUGGCUUGUGUGACAGAGACCUGGGUGCGCGAAGGGGCAACAGUUACCUUACGAGAGAUGGCGCCCCCGGGUUUCUCCGUCCUCCACCAGUCGCGGACUGUGGGCCGGGGGGGAGGGGUGGCAUUAUUAAUCGGGGAAGAUUGUCCUUUCAGGGCUCUACCAUCGCCAUCGAUCCCCGGCAUUGAAUGUUUUGGCCUAGUGUGGGGCUCCGAGGAGAGCUUGGCUGUCUGGCUGGUGUACCGGCCACCUAGCGCACCAGCAGCCACCCUGUCAGGCCUAUUGGAGGCGGUGGCCGGCUGGGCCUUGGAGUUCCCUAACCUAUUGGUAUUGGGGGACUUCAACAUCCAUGCUGAUGCCACUCCCUCCUCACAGGCUCUGAAUCUGGUGUCUUCCAUGGCGACACUAGGGCUCUCCCAGUUUGUUUCGGGCCCCACACAUCAAGCAGGCCACACGCUGGAUUUGAUCUUUGGCAUAGGUAUAGAUGUGAUCAUGUCUCCUUUGAUGAAGGUGCCAUGGUCUGAUCACUACGCUCUGAAAGCCAGGAUUGACUUUCCACCCCCACCCUCCUUAGGUGACGAGACACCAGGCUCUGAAUCUGGUGUCUUCCAUGGCGACACUAGGGCUCUCCCAGUUUGUUUCGGGCCCCACACAUCAAGCAGGCCACACGCUGGAUUUGAUCUUUGGCAUAGGUAUAGAUGUGAUCAUGUCUCCUUUGAUGAAGGUGCCAUGGUCUGAUCACUACGCUCUGAAAGCCAGGAUUGACUUUCCACCCCCACCCUCCUUAGGUGACGAGCCGAUUUGGGCUCGCCCGCAGAGGCUGAUGGACCCUGAUAGAUUCCGCGAAGCCUUGUGGGACCUUGCUCCCCCUGGUGACUCAUUGACUGAGCUUGUUGAGGGCUGCAAUAUGCAGCUCCUGGCAGCCAUCGAUGAGAUCGCACCUAAGCACCCUCUGUGACCCUGCAGAAACCGGGCUCCCUGGUUUACCAAGGAGCUCCGGAAAAUGAAGCGGGACCUCAGACGGCUAGAGCGAGUAUGGCAGGGUGCCCGUGACGGAGCCUCAAGAACAUCUUUUAGGGCUUUUAUGAAAACCUACGAGAUGGCGGUGAAGGCUGCUAAGAAGUCUUACUUCUCGGCCUCCAUUGCAUCCGCUAGCUCUCACCCGGCGCAAUUAUUUAGUAUAAUCAGGUCUUUAACGUCCCUUGAGGGACAGCCAAAUUUAAAUAACAAUUUGACACACAGCUGUGAGGCAUUUGCGAGCUUUUUUGCGGAGAAGGUCUUGUUGCUCCGCCAUGACCUCCCUGCCAAUUUGGAUACAAUAAAGGAACUGGAGACCCCUUGACUGUCCUCGGGUCCAGUAUUGGACCACUUCAACCAGAUCUCCCCAGCCGAUGUGGACAGACUCCUCCGAGCUGGAAAGCCCACCACCUGUCCUCUCGACCCGUGCCUGUCUUGGCUGAUUAGAGCGUGUCCAGACGAGGUGCAGGCGCUCCUGGGGGAUAUCAUCAAUUUGUCCCUUGGCACGGGGACAUUCCCAGGGGAACUGAAGGAGGCAGUGGUGCGCCCGCUCUUAAAGAAAACAUCAUUAGAUCCUUUAGAUCUAUCCAAUUACCACCCGGUUUCGAAUCUUCCGUUCCUGGGUAAGGUGAUUGAGAGAGCGGUUGCUGAACAGCUUGGUGGGUUUCUGGAUGAAACAUCGGCUCUGGAUCCAUUCUAGUCCGGCUUCCGCGCUGGUCAUGGGACCGAGACAGCUCUGGUUGCCCUAACAGAUGAUCUUCAUAGACAGCUGGAUCGAGGUGGGUCGGGGCUGCUGAUUCUUCUAGAUCUGUCAGCAGCUUUCGACAUGGUCGAUCACGAACUUCUGGACCACCGCCUUGCCGAUGUGGGGAUCCAGGGCACAGUCCUUCAAUGGCUGCGCUCGUUUCUCUCUGGUUGGGCACAGAGGGUGGCGCUUGGGGGGGAAUUGUCAUCGCGCCACUCCUUGGUGUGUAGAGUACCUCAGGGUGCGAUACUCUCCCCGAUGCUUUUCAACAUCUUUAUGCGCCCCCUCGCCCAGCUUGUCCAGAGUUUUGGGCUGGGUUGCCAUCAGUAUGCUGAUGACACCCAACUCUAUCUGUUGAUGGAUGGCCAUCCUGACUCGGCCCCAGACACACUGACCAGAUGUUUGGAAGCUGUGGCUGGAUGGUUACGUGGGAGCCGGUUGAAGCUAAAUCCUUCGAAGACAGAGGUCCUGUGGCUGGGAUGGGACGAUAUGGGAUUGGGGGGGCAACUUCCAUCUCUUGCGGGGGCACAAUUAGUGCCAGCACCGUCCGUUAAGAGUUUGGGUGUAAUCUUCCACACCUCCCUUUCCAUGGAGGCUCAGAUUGCAGCUACAACAAAGGCGGCAUUUUUCCAUUUCUGUCAAGCUAAGCAGUUGGCUCCUUACCUCUCUCGCCCUGACCUAGCCACUGUGAUCCACGCGACAGUCACCUCCAGACUGGAUUAUUGUAACUCGCUCUACGUGGGGCUGCCCUUGAGACUGACCCAGAAACUCCAGCGGGUGCAGAAUGCUGCAGCGAGACUCCUUACGGGGUCUUCGCUGCGAGAUUACAUUCACCCGGUGCCAUAUCAGCUGCACUGGCUCCCGGUGGAGUACAGGAUCAGGUUUAAGGUGCUGGUUUUAACCUUUAAAGCCCUAUAUGGCCUAGGACCCUCGUACCUACGGGACCGCCUCUCCUGGUAUGCCCCACAGAGAAACUUACGGUCUUCAAAUAAAAACAUCUUGAAGGUCCCAGGCCACAGAGAGGUUAGGCUGGCCUCAACUAAAGCCAGCGCUGUGUCGGCCGUGGCUCCGAUCUGGUGGAACACUCUGUCACAAGAGACCAGGGCCCUGCGGGACUUGACAUCUUUCCGCAGGGCCUGCAAGACAGAGCUGUUCCACCAGGCCUUUGGCCAGGGCACAGCCUGACUCCCUCCCUCGGCAAUCUUCGCGGAGCUCUGGCCCAAUGGUUGCCAGUGGCUUGAAUUAAUUAAUUUUAUAAUGAAUGAUUUUAGAGUGUUGUUUGUGCUGUACUUUUGUACUGUUUUAUUGUUGUUAGCCGCCCUGAGCCUGACUUCGGCUGGGGAGGGCGGGAUAUAAAUAAAAUUUAUUAUUAUUAUUAUUAUUAUUAUUAUUAUUAUUAUUAGAUAUCCCGGUUGAGCACACUUGUGGGGUAUGCAGUCCCCACUCCAUUCUGCCCUGUAUUUUGCCAAACCAAAGGUGGCAGCCCUAAACUAGUCUCACUUUUUAUUGGGCUUUGGAGAGAGGCAGAGGGGAAGGUCAGUCCUUACCCCAAGGGCAAUUGGAGCAGCAGAGCACCACAUCAUAAGCCAGAGGUCAGCAAACUUUUUCAGCAGGGGGCCGGGCCACUGUCUCUCAGACCUUGUGGGGGGCUGGACUAUUUGGGGGGGGUGAAGGAAUUCCUACGCCCCACAAAUAACCCAGAAAUUCAUUUUAAAUAAAAGCACACAUUCUGCUCAUAUAAAAACACCAGGCAGGCCCCACAAAUAACCCAGAGAUGCAUUUUAAAUAAAAGGACACAUUCUACUCAUGUAAAAACACGCUGAUUCCCGGACCAUCUGCGGGCUGGAUUUAGAAGGUGAUUGGGCCAGAUCCGGCCCCUGGGCCUUAGUUUGCCUACCCAUGUUCAUAAGCCUAGUCAGCUUCUGCCAAUCAUAGUAGAGGGCUGUGCAUGUUUUAGGUUUGUUGUUGUUUUGCUUCACCAGCUCCAGGCUGGUGCAAGAGAGAGGCACAGCUCCACUAAUACCCACGGAAGACCCUAUUUCAGGGCCCUACUCCGGCUAUCACCAGUUGUAGCCUGUUGCCUGCUUGUUCAGAGCUUGGGUCUCUGCCACAGUGCUCCUCUUCAUGGCACUCCUCUUUGCCAGAAGGCUGAGGACACUGCUUUGUCCUCUCCCCACCCCUUAACCCACCUAUCACCUUCGGGGAAGUUAGGAUUGCAGCCAGAGUUCCCCUCUGCCUCUCACUUUAGCCCAGCACAGAUUGCUGACCAUGAUCUCCUGUAAUGACUGGCUACUAAGUAAAGCAAACAUUUGUGAAUCUCUUCUUACAUAAGAUAGGAGCAGGUAACUUCUCGGUUUAUAUUUAUGUUUACUUAGAUUGCAGCAGGUACAUAUCAGCUUUGUAUUUGACAGCCACGUUUAUGUGGGCUGUGUGUCUCUAUAUGGAUGUAAUAACAUUUGAUGUUGAUUGGAAAUGAUGUUCUGCAGAACAUUUUGUUCCACCAUACUUUCAUAUUCAUUUGCAGUCAGUUGCGUUUAGGUUUUGUAAGAUCACCCUUAUCCUGUGCCUGGACUUACAUGCAGCCAUUUCAGAUGGAUCAACCCAGUGUUGCUGUCUGGUGCUCUGAUUGUAUAAAUUGCUUAGCUGCAGUGGACACAGAGUAGCUUGCGUGAAAUAGGUGUACUGUAGCAGCAUUUUGGCCAUGAAAGUUGAUUCUGUUGUGUUGCCUCUAAGGCCUUUCUCUGCAGUAAAUUGCACUUGUUGCAAGGGAUCCAGAUGUCUUUCCUCAAGGUAACAACUUCUGUGGCAAACCACAAUGCUCAUUGCUAAGAAAAUGUGGUCUCUUUUCCUCAUGUUAGUGUGUCAUUUGAGAGUCUGGUAUGGAAUAUAAUUGCUCAUGUGUCAUAGGCACUUAUUGGUUAAUGUCUGACAUCACUGGUGCAAAGCAAGAUGGCUCCUCCUCCCAUGGCCACACUAUUUCGUGUACUUAAUUUUUUUAAAAAACUUUGCACUUGGAGCACCUCAGAGGUGUAGCACAACUGUGGAGAUAACACCCUGCCCCCAUCCCAGCUCCUCACUGUGCACAUCUACUGGUACUUUGCAAGGGAGGAAAGCAUCGCUUAUGGCUCUGACUACUACUGGUAGUACUGCCACCACCCCGGCUUAUGAGCCUCUAAGCCAAUUGGGGGCAUGGGCCUCCCCAACAUUUAGGCUUUUAUCCUGGGAUUGGAGAAACUGGGAGGAAGCCCAUCUUUUCUUUUACUCACUGUUUACACAGAACUGUUUGCACAGAGUGUGUUGGCAAUAUGCCUAGUUUGUGGUAGAUGAAACCCAGUGGGCUAAACAGCUAGCCAAGCUCCAGUAUUCCAUAUGAUGGAGAGUUUAUUUUAGAAAAGUAAUGAUUAGGGGAUGGGGGGGAGAGACAUAAGUGGAGUAUGAUAUAAAAUAAAAGCGUAGGUUCAAAAUAACAAUAACAAGAAUUUAUUACUUAAACUCUGCCCAUCUGACUGGGUUGCCCCAGCCACUCUGGGUGGCUGCCAACAUAUUAAAAACACAACAAAUUUGUUGUUGUUGUUUAGUCGUUUAGUCGUGUCCGACUCUUCGUGACCCCAUGGACCAGAGCACGCCAGGCACUCCUGUCUUCCACUGCCUCCCGCAGUUUGGUCAAACUCAUGCUGGUAGCUCUGAUAACACUAUCCAACCAUCUCGUCCUCUGUCGUCCCCUUCUCCUUGUGCCCUCCAUCUUUCCCAACAUCAGGGUCUUUUCCAGGGAGUCUUCUCUUCUCAUGAGGUGGCCAAAAUAUUGGAGCCUCGGCUUCAGGAUCUGUCCUUCCAGUGAGCACUCAGGGCUGAUUUCCUUCAGAAUGGAUAGGUUUGAUCUUCUUGCAGUCCAUGGGACUCUCAAGAGUCUCCUCCAGCACCAGAAUUCAAAAGCAUCAAUUCUUUGGCGAUCAGCCUUCUUGAUGGUCCAGCUCUCACUUCCAUACAUCACUACUGGGAAAACCAUAGCUUUAACUAUACGGACCUUUGUUGGCAAGGUGAUGUCUCUGCUUUUUAAGAUGCUGUCUAGGUUUGAAAAGCAAUGACAAACCUCGACAGCAUCUUAAAAAGCAGAGACAUCACCUUGCCGACAAAGGCCCGUAUAGUUAAAGCUAUGGUUUUCCCAGUAGUGAUGUAUGGAAGUGAGAGCUUCCCAAUACAGGGCUUCCUUCAGAUGUCUUCAGAAAGUUGUGUAGUUGUUUACCUUUUUGACAUCUGAUGGGAUGUGCUAUUUGAUGGGAUGUUGUAUCCUAACAUUUUGAGCAUGUUAUGAUGUUCAGCUUACAUGCCUGGCAUAUGUAUAAUUCUUUAAGAUGUCCUGAUGAAGACAAAAACUAGUAAAUAUCACCCCACCUUAACUUUUGUUGACAGAGGGGUGGGUGGUGGAAGCCCACUAAGAUGGAUUUACCUGCGGCAGCAUGGAAACUUCUGGAGAUUGCUGCUUGGGGCAAUUAUUAUUUUGCCCUGAGAGGAGAGGGCAUAUAUAUUAGAAAGAUCUUUUCUUGGGUUCCUGUGCAACAAAUUAUUGUUUCUUCAGAGGGGGAAUGCCUUAGCUGUGCAGGCUUCCCAAGCAUAGCAUUGGUCUAUAAAGGAUUAGAAAGCUACCUGCUUUAUUAGAAAAACAAAUUAAGGUUAUCUAUAACUUAUUCCAGAAAAAUAUACCAAUGGAAGAAAUUACAACUGUAUCCUGAAAUGAAUUUAAAAAAGAAAAUAAAAGAUUGUUUUGUGCUUGAGUAAUUCUUCUCAUCUGGAAGGCGGCAGCAUUUUACUUUCCCCCCAUAGUAUUUCCUGUGUUCAUUACAAGUGCAGCUCUGAUAAGCAAAAGCCAGUCUAAGAAAAGUUCAUGAACUGUAGUCCAAGGCAAAGAUAAGACGUUCAAUUUCUUUCCAUUCUGAUAAAUGCUAUGCAGCUACUAUGUGGCUCGGAUUCUUAUUACAUUUUAGCAUGAUUGUGAAGCAGUGGGCUGUCAUCACAUUUAAAUAGAGCAAUAGAGUUUAAAUAAUGUUUGCAAAACUGAUAAACUCAGCAUAGUUUAAUUCAUAUUAAAUUAUCUUUUAUCGCUUUAAGUGACUUUAAGCAUAUUUAGGUUUUUUAUAAUGUGUCAUUACUUUUCCAUUAUUUUGACACCCCCCAAAAACCCCUCUUUAAAAGCUGUCAGUUCCCAAAAGCCUGCUGGAACAAAAAAGUCUUCACCUGCUGGAAGCAGUUGUUUAUGUAUGUGACAACGGCCGCUUGGAUGUUACUAGCCCAGAGAUGGAUGGAAGAAACAACCCCAACCAGAGAAGAAUGGCAAAUUAAGUUGAUGGACUAUGCCGAAAUGGCAAAACUAACUGGGAAGCUCAGGAAUCAAGAAGACAAGAAAUUUUAAAAAGAACAGGAAAUGUUUAUAAUGUGUAUAUACAAAAUCAUUGUAAACAGGUCAAAACAUUAGCAGGAUUUUAAACACACUUGUAAUCUAACAGAAUGUAUAGAUAAUUUAGGAAGAUGAAAAAUCGGAGAAGUAUUGAUAUGCAGUUGAAAAUAGAAUCAAAGGAAGGGAUGGGGGGAAGUCAGGAGAUUCAGAAUAAUCUUGACAAUUAGAUUUGGAAUUGUUUUUGUUGUAUGUUUAUAUUUUGGAAAAUCAAAUAAACACACACCAAAAAUCUGGGAGCAGUGACUGAGAAGGCCAUCUCCUGUGAGGCUGCCCCCCCCCCCCCCGCUAAAUGUGCCUGUGAGGGUGAUGGGACUGAGAGAAGGCCUUUCCUUUCUCAGGUAUUAAACCUUCAUAUGUAUUAAUGUGGAAAAUAAAUACGUUGCAUUUCAUUAUUUCACAGUUAUCACAACUAUGAAAAAAGAGCCCUCCUUGUUAAUCUCGCAUGUAUAUUAAGAUAACUUUAAGAAACAGUGGUGGUAGAAUUCUGAUUAUCAUUUUCCAGGAACAUUGAUGCAGGAAGUAUGAAAUAGAGCUAUUAUUUUGCUUUUGACUGAUGCAGACAUUACUAAUUCAGGACAAGUCACUGGUGUAAAUAUAUGUGAAUAGCUUGCACUUCUUGAUAAACAAUGGAAUUGGAAGGAGAAGGAAGAGAAGGGGGGAGAGGAUUAAAAAUACCGGUUGGUAAAAGGAAGUGCACAUUCCAUGGAAAGAAUGGGGAACUUGUUUAGAUGUGACAAUUUUCUAUCUUAAUGAGGAAUCAGUCCUUUCUUCCUUUGGUGCAAGGGUAGCCAACAUGGUUCCCUCCAGAGGUCAUUGGACUCCAACUUUCAUCUUCCCUGGCCAUUGAUGAUGCUAUCUGCAGCUGAUGAGAGUUGGAGGGCACAUUUUUGGUACCUGCACUCUGAAGCCAAUGAAUUUAUAGCUCUGUUGCUGGGCAUUUUGAAUUCCAGUUUCCUCUUAGGGAUGACGCAGCUAGGAAAAUAACAGAGAAUGCUCUGUUAUGUAUUUUGAGGAGGAAAUUGGUUUUGUUCAAUGUGUUUUUGUUUUUUAAAAAAAUUCCAACUGUCUAGUGUUCAAACUGAAACUUAACAAAAAUCUUCAUCGGAACUUCUUUGCAGUUCUAUUAAAAUAGCUUUUCUAUUUAGUAGUAGAAGUAGUAAUAAUAAUAAUAAUAAUAAUGGAAAUCAUUUUUUCCGAAUACCAGUAGUUACAAUUCAUGAAGAAAAAUAUAAAAAUUAUCACAUUUUAUUUAUUAAAGCCUAAUGGAUUGGAUCCAUCACAGUUUUCCCUGAAUGCAAGGAGUCCUUCCGUGAACUGCAAUCCAGAAAGGGCUAAAGAAACAGGAGGGAUGGAGGCAUUCUUUACCAAUUGCCCAUUUCCCCCUGCACACUCUCAUACCAUGGCUUGUAUUGUUUCAUAGGCUUCCAUCAACCCUCCUGGACAGUCUUUUGCUAAAGGCUGUAGGGGGAAAUCAGGGAAAAAAUUGCUGACACCCACCCCCUCCAUUCAUGUGAGAGUUCCAUGAGCAGAACUGAAUCCAGUGUCUGGUUAAUUAAACUUUCAGAAAAUGGUUAAUGGAAAAAGAAGUGUCAUGCAUUUCCAAAGCAUUUUCAUCCUAAAUACUCUUCUGACUCCCUGAAGUCAAAGUAUUUUACUCAUGUAAAAUAGAGAACAUGUUUAAUAGAGAACAUGUUUUCUUCCUGGAAGAAGGGAGCUCAGAAGAAAUUCUACAACAUACCAUUUUCCUGUAAGCAUCAAGUCAUUAAAGUACUGUUUCAAUAUUAAUGAAUAAUCUAUGAAACCAAAGGCAGUAAUCUGGUUUGGAUUCAGUAGCUACAGUUCUAAAACUAUUACUUGUAAGUACUUCAUGAAGCAAUUUGAGAUUUCAUAUAACUAAGCUGCUGGAAAAUGCCUUGCUUUUAUUAUAACUUCUGUUGUUGCCCUAAAAAUAGGGAUUCCGCUACUGCAAUUUGAUACAUCCAACAAGCAUAGCUCCUUCUCAGAGAAGCAAUUGUGUGGUAAUAUCUCCUUAGGAUGCAUAUUGGUCAGUAUGCAGCAAAGUGCUUCUGCUAGAACAAGGAUUUUUUACUUAUGCAACCAAACUUCUCCAUCUUCUUUCCCAAUAUUGUCCCCUGUCUCCCUUCCUUAAAGGCAGGGUAGGUUUAUCAGCUUUAAAAUCUGAGGAAAAGAACAUUCAUAUUUGGUUGCUCACCCGAAGCUUGCUUAAACUUCUUUUUGCAGUCUGUUUGGGACUUUAAAAAUAGGGGAACUGUCAGGCCACGGUAAAUGACUGGAGAGCUGUGUUCAGGUUGGUGCGUUAGAAGUUACGCAGACCUGCGAUACAGUGUCUUAUGUUUAGAAGAGGGGAAGGAAACCACCCAUGGAAUGUGUAAGCUUGCUAGUUUGACUGCAUUUGUCUGCGUUUGGGGGACAUUGAAGCAAAUAAUAGAAAUAAUUAAGCUGGCAACGUGUUGAAAAAAAUUAAGGUGUGCAGAUCUGUUUCACUGGGGAUGGCCACAGUUGAAUAUCACCCUAUGGACUGAUGUGGGUCCAGUUACCAUAGCCUAGUGAUGUAAAAUAAAGCCGAACACCAGCAAUAGGAAGGAAUAAUACAAUGUGGAUAUAUGAGGAAGAAGCAAUAUAGGAUGAAGUUUCCAGGUUGGAACUGUGUGGAAAAUCUCAUAAAUUCUGAGGGGCUGUGAAUUCAUGAUACAAUUAAUAUCACUUAGCAGAUUGGAUCAUGGCGAGUAAUAUAAAAUUUUAAACACUGCUGAUUUGGGUAGAUAAUAACAAAACCAAGCUCAAGAGUGUCAAAUGUGAAAAUGAGAAGAGGUAAAAAGGAUAUAAUAUAAAUAUAAGAAUAAAUAUAAGAAGGGUGCUUAUAAAAGAAUCUGCUGCUGCUAUUAUGAAAAUUGUUUCCAGGAUAUCAUAACUAUUUCCAUGCAGGAGCAGUUAUUUAUCAGGUUCUUGAUGCAAGUGUUUUCCCGAAGAUUAGCCCACAGCAAAACCAUUGAAUGUCUGGUUUCACACUUAGAAGUUAUUUUAAAGUGUCCCCAGGGACUGAAGAUAGAGCACCCAUAGAGACCACUGGGAAAACCCCAAAAGAUUUUAAUUAAGCUUCAAAUGUGUACAAGUAUGUUUAGUUGUCAUGGAAUGCUAACAUGACUAACUGGGGUGGUGGGGAGGAAAAUUGGGGCUCAGGGAAUGUAAUGGAGUGGCUUGAAUACUAAAUUACACUGUAACACUUUGAUGCAGAACUCCAGUUCUUAUCCUUUUAAUUUAUGUGUACAGUUGCACAAGUCAAGAUUUCAUAAGGAGCAAAUAAUUUGCACUUAGUGAAAUGUGUGAAUUUCCUCCUUUCCUUGAGUCACAGCAUAAAUACUUAACAUUUACAUAGGGAACUGUGUUGUCCUUUGUUACUGAAGAUAGAAACAACAUCCUUUCUUUGUUUCUUUGGCAGUCGGUGCCAAGGAUCAGAAAAUACAGGACAGCUGAGCAUUCCAGGCACAAAGCAUCUGUUCUUGAGAAUAAAAUUGUGUGUGUGUGUGUGUGUGUGAGAGAGAGAGAGAGAGAGAGAGAGAGAGAGAGAGACCUACAGUUAUUAUUUAAACCAAGGCAAGAGCAAUCCUUUGUCUUCAGAAAUGUCUGAAAGGCAGGAGUGGGGAAGGUUACGUUAGUAGUCAAGACAAUUUCUGAGCAUGUAAUGUGCCACAGCAAGAUAUAAUUUUUGCAGAAUACUUAAAUAAUGUGUCAGAUAACAGGAAGGUAUGUGACAUGAAGUUCCUAGAACAUCAGUGCUAUCAAAUACCACCACACAUUGUUAUCCAUUGCUGUCUUGUGUAGGACAAUUUAUGCAGUGAAUCUUCUGCUUUGUAAACAUAGUGUUGAGUGCUCUAUCAGUAAGAGGUGUCACAAUUUUUUAAAAAAACUUUUUAAAUGAGUUUAUACUGCAGUGUUAUUUUCAGAUAUUUGGAAAUUGCAUAAUAGAGCUGCCAAUUACCUUGCCAUAGUCUCUGGUCAAACUGGUUUUGGAGCUUUCUAUAAUACAAAUGCAGUACUCUUGGGUGGGGACCCAUUGUAUAAUUCCUAUGAGGAGUAACACAUUUUCCACGCUAGCUUGAAGCACUUUUUAUGAUGUUCCCCCCCCCCCUUAGUACAUUCAGCAGUAAUGCUUACCCUAUAUAGCUCUGUAAAAAAACAGCAAAGAAAACUCAGCUUCCUUUCAUGUCAAUAAAAUAGUCGUAUGUGCUAUCCUUAUAUAUCAAUAGAGUGGACAUCAGUUUCAGCUUAUUUUCUUUUUUAAGAGAAGAGAACAGGUUGUCAUUUGGCUUAUGUCGAACAUGGCUCUGAAAACUAGAGUUUGGUAUGAUAUCUGAAUUGGCAAGGUUUGGCUUGUGCUUUGAUAGCAAACCAGAAUCAGAAAUCACGGUUUGUGCUAAUUAGGGUUUAUGGUCCUUAAUUAUGUUUGUAUUGUUAUAGUAAUAGAAACAGGUUUUCUGUUACUUUAACAGUGAGAGAAGAAGCCUUGUCAUUUCCUCCACAGAAAUCAUUGUGUGUAUACAGCCUAAAUGUUUUUGCAUUAGUCUCUUGUAGCAAAAACAACAUUCUUUGGGCCCCUGAAAGCCUAACAAAUGUAUUCUGGCAUAAGCUCUCAGGGGCCCGAGACUACUUCAUCAGAUGCAUGAAGUGAAAUCUUAGCUGAAGGUCUUUUUUCUAAAUUUUGCACCUCAUUGCCAUUCAGUUCCUACCUUACAUUAUUCCCCGUUUAUAUACCUGCCAACUAAGAUUUCACAUUAUGUGGUUCCUGUCUGUGGGAAUUGCGGGGCCCGGGGCCUCGCCAUGCAAGACAGCUCCCCUUUUCCAGGGGGGCUGGAUUGCAGGAGGGGUUCCAGGACCUCAGUUACCCAGCAGUGGACAGAGGGAUGCUGCCCAUGUCACUAGGAUGCCCAGCCGCGUCACGCUCCCCAGCUAACCUAUCAUCUGCUUUGGUGGAUCUCCCAGCCCACUCACCCUCUUUCUUGUGUUGCUUGACUAUGGCCUUGCUAUGACUAAUGUAGGUCGCCUGCUUGUUGGGGCCGGGUAGGAAUUUUUCCACUUGGCAAAUUGGCUCCAGCCAUUUGGUUUUUGCCUACCUAGUAGCAGUCUUCACAACUUUGUAAGGUUAGGCAUUGGGUAAGCGGGUGGUGCUGUGGGUUAAACCACAGAGCCUAGGGCUUGCCGAUCAGAAGGUUGGUGGUUCGAAUCCCCCCAAUGGGGUGAGCUCCCGUUGCUCGGUCCCUGCUGCUGCCAACCUAGCAGUUCGAAAGCACGUCAAAGUGCAAGUAGAUAAAUAGGUAUGGCGGGAAGGUAAUCGGCAUUUCCUUGCGCUGCUCUGGUUCGCCAGAAGCGGCUUAGUCAUGCUGGCCACAUGACCCGGAAGCUGUACGCCGGCUCCCUCAGCCAAUAAAGUGAGAUGAGUGCCGCAACCCCAGAGUUGUCCGUGACUGGACCUUUACCUUUAAGCCUUGUUAUGGGAGGGGAGGCUGUUGCCUCCGCCUGCCUCUUCACGUUAAGGGUGUCCCAUUAAAGGGAUCCGGGUGUGUGGUUCCUGUCCAAAGCCUGGGCAUGGGCUAGGGUCAUGCCACGUCCCCAUUGGUGACCCUGGGGGAGUUCUUAAUUGAUGUAUAUCAUAAAGCUCCUGCUAUCGGUGGUUGACCCUUUCAAGACUUUCUGCAGACGGGCAGGAGUCAGGAUAUAUUCUUGCUUCACCCAAUUGCGGCCAAACCGCUCACAUCUGUAACCAAUGAAGUUGUGGCCUCAUUUAUCCCAUUAACCCAACAUAUUUGUGCUUGUAUGUUUAUUUCUGUGGGAACUGUGGGCCCAGGGCCUCACCACGCAAAUAGAUUUGUUAGGCUUUCAAGGGCCACAAAAUUCUGAUUGUUUUUGCUGCAAGAGACUAUGUAUACACAGUGAUUUUGGUAGAGCUGUUGGAAAGCCUUCCCUCUUUAAUUGCUUUUAUAGCCUAAAUGGUAGGUGAAGAUUUACAUGCAGAUUCUUGUCUAGCAUAUAUAAAAGUGAAAACUGAAGAAUAGAGUCAGCAGGUAGCUUUGCUAAAGAGGCUGAACUUUGUUGCUGAGUAUAGUUCUAGUUCAAAUCUCAGUUGACUCUAUUUACUCUAGGUCAUUAAUGUCAAAAUUAUUUUGUGGAAAGAAUAUAUAUUGAAAGGCACAAUGAACAUAUGAACUGUGAUAUUUGCUGUCAAAAAUGCUACGUUAAUGCUAGUGUGUAUUUCUUCCUUCACAUAUUUUCUCUUUGAUGCUAGAAAGUGGCAAAAUUCUGAUUUAAAGCAAAAAUAAUAAUUUAGCAUUCGUGUAUUUUCCCUUUCACUAUUUUAAUAAGGCAGUCACUUAUGGAUCAUUGUUAUCCAGUCCCUUUGUUUUAUGAUACAUUAUUACACAAUGCUUUGCUCAGGCAUGGCAACCCAGUGAAUAUUUAUCUAUGAAAAAUCUGGAAAUGCACAAAAUAGGCAUUUUGCUUUGAUUGAUUCAACCAGUUUAAAUUCUGUGCACUAGUUUAAGGACUUUAAAUGCUUCUUUCAUUCUGAAGAGUCUUUCUUUCUAAUGAAAUAAUUAUAUAGGGUUGUUUUGAUGAGGUAUGGCCUAAUUUCUGGAGUGUAUCAAAAAGAAAAGUGGACAAAAAUUCCUUUGAAUUUCUGGGAUCUUAAGACAUUUUGAUCUUUUAAUAUUCUAGCUCAAGGGAGAUGUAUGUUCAGUGGGAAGACUAAUUAUGAUGAUGAUCUAAGAUUUACUGAUAAUGUGGCCUGGGACUGAAUGUAUUCCUAUUCAUCCGGUUUCCCUUUCUGAAUAUUUAAAGCAUCUUCAUUUAUGAAUACCAUAAAAUGUACCAAGCUUGUGAUGCUGCUGCUGCAGGCCACUUUUAAGUGCUUUUUUCUGCUGUAGUACUCAGUGUCACUUUGUUACUAAUGGUUCUGCAAAUAGGAUUUUUGGAUAAGUCUAAUAUAUUUCUGACUUGGUGAUCUCUGGUGUUCUAGUGUGAGAGGAAGAACUAUCCCGGCACACCAUAUUCACAAAAAAGGAAAGGAAAGCAGAUAUUGCAGAGGAAAAUGUUUCCGUACACAUAACUAGGAGUUGCACUUGGAUCCAGCCGCAGCUCCUAACAGGAAGUUGGAUAUUGCUUUUAAAAAUGCAAAGUUCUGAAGUACCAAAAUUGCCAAGACAUUUUGCUACCUGAGGCAAUCUAGCCAGCAUACAUAGUACCCAAGCAUGACUUGUCUGCACGUGGAAGAAAAACUUACCAGCACCUCUGUCUGUUCUGUUUGCCCUUUAAUGAUAACAAAAUCAGCUACUUGAGGUGGCUACCUCACUCUUCCUAAUGAAAGGGCCAGCCCUGAAAAUGACUCUUCUAGUUUCUUCAACUAUAUUUUUGUCUUCUAGUUUUGUCAACAGUCAGUGCCACAAUCUGGUUUGUAAACUUGCUUGUUUUUGUUUUCUUGUUUAGCUGCACAGAGUGAAGAGACGACAUGUGCAUUUAGGGACCAGUACCAAAAUGAUCAUGGAAUUAGCGAAAGUCGAAUUUCUCAAGAGAAUGGUACAGUUUUGUGUAUGAAAGGCAACACCUGCUAUGGUCUGUGGGAGAAAACACGUGAAGGAGAGAUCCAUCUUGUGAAACAAGGUAACAUUCAACAAUAAUGGCAUUCAGCAAUAAUGACAACAAACAUAACUUAAUCUAUUUGUCACAAAGGUCUUAAUAUUCAGAGGCAGGUAGCAGUUUUUUUGUAAAACUUUUAGACAUGUAUCUUCUCAUAAACCACAGAGCCUAGGGCUUGCCAAUCAGAAGGUCAGCGAUUUAAAUCCCCGCAACGGGGUGAGCUCCCGUUGUUCGGUCCCAGCUCCUGCCCACCUAGCAGUUCAAAAGCACGUCAAAGUGCAAGUAGAUAAAUAGGUACCACUCCAGCGGGAAGGUAAACGGCGUUUCCAUGUGCUGCUCUGGUUUCGCCAGAAGCGGCUUAGUCAUGCUGGCCACAUGACCCGGAAAAACUGUCUGCGGACAAACGCCGGCUCCCUCAGCCAGUAAAGUGAGAUGAGCGCCGCAAAUCCCAGAGUCGCCUGCAACUGGACCUAAAGUUCAGGGGUACCUUUACCUUUACCUUAAUACCGUGGCAAACCCAGAAGUACCGGAAUGUGAUACUUCCGGGUUUGCUGCUCACGCACAUGUGCAGAGCGACACUUUGUCGAGCAUCCCUUUCGUUGAGUCUCCAGGGCUCUGGAACGGAUCCCCGACUCAAAACAAGGUACCACUGUACUGCCUUCUGAUCACAAAGGAAUCUACAAACAAAUGUCCCUCAUUUUGAAGAACAGCUGAGUGCAGGCAUAACUCUUCUCACUUCUCUGCUGCCACAAAGGCCAGGGCUGUGCUUAAUUUACAGGAGACUAUAUUUUAUUUGAACAUUAUGAGAAACUUAUUGAACAGUUCACAGUAGGAUCAAUUACUUAGAAGAGUGGUGAGUUCUCCCUCACUAGAGUUCUUCAAGCAAAGGUUGGCUAGCCAUAUAUUGAAGAUGCUCUAGUUCUGGGACUCUUGAAUUGAGCAGGGGGUUGGACAGAUGGUCUGUGACACACCCUGAAAAAAGCUCUGAUUCUCUUAAUUGUAUGACUCCUGACUCCUUCCCAGUUCAUUGUUGCACCCCCCCUCCUCCUCAAGCUAAAGCUAACUACAGUUCCAUCUUCAGUGGUGUUAAGAUGACCAUAGUUAUCAGCAAAUUUGCAAAGCUGCUUCUAUCCAUUGUUGCAAAUGGUGGUUAGCAUUAAUGUAAGUUAAUGGUCGAUGGUCAAAUUGAAAAGGUGGGGGGGAUACCCACUUGGGAAAGCCGUGUGCAUGCCCACAGGGCAUUCCCAAUAGCUUAAUCAUGAUUAGGCUUCUGGGCAACAUUACAAUUAUGCCAAGCCACAAUUUUUUCAAGCAUACUUUAUAGAAAUUUUUAAUACAUGGCAAUCUAAAGUUUGAUAUGUUAGUGAUUCAUAGUAUAAACUUAAUAGAGCUGCUAAGUAGAAAUAGAUAAAACUGUACAAAUUACCAGAAAGCAAAAACAAGGUCACAGUGCUUAUGUUUAAUGAAAAUAGUGAUAGGUAAUAACAAUGAAUUAGAAGUGAGCAUAGAGGAUAGUCUCUAACAAAACACUGAGCAGUCUUGGAGAAUAAGGAUGAUUAAAUGAAUAAGCCAUACAAAAGAAGAAAGUUCCAUUACUGAUCAUUACGGGCCCCAGACUCUGAACUUCCAUUUCAUUUUUUUGUUUUUUUAAAUAAGUCUCUAGCCCUCUCAGAAGGAAAGUUAUGAAGCAAAAUAUAUAAUUAGACCCUAAAACUACAUACAGUAAUGAAAAAAGGAGUUUUUUGGGAGUAGGGGAUGGGAACAUGCAAAAGUGGUGUAAAUACAUGGUACCUCCCUUAAAAGAUGAAAUGUUAGAUACAGUUUCAUCAACUAAAUCAAAGUAUGAUAUUUAAAGAACCAGCAUAGCCAGAAGUUGUUGGAAACCUGAAGGCAAAAUGCCAAGAUAAUGCGAACUUGCUUACAUAGUUGGGAAUGCUUCACCUGUGGUUUGUUUCAGAGGUCAACAGUUCAGGAGUCUUGUUAAAUUUUAGCCACACUAUUUUGCUCACUGUCUUAGCUCAGGAAGAAUCACUGAAUACUUAAAUUGAAUGCUGUGCUCUGUCCACUUCCUGCAUGCCAGAUAUGAUGACCCCUGCAAUUGUAUGUGUAAUCUGUUGGUCUGGUGUGGUAGAGAAAUGAAUCAAGAACAUGUAUUAGUUUCAAAGGGCUCCUGUCAGCCUCUGACUAACCCUUGAACACACACACACACACCUCUGAAGUGGAAUGAAAGGACUGGUAUGCAGCUGAUAAUGUAAAUGAGUCACAAAUCAGUAGACCAAUGAAAAAUUUGAAGACAGUAUGGUGCAUUUGAUAUUUUGCCAGGACAAGGUUGUUAUGGUCAUAAGACUGUUUAGUUUUGGGACACAGACAGUGGUUACAUUGUUGGAAUGAAAAGAACCACCACAAAUAUGUUUGUGUAGGCUUUUAUCUGCUUUAAUACAACUUUUCUUCCAUGAAAUUGAAUCUGUUUUCAGCAUUAAAGCAUUAGUACAAAAUGCACGUCUCAGUAGUGACAUCCACCCACAUAUAAGAAUGCAGUUAAAUUGGCUAAAGAAAGUACAUAGUCCAAGUCACAUAAAACCCAUUUAAGAAAAGGAGCAUAUAUUUAAAAACAGAGGAUGAAAGAAAAAUGUCCUAAUGUCAAAAAGUCAUGGAGUUGCAAAAGGCCCUACCCAUAGUCCCAGUAGGUGACACUUCUCUUAGGGAAAAGAUUCAGAGCAGUGUGUCCCUGGUCUUAAAAGGCAGAGGGGUUUUUCUAUGUGAGAGACAAUCUAAUAAGAGCAUGAAGUUGAGGAGCAAAACAUGUAGAAAGUUUCACAAGCUAAAUAAAUAGCCAAAAGAAAUGCUGCUAUUUGAUUUACAACCUUUUUUCCCCUCCAGGAUGCUGGUCUCAUAUAGGAGACCCUGAAGACUGUCACUCUGAGGAGUGCAUAGUCACAACCACCCCUUCCUUGGUUCAGAAUGGGACAUAUCGUUUCUGCUGCUGCAGUUCCAACUUGUGCAAUCUCAACUUCACAGAGAAUUUUCCACCAGCAGACCCUACCGAUGGAACGCCUUUCAGUGAGUCAGAGUGCCUCAGGCUGUGUGAUAAUCAUGAUUUAAGAGCAACUGAGAAAGCAUUGCUGCUAAUAGACUCCACAUGCAAUGCACUGAUGAGAACUUAAAGAUUGAAAUUAACUUUGUUUUUCUAUUAGUAUGUAAGCUAUCUGUUGUAUUAUACAAUGUUUCACCUUAAAAAUAACUUAGGCUUCACCUGUAUAUCCUUUACAACAUUGUGGCAAUAUUAUUUUGCCGUGGUCUUAUUCUCCAUGCAGAGGACCCAUUUGUUCUUCCUCUUGCUUUGAAAUAGCUCAAAAUUCCCUUUUUGGUCUUUUAACCUCUCUUGCAAGGUUGAGCUUGGUUCUGAGCUUUAGUCCUCCUGACCUUCUCCCUGAAAGUGUUGGCGUCUUCUUUAUAUCCUUCCUUUGUGAUUUGCUUCUUCCAUUAUACAUGCCCCUUUUAAAUCUCAGCUCAUCUAAAAGCUCCUUAUGCAGCCACACUGGUUUCUUUAGAUGCCUCCUACUUCUCUUCCUUGUUGGAAUUGUUUAGAUUAUGCCUUCAAUAUUUCACCUUCAAGAAACUCCCAGCUAUCAUUAACUCUUUGCAUAUUUCUAAAAAUGAGAUCUCACCCUGUAGUUCCUGGAGCUGGCACAGUGGUGUUUUUUUAUAAAAAGCCCCCCCCCCCUCCACUUUAGUUUUGACUCUGCCCUGCAUGAUGGUUAGGGUGGCUUUGGAAUACUUCAAACAUGGGCAUCUGUGAGGCUACUGCAAAGGAGAACACAAAUCAUAACCACAGCAGUACAGAAUUGUACUAGGCAUAUGGAGGUUACAUUUUGCAUUGCUAUGUUGUUUUCCCUACUUCUGCUUAGCUAUAACUAAGCUGACACUGGGAUCACACUCUGAUAGGAAAUAUCUGGAAUGGCAACACGACCCAAAGCUCUCUUUUACUUCCAGACUAACGGGAGAUAACUGCCUAUAUAUUUACAAUCAUUUAUUUGCUAUCUGUCUCCAGUGCCCAGCUUUAGUUUUAUUUUUUGAAUUGCAACAUUGGAAGACAAUUUAGACAUUGCUCUGGCUUGUGUGUACAGUGGUGCCCCGCAAGACAAAUGCCUCGCAAGACGAAAAACUUGCUAGACGAAAGAGUUUUCCGUUUUUUGAGUCGUUCCGCAAGACGAAUUUCCCUAUGGGCUUGCUUCGCAAGACGAAACGUCUUGCGAGUUCUUGCGAGUUUGUUUCCUUUUUCUUAAAGCCGCUAAGCCGUUAAUAGCCGCUAAGCCGUUAAUAGCCGCUAAGCCACUAAUAGCCGUGCUUCGCAAGACGAAAAAACCGCAAGACGAAGAGACGCGCGGAACGGAUUAAUUUCGUCUUGCGAGGCACCACUGUAGAUGUCAAAAUACAUAUAGUCCUGGAAAACAAGUAAUGCUCCUAAUUAGCUGCAAAAGCUGUAUAUUAAUGUAAGAGCAUAUGUUUUCAGACAUCAACACAGAAUUUAAAUUUGUGGUAUUUAAUAUAAUCUGCCUAUAACCCUUAAUAUUGUGUAGAAGGGAUUAUGUUUUUAUAGUGAGAGAGCCUUAAGGCAACAUAGGAGGAAAUAAUGGAAAUCUAUUGUGUGUUAUUUAAACAAUGUGAUUUCAGAAACUGGCAUGUUUGACAGCAAGAAAAGAAUAUUGUUCAAUGUUCUAUAUGUAUAAAUUGAGGCUUCGCAAGAAAUCGCAAAGAGGAUAAAUUAUUUGCAGUAAGAAUCUGAAAUGGUCUUCUUUGGGUUCAUAUUCCCUGUUGCUAUUUCAUCUCAUUGUUUUCAUUAUGAUUUAUAUUGGAAGAAACUGAUAUUGCUAACCAGUACUGAAGUGCAGGGCUAAACUGAACUUUCAUCUUAAAAGAACAAAAUAAAUAUUGCUCUCAAUAUCUGCUGGAAAUUGAUAGUUGUGGAGAGUUAAAUGGUAUAGAAAUCAUGCAAUUUGGACUUAUAGUCCCUAACAGACAAAUGCUGAGUAAGCAUCCUGCAAGCCCCAUACUGUAAGACUGUAAACCUCUCAGAACAAUAAUUAGGCCACAUAUGCAUUGUUAAUAUUUUGCAAGAGUGCUUUGCAUACCAAGAGGAAAUUUCUAAUUCUGGAGCAGAAUUGUUUCUUUACUAGUUAGAUGAUUUAUGAUCAGUAGCUGUGCUUGAGAAACAAAAUGAACAUACAGGUGCCUUAAGGUUGGAAGGCAGACAGAAAAGUAGGUGGGAGACAAGAGGGGGGUCACCAUAGUGCUGGUGUUUCAUUGGCUGAAGAGCAGCAUGCUACUCUGUGACUGCCAGUUUUGCCUCUCUUUGUCCCCGGCUUGAAAAGCUACUGUGCUGUGAUCUGUUUUCCUAUGUGUUUUCCCUUGCUCUACCCCUCCUCCCCUUUCCCUCCCUCACUCCCAGGUUGUGGGAAAGAAAGAAACUAACAGGUCCCCCUUUCUUUCUAUUUUCCCUUCUAAACUUUCAGCAUGCAUUGUUGGAUGCACUUGGGGUUUGUAAAAAAAAAAGUUUAAGAAAAGAAAGUGUCGACUCCCUUUGUGCAGCACUUGGUCGGGCUCUUCUCCUGUACUAGGUGGCAGCAGGCAAUUGAUAUUAUUCUUUCCCCUUUUAAAAAAGCUCUAACAGAACAAGGUGAGGCCAUGGUACACUGCAGAUCAAGGUUCCUCUCAUGUCCCCCAUCUUAUUUUCCCUCUCUGGGCCUGCAUGGCGUACAGAGACACUCCCGGAAAAUGACAUGACCAGCAUGAUUGCAGCUUCGCUCUACAGUAGUUAUGGCCAAACUUGGCCCUCCAGCUGUUUUGGGACUACAACUCCCAUCAUCCCUAGCUAACAGGACCAGUGGUCAGGGAUGAUGGGAAUUGUAGUCCCAAAACAGCUGGAGGGCCAAGUUUGGCCGUCACUGCUCUACAGCAUGCCUGUACGACAAUACUGCAUUGCUGUCCUAAGAAAUAAAUAAAUUGAAGGCGGGCAUGUUCUCUUCCGGGCUGCCGUAGUAUAAAAUUUACUUCUCAACUUUUCUUCUGCUUCCAUCACUGCAACUUCAAGUCAGGAAGGGGGAGUGUGUUUUGAGUAGAUAGAUCCUGGCAAAGAAGGCUUUUUGCUGAAGGAGAAAACUAACCAAAGAUAAGCAGAGGGCAGUUCAGAAUUCUUCUCCAGCUUUUUAUGCUUUCUUUCAAGACAGACUAAUUUCAGAGUUUUAAAAGCUUGCCUGCAGUUUGAAGAAACUUUUAAAAGUUCCCAAAGUUCAUUUUGAAGUCCAAGCUUGGGGACUUUUGUUUGCUAGCAUCUUGGCGAAAAACUACAAUGUAAACCUUGUUUUAAUGCAUUGCUAGGGCCAUUCAGAGAUUCAGUGUGCCAUCUGGAAACCAAUUAAUGCAUUGCAAUAUCCAUUCCCUGUUAUUUUGUCUUGGUUUAUCUCUUGUGGUACAUUCUCUAGUUUGCCAGAAGUUCUAAAUAAACAUUAGUGUUGUAGUUAGUUUACUGAUACCAUCUUAUGAAUAGCUAAGGACUGUAUUUCACGCUACUACAAUUUCCCAAAGUUAUGGGUACUGGUGGAUGAGUUGAAGCAGCAGCUGUGUAGACUUAAGACAGCCCUAUUUCUGCCUCUGUUUACAGCAGCGUAAAAAAUUGUAUAUUUUUCUCUUAACGCAAAGAUGGAAUUCUAAAGGAAAGUUUCAUACACUGAUGGAAAUUAUGGCACUUGUCUGAGCCUGCUUCAUGCUCAUUGCAUAGCUGGAUUUUUAAAGGCUUAUUCACAUUGCACUGUAGCCAAACUAGUGUGCGAUCUAAGGUAAGAAAACAGAUUUUAAUAAAAUGUUUGGUAUGAAUUAAGGUGGUUCCAAAUAUUUUUCAGAAUUUAAACUUGCAAACACAAGUUUAGCCAACAAAUAUUUCUGAUUCACACAUCACACAUGAGGGUUUUAACACCAUGUGGAAUGUUAGUUAAUUAUGAUAUAUACUGAAAUCAUUUCCUUCAUGGCUAAAGGAUCCUUGAGAUCUUUCUCCUCAUUGUUAUCACUUUAUUAGGUGGUGGUCCUUCCCUGUUCUGUUUCCCUAAAAAUAUACAUAUGAAUUCCCUGUUACUUAUUUGCUUACAUUUUAAAUGGACUAUAUAUCCAUUUAAACUUCAGUUUAUAGUAAAAAAAAAACAUUUCCCCCUAUUGCUCCAGUAGCACCCAUCCUAGCAUAAUAGUUAAAAAGUAAACUUGCUGAGCUUUGUAUGCUUUGUGUUUGUACGUACUUUGGAAAUAUGAACUUCAGCACUGGAGAAAUGAAUCUGCAAUCUUCAAAGAAUUAAGCCUGAAAUUUUAAUAAUGAAAAAGCAAAAUUUGCAUAAAAUGUACAUACCUGAAUAGUAAGCCAAGUUAUGAAUGAACCUAGUGUUCCCAUAUACAGCUACUUUAUGUAAGUUGGCAAACAAGGCAGACAGGCUUGACUCUAGUUUCCCAUUAUGUCCAAACCAGGAAAGUAUGGUUAACAGCUUGGGAGCACUCCAAAAUAUUAAUUAAGCUGCAGUUUAAAGUUAGCUUAAUAUUGCGGCAUGUUUCAAAGCUGUUAACUAACAUUCAGGCGAAAAGGAAAACUAUAGUCAAGGGGAAACUUACACAAAGGCAGGAGUCAAACAGUUGUGUAUUGGGGAAGAUAUCUGCUUAAUAAGUUGAUAUCUGAUUGUCUAAAUGCUACUGGUGUAGUACAGCUUUGCUCCAGAGGCAAGCUGCUUUUAACAGCUAAAGGAGCAGCUUGUGUCUGAAUUGCUCAACUUUGGCAUUAGUAUGAGAGAGCAGCAAACUAGUCAUCAUCUCUAAUUAUGUUGCAGGCACUAACUUCACAGUACUCAGCAAUCGUGCUCAACAAAGCAUGCACAAUUGUAGCUGAUGUGCCAGCUAAUAGAAGAAUGUCCCCUCCACCCCAGCAACAAGAUGUCAGGCUUAAACUGCAGGUGGAAAAUGUAGUAUUACAGCAACAGAAGUACUAGCCCAAAGAAUGACUCCUGUGUCCCUAUCGUAACUGAGUAACACAUGCACAUUUUAUGAUGAAAAAAAUCCCCUGGAAAGGCCCCAAGAAGCAUUUAUUUACAUUCUCCUGCCAAUGACUUGAAUUCAUUACCUCUCCAUAGCUUCCACAAUUUGAACAUUUUUAGCCCCCUAGAGAUUAUGCCUAACUAGUAUUGUGUUGUACUAUUCUUGGAAUGCAUCUUGUGUUUUUGCAAAUAAUAUUUAAACAUAAAUAAAAGGCACAUUGCUCAGUUGCUAUAGAAACCAAGAUCGUAUUAGCAGACUAUGAGCCAUUUUAUUCGCUGUGUUUUCUCUUAGCACUGGCUCAAUGAUGAGAAGUGAGAUACUUGUUUUAUGGUUCUUGGAUUUUUUUAAGAAUAGGAUUUUGGCUAUUAUUAGAAGACGAAAAAAUCUUUCAGAUUAAGAAUAAAUGAAUAUUUGUAUGACUUUUUUAGGAAUGACAGGGUAUAAUCAUGUUGUGCAUUCCAAUAUUAAUCCAAUCAAGUCAAUAUUAAAAAAAUUACAGAUUUAUUAAUGUUAUUUUAAGCCUUACCUGAAAUAAUAUGUCUAGAUUAUUUGAUAUUCACAUACCACCAUUCCAUAAAAUUGGUAGGUUGUAUAGCUGACAUAAUUUAAGCAUAGUUUCAUACAAGUUUUUUUUUUUUGUAUUAUUCAUACAAAUAAACAAUAUUAGGUAGCAGACGUCUUAAGCCUGAUAGUAUAUAGUUCAGUAUGGAGAAUGACCUGAAGGCUGUAAAAAAUUCUGCACAUACUGAAUAGUCUUUAGGCCAUUUUCCAUAUUGAACCAUAUGCUAUCAAGUUUAAGAGGUCUGCUACUUAAUAUCAUUUAUGUUUAUGAUUAAUACAAAUAAAUACAAAAUACUUGUAUAAAACAAUAAUAAGAACCACGUGGAAAACACAGAAAGACUGUGAAAACUGUUCAGGUUAUGAAAACCAGAGGCAGUUUUGCUUCAUUCUUCUUUUGCAAGGCUAACAGUGUAACAGUUCAUUUUUUCUUUUCACGGUCGCUAAAUUGCGAAGCCACUAUGUAAAUUUGGGCAGUUUAAGAAGUGCAUCUGUUAAACGAAGCUAAAAAUGCAUGACCCGCAGUGAACAAUUGAAACGGAAUUUUCUUUGAAACGUUUCUUCCGGACACCAAUAAAAACUUUUCAAGGAAGAGGUAAAAUGAUAGCUUCUAUAUAAGUAUUGUAUGCUGUAAAAAUACAGCAUGUCGUUUGAGUGCAGUUGUUGCAUAAGAAAAUAAUGUAUGUCUAAGGGGUGCAAUUGAAAUAUGAUUCUUUUUCUUUUGUAUGAAAUAACGAAUGCAAGUGUUCUUGCCUAGGAGUUAAAUGAUUUGGGGGGCAGGCCAGCUCUCUCCCCUCCACCCCAUAUUUCACAGGGAAAGCGUAAAUUCACUAAUCCGUAGACUACCUUUCUGAGCGAGGCUGUGAAAAAAGGAGGGAGCCCCAGCAGUUGCAUUGUAUUGAAACCAUCCUUUGCGGAAAACACAGCAGGGUUGUUCUUUCUUUGACACAGUAAAACCAGACAAAGGCUGAGUGUAGCAAGGAAGCAGACGGCACGCCUCCAGCCAGUGCCCCGGCCUGGCUCCAGGAUUUGUAAACAGAAACAUCCCAGGCUCCAAUAAAGGCAGACGGCGGCUCCCCGUCUGAUCUGCAUGCAGGAAGUGCCUGCUUCUACAAGUCUUGCCAUCACAUGUAAGCACCCAUGAGCUGUUUAAAUUUGCCAGAGCUGCCUUUCUAUGAACACAGGAGAAGCCAGGGUGUUUUAACUGCUUAGACCAGGGGUGUCAAACUCAAAUUCAUCGGGGGCCAAUAUAAAAUUCAUAUAAAUUCAUCGGGGGGCCGAUAUAAAAACAAGUGGAGGUUUCCUGAAUGCAUGUAAAGUGGAGGUUUCCUGUGUAGAACGGCCGGCGCCGCUAGAGGGCAGACGUUCUCUGGCUUGUAGGCUGCCGCGCAUGCGCUGAAGAGGCGGCUUUCUUGUGUCAAACGAAAAAAAGCGAGAAUAAAAGGUGAAGGCUGGCGGCCGGCGGCGGCUACACGGGCCACAUGACGAGGUCUGGCGGGCCGGAUUCGGCCCGCGGACCUUGUGUUUGACACCCGUGGCUUAGACGAACACAGCAUGCUUUAUAUGCAGCAUACUGAAAUGUGAAAGACCAUGCAGACACAUGAAAUGUUCAGAGAUGCAUGGGCGUAUGUGUUUUAGUGGGGAUCAAGCUUUAUGUUUGGGGGAGAGGGCAGAAGCGAGUUAUCUGCGAUGCAAUCGGCUGGCUAGUUAAAUAUUUUUAUUUAUUUGCUUGAUUGUGGGGGCGGCUGCCCCCCAAACCCCGCCCCCCCGGCUAUGCCCAUGCAAAGGAAUGUGUGUGUUUUCUCUUGGAGUAUAAAAAAUCCACACGCACUCAGAUUUUAAGAAACGUUAACUUGAUCAAGCAAACUACAGCUCAGCCUUUAAAAUUCCAAAUCUGUUGAACAAAAGAAAGCAACUUACAACUACAGUGGUACCUCGGGUUAAGUACUUAAUUUGUUCUGGAGGUUCGUUCUUGACCUGAAACUGUUCUUAACCUGAAGCAACACUUUAGCUAAUGGGGCCUCCUGCUGCCGCCGCACCGCCAGAGCCAGAUUUCUGUUCUUCUCCUGAAGCAAAGUUCUUAACCUGAAGCACUAUUUCUGGGUUAGCGGAGUGUGUAACCUGAAGCGUAUGUAACCCGAGGUACCACUGUACAGCUCAGCCUUUAAAAUUCCAAAUCUGUUGAACAAAAGAAAGCAACUUACAACAAAAGGGCAAAGGGUGGUACAUUCAGUUCCUUAGUAUAACAAAUUACAUACCGUAUUUUUCGCUCUGUAAGACGCACCAAACCACAACACGCACCUAGUUUUUGGAGGAGGAAAACAAGAAAAAAAAAUAUUCUGAAUCUCAGAAGCCAGAACAGGAAGAGGGAUCGCUGCGCAGCCUGCAUUCGCUCCAUAAGAUGCACACACAUUUCCUCUUACUUUUUAGGAGGGAAAAAGUGAGUCUUAUAGAGCAAAAAAUACGGUAAAUCUUAUCAGCGUUCAAAUCAUGCAUAUAGAGGUGGUGGGGUUUUUUUAAGCAGCAGUACUUGCAGAUUUCCUUCUGGCUAACUUUGGUGCACGUAUCCAGGAGGAGAGCUGCAACUAUUUAAGAAAGCCCAUCUGUCUUAAGUGCCUGUGUGCCUCAAAGUUCCAUCACGUGGCUUGCCUUGCCUUUUCUCACUACUCUUUCAGCAGGAAAGAUGUAGCUCAAUGUUUACUUCUCUGGAGGACAGGUCAGCUGGAAGGAAGAAGCUUAGCUUGAAGCCUCCAGGCUUCCCCAAGACUAGCGGUAAAGCACUGUCUGACUAUGGAAAAUGAUUGACUGAUCUUGCCGUCAUGGAAAGGAGACAGUUGCUGCUGGCUUGGUAAUUUGUUUCUUCCGUGCUCAUUAACUAUUUGAGGCCACUUCACAUUGCAGUGCUUAAUUUUGAGAGGCGCUAUGGAUAAAAUCUGCAGCUGUGCAAGCAAGCAGGUAUCCUUAUCAUUGGAUAAGAGGAAAUUGGGUAUUAUUACUCCAGGAGUAAAAGGCGCACUGUGUAUGCUCUGAGCUACCAUCUUUAUUUGCUACUUCAUGUGUUUUGUAGCCAUUCUGCAGUAGCUGCAGCCUUCCUGGAAUUCAGAUUCCAGAAACUUGUAUUGAGGUACUACCACUUAACCCUUUGGCUUCAUAGAUCAUGCAAGGCUGUGAUAUGUGAUCCUUGGGGUCCCUUGCAACUCUACAAUUCUGUGAUAUAUGAAAACUGACUAUGGCGUAACAUUGUAUUGAAACUGGUGGGAGAGAUUAUCUGGAAGCUGGAUGCUGGUAACCUCAGCUCAAGUCUCCUUUUCAUAAGAUUCCAGAAGGCAGUGGGAGGUUCUGAACUGGAAUUCGAUGGGUGAAGGACUGAUGAUUUAAUCCAGACCAACAGGAACUGGUGUAAAUGUUUUUUAUGCUGUGAUUAUGCUAUCUGGAGUUGCCUGUUUAGAAUGCACAUCACUAAGUCUUAUUGUGGCACAUAUCACAGUCUGUUUUGUUCUGCCUCUAGUAAGCCACCAGGCCUCAACCCCUAGUCCCGCUCAUGGGUGUCUCUGUUUUUAAAUUUGUAAAAUGUCAGAGAACAUAUGAUUACCACACCACCAAGCCUUACUAGAAGAAUUACUGUACAGGUCUGAAUAUAAGCUGCCGUAGAACAGGCUUCCUCAACCUCGGCCCUCCAGAUGUUUUUGGCCUACAACUCCCAUGAUCCCUAACUAGCAGGACCAGUGGUCAGGGAUGAUGGGAAUUGUAGUCUCAAAACAUCUGGAGGGCCAAGGUUGAGGAAGCCUGCCCUAGAAUAUAUACUGAACCCCUAAUAUGAGGUCUCUUUGAAAGGAAUGUACUGCAUAUAUACCAUAAAUCUUGGGCACCAUCUAGUGCUUUUGCAAUUUAGAGAACCUGUGGAACCCCUUGGUUCUUCUACAUGUCAGGCUUCCAGCACCACCUGUUGAGUGGAGCAAGUGAUCCUUUUACAAAACUACUGAAGGAUAGAGUUUCAAGUAUAAGUUCCAUCCAAGGUCUCAUCUUAAAUCACAGCUUCUCUACCUGUAAGAGCGCAGUUAUCAGCUGCUCUCAGAUUUUAUACAAGCCUCCUUUUUUUAGUGGGGGGUGGCCUAUAUUCAGACUAAAAAAGGUAAAGGGACCCCUGACCGUUAGGUCCAGUCGUGGCCGACUCUGGGGUUGCGACGCUCAUCUCGCUUUAUUGGCCGAGGGAGCCGGCGUACAGCUUCCAGGGCAUGUGGCCAGCAUAAGCUGCUUCUGGCGAACCAGAGCAGUGCACGGAAACACCAUUUACCUUCCCGCCAUAGCGGUACCUAUUUAUCUACUUGCACUUUGACGUGCUUUCAAACUGCUAGGUUGGCAGGAGCAGGGACCGAGCAACGGGAGCUCACCCCAUCUUGGGGAUUCAAACUGCCAAGCUUCUGAUCGGCAAGUCCUAGGCUCUGUGGUUUAACCCACAGCGCCACCCGCGUACAGUAAGGUAAAGGGACCCCUGACCAUUAGGUCCAGUCGUGGACGACUCUGGGGUUGCGGCGCUCAUCUCGCUUUAUUGGCCGAGGGAGCCGGCGUAUAGCUUCUGGGUCAUGUGGCCAGCAUGACUAAGCCGCUUCUGGUGAAACCAGAGCAGCGCACGGAAAUGUCGUUUACCUUCCCGCCAUAGCGGUACCUAUUUAUCUACUUGCACUUUGGCGUGCUUUCAAACUGCUAGGUUGGCAGGAGCAGGGACCGAGCAACAGGAGCUCACCCCGUCUUGGGGAUUCGAACCGCCGACCUUCUGAUCGGCAAGUCCUAGGCUCUGUGGUUUAACCCACAGUGCCACCCGCAUACAGUACUAUUCCACAAACUCUUCUUCCCAAGCAGUUGCAUCACCAGGAAAUUUCAUUACUUAGGCUUAGACUUAAGCUUAGAGCUAGGAAAAGGCUGCUUUGAUAAUGAAUAUUGUUUUAUACCUUCUGGCAUGUGCCUAGCAGUAGGCAGAUCCUGUGACUGAAAACCAAAACAAGAGAACUUGUUGCCACAAUUUUAAAAAGAAGUUACAGCAUUUUGAACUAAAAAAAUCUUGGGUCAAUUUCAAAUGAGCAUUUCCCCCUCUGUAGAAUAAGGCAAAAUCCACACAAAUUGUACAGGAAACACCUAUGAGCAGGAAUCUUAACACCUUGCUUGGAAAAAUCUUCAUAGAUGUUACAUUUUGAUUGUGAUUAUUUUGCAGUGAGAAAAGUUGUUAUGGAAUAGGUCAUUUGUACUUGAAGCAACACCAUUCUUAAUAUAUUAGGGUAGACUUAAGUUUGCUGACCAAAUUUUCAGCCAUAUGAUAUAACUAUUAGUUCAAAAUAAUGCAAAUUAAGUUCAGUGUUAAAUCAGCAGUGCCAUAAAACACUUUACAACAGGAUUACAGUAAAUUUGGUAUAGUAUAACGUAUCGUCUUUGUAUCCAAAUAUCUAUAGUUCCUUAAGGAAUAUCAGACUAUUGCAUGAGAUCAAGGCAUAAUGCUAAAUGAAGAAUUAAUGUUACGACAGUGAACUGGCACAAGCCUUUGGGCUUGCACAUUCCCCACUAACCCUUCCCCUUCUCUCCUUUGUACACAAAGAGAGGAAGGCUGAGAACGUCAAUUUACUGCUUGGAACAAACAGUAGCUUCCCAUAAUAAAAUGUGACAGAAAUUGGAGUUUGUUCCAAACAGCAAACAGAAUCUAAGGUUUCUAGACACUAACCCAACGAUAACCCAUGUGGUGCCCUCCAGAUCUUGCUGGACAUCAGUUCCCAUCUGUCCCAGCCAGCAUGACCAAUGUGGCUUGUGUUUACUCUCCAAACUAGAAUUUCAAACCAUGGUUUGAAGCCGUUUUGUCAUUUGGUUUGCUGGGGGAAGCGCAGACCAUGGCUUGCUGGUUCCAAGUGUGUUGGCAAACUGGUUGAAGCAGAGUAUGAAAGAAGAGAAGAGCAUGAGUGCAAGGCUCCUGUAGCACCAAAGCAUGAUUUAGCAUUACAUGUGAAUCAUUUCGGUAUGAUUUCUGUAGCUCCAUGUGUGAGAGUAACAACUUUUUUGUAGACAUGGUAGUAACCUUUCCUGAAGACGCACAAAGUUGCAGCUGAUAUACCGUAUUUUUCGCUCUAUAAGACGCACCAGACCACAAGACGCACCUAGUUUUUGGAGGAGGAAAACAAGAAAAUAAAUAUUCUGAAUCUCAGAAGCCAGAACAGCAAGAGGGAUCGCUGCGCAGCGAAAGCAGCAAUCCCUCUUGCUGUUCUGGCUUCUGGGAUAGCUGUGCAGCCUGCAUUCGCUCCAUAAGAUGCACACACAUUUCCCCUUACUUUUUAGGAGGGAAAAAGUGAGUCUUAUAGAGCAAAAAAUACGGUAUUAGCUAAACCCGUUGAAAUGAAAGUGCGAGAAACGAGCAAAUACUUCACAGUGUGUAAGCAUUUCAAAUAAUUUAGUGAGUCUGUUUUUUUCGGCAUCUCAAUUUAUUGUAUUGCAUAUAGUCCUCUUUACUUGAUGUUCUGCUUAAUAAUAAACUGCACUUAAUUAAAAAUAGCUGCAAUUAGCUUGGAUUAUAGUGAGACGAAGUGCCACCAGGUGUCCCAGAAUGCAACUAUAAUCUGACUUUGGAAGAAGCUCAGUCAUAAGUAUGGGGUAAUGGUUUGAGAAACUGGAUUUAAUUAAACUAAAUGUUGCACUGCUUAGCAUUAUUAAAACUGUGAUAAACUGGUACCUCUUCGUAUGUGAAUACUCUUCAUUUUGAUUGCAAUCUAGUUUCAUAAAACAUGACACAGAAGCAAAUGAAGUCUUAGGGUGAAUCUCAGAUGUUCUAAAUCCAGAUAACCUCCCUAGUUUUGUCAGAAUUAGAUUGCAGAGGAGCUAAUUAAGUCAUUCCCGUACACACAGACUUCCAUUCGAAGAGCCAACAAGGCAGUACAAAAACACAACAUAUGGUUUUGGAUCUGGCCAUAGCUUUGCCCAAGAGGCCUGAUCCUGAAGCUAGUGUAGCAAAAGUAGUGCUUCCUAGCACCAUUUUGGGCUGCUCUGCCCCAGGAACAAAUUCAACAUGAGCUUCUAACGAAAGGACUUGGAAACUGAGUCUAAACCAUUGUCAUUUAUCAAAGAAGUAGCCACUUAGGUUGCUAUGCAACACUCAUCUGAUGCAAAAUAUACAACAUCACUUUGCUUUUUUCAACAUCCUUUUGUCGGUAACAUCUCAGAACCAUUUCCAGAACUCGCAGUCACAGCCUGUCAGAUAACUCCCUUUUUCCUGUGGUACUUCUGUUGUAUUCAGAAUUAAUUCUUCAAUACAAAAGGAUACUUAUUUCACUCACAGUAGAGCUAUAAACACUCUCAGUGAUUUUACAUGUACGUCUAUGUGUUUAAGAAAACAAUAAAAAUAAUUCCAUGCCCCAGGUAGUUAUGAAUAUGACCCCAAAUUGCUCCUUAUGACUUCCUAUUCUGAUACUUUAAUUCUACGAAAUUGCGCAGGGUUAGUUUUAUUCCACAUGUCAUUUCAGACAAGGGGUUUUGGGUUAAUGUUUCCUAUCCUGCCUUUUUAAUUUUAUUGCUUCAACCUAUCCUGCUAUCUUUCUCCCUCCAUGCCUUUAUUGUCCAGCUGAGAUUUUAAAAAAUCUCAUCACUUUUCCCCUGGGCUGGUGGGUGACAAGUAGAACUAGUAUCAAAUGUAGACUUCCUUCUUGGCCGCACAAAAACUCACUCAUGUUGAUUUAAAUCCCGUCCAACCAAAGGCAGAGAUUCACUGAUAGACAGAACAGGGGUUGCCAACCUUUUGGGGCCACUGGGUACAUUUGGAGUUUACAAAAAUUGCCAAGGAAGCCAUUGACAAAAUGGCUGGGCUGAAGUGGGGGUGUGGCGUAACGCAAAAUGACUGCCAUAUCUAAAAGAGCAGAAAAAGCGUCAGGACCACAAAAUGGUGGAGGGAUGCUUCUCCCCAUCUGCUGCAUAGGAGAAAAGGUACCUGCUUCAACCACCACUACAAUAAUUCACAAAUAGAGUGCAUCUUCUCUGCUCAGAGCAGGUUGUUGUUUUUUGGCAGGGGGAGAUGUGUACAGUUCUGGCAUCCCUUGAUGCAUGAGCAGUGGCGAAGCUGCAUGCUCUGGCACCAGGGGUGGAGUGCAGGCGGGGGCGUGGCUGGCGUGCAUCCCGGGGGCGUGGUGUGUGUCCUGGGGGCGGGAUGUGCCACGCGGUGGGGGGGUGCACAGCACGUAUCAGGGCUGUCGCGAUGGUGCCCCCCUCCCCGAUGGUCCUGGCGGCGGUCUCUCCCCCCCAUUCCUCUGCCAGUGUGGGUGAGUAUGUUUAAGUAUGCGUGCAAACAGAACUAAGCAGGAACAGCAAGCGGUUUUUCAUUCAUUGUAGAUUUUUGAGGAGAUAUUUGCUUAAAGCUUAUACAGUGGUGCCCCGCAAGACGAAUGCCUCGCAAGACGGAAAACCCGCUAGACGAAAGGGUUUUCCGUUUUUGAGUUGCUUCGCAGGACGAAUUUCCCUAUGGGCUUGCUUCGCAAGACGAAAAUAUCUUGCGAGUCUUGAGAUUUUUUUCCGCUUCCCCCCCCCUUUUUCUAAGCCGCUAAUCCGCUAAUAGCCUUUUAGCAGCUAAUCCGCUAAGCCGAUAAGCCUUUAAUAGCCGCUAAACCGCUAAUAGCGCUAAUCCGCUAAGCCGCUAAUAGGGUUGCUUUGCAAGACGAAAAAACCGCUAGACGAAGACACUCGCGGAACGGAUUAAUUUCGUCUUGCGAGGCACCACUGUACUGGAACGGGUGGCGCUGUGGGUUAAACCACAGAGCCUAGGGCUUGCCGAUCAGAAGGUCGGCGGUUUGAAUCCCCGCAACGGGGUGAGCUCCCGUUGCUCAGUCCCAGCUCCUGCCCACCUAGCAGUUCGAAAGCACGCCAAUGCAAGUAGAUAAAUAGGUACCACUCCAGCGGGAAGAUAAACGGCGUUUCCGUGCGCUGCUCUGGUUCGCCAGAAGCGGCUUAGUCAUGCUGGCCACAUGACCCGGAAGCUGUACGCCAGUUCCCUUGGCCAAUAAAGCAAGAUGAGCGCCGCAACCCCAGAGUCGGCCACGACUGGACCUAAUGGUCAGGGGUCCCUUUACCUUUACCUAUACUGGAACACGUGAGCACAGUGUGGGCCCUGCAUGCCCCCCUCCCGAACAAUAUGUAGUAGAACACUAUUCAUGUAAUACGUUGUAGAAGUAAUGUAGCAUUUGCAAGCCAGCUAGUUGAUUUCCCCCCCUCUUGACAUUUGUUAAACACUUAUCAGUAGUUUGCGCUGGCUGUAAUUUAUUUAAUCACUCAUUUAAGAAUCUGAAGGUAAACCACAGUUGAAAUAUUAAGGGAGCAGACGCAUAGUACUCUGCAUUUAGUUUAAAGGUAUGAUAAUGAUAGCAAUAAACUAUAUUACUGGGGGUGGGGAGGCCUGGGCUCAAUACUCCAAAAUGCAGCAGAGGAGAUGGAUAGAGCAUCCAUGAAAUUAUUUUAUUUUAUUUUAUUGUUAUAUAUGCUUGUAGAAGUAAUACAUUUGGGGUUUAGGUGCUGGAAGUGCUUCAAGAUUUCUGAUGAAGUUUUAUUUCUGCAGGGAAGUGGCUAAAAAGAGGAAGGGCAGGAGGCCUCCAGAACUCUUUAAUAGCAUACUUAAUCGCCAUGAUCAAGACUAUGAACCAAGGAUGUUAGGGGAGAAGAUUAUGUACAGUACAUUAUGUAGCACAGCAAUUAAGGUAACAGGAGUUUAAAAUUUGAGGCCUGUUGGGUAAUCUGCCUCUGCCAUAGUUCAAAUAGGACAGCACAUUUGAUACAGUCUCUUGUCCCGCUAUAAUGGAGUGACAACCCUACUUGUAAAAUUACUGCCACUGAAUAAUUGCUGGAUUGGUAUGGCACAGUGGUGAAGAAAUGCAAAUUUUCAGCAUAGACAAGAGAAAAUGACUCCUUAUCACUUUUUGAAUAUUGACUUGCUAUACAGUAUAAUAUUUGUACUGGUCGGUCACACUGCAACAACAGUCUCAGCUGCUAGACAGUGCAAGAGGUACCCCCAACUGAGCCAAGACUCAGAAGCAGGAUCCCAAAGGGGCACUUUGGGAGGCAUGUACACUGCCAUGGCCAGAUUGGGGGCAGGGAACUCUCUUCCCCCCAAUUCUCCCUGGCGAUGAGGGAGGCCUUUUCUGGCAGGGGUGUUUUAAGUGUGUGUGUGUGUGUGUGUGUGUGAGAGAGAGAGAGAGAGAGAGAGAGAGAGAGACUGGGUUGUGGAAAGAGAUCAUUGUCCUUUGGGUGCAAGAGGAUAUGGGGUGGGUGAGGGGGUAAGGUAUUACAACCCUUCCGUAGGUUCAGAACCUGAGGAAUAGAGAAGACGUUGUGGUCUUGUUGUUGUUUAGUCGUUUAGUCGUGUCCAACUCUUCGUGACCCCAUGGACCAGAGCACGCCAGGCACUCCUGUCUUCCACUGCCUCCUGCAGUUUGGUCAAACUCAUGCUGGUAGCUUCGAGAACGCUGUCCAACCAUCUCGCCCUCUGCAUCCCCUUCUCCUUGUGCCCUCCAUCUUUCCCAACAUCAGGGUCUUUUCCAGGGAGUCUUCUCUUCUCAUGAGGUGGCCAAAGUGUUGGAGCCUCAGCUUCAGGAUCUGUCCUUCCAGUGAGCACUCAGGGCUGAUUUCCUUCAGAAUGGAUCGGUUUGAUCUUCUUGCAGUCCAUGGGACUUUCAAGAGUCUCCUCCAGCUAGUGAGAGGGAAUUGAGGCAGGCAGGGUGGAGCUAUUGUCCUGGAGAAAGAAACUGGCGGAUGGAAACAAAGGCAGUGGAGUGAACAUAAUAUUUCAUAUACACGUUUAUCUAAACUAAUAUUUGUAAACGGUAUUCUAGAACAUGCUGUAAAUAAAAAUAAACCUGCUUCAUUAUAAUCGCAGUCAGAAUAAACUAAUGUGGAAACAAAAUUCUUUUGCAUUAGGGAUUUUAGCCCGAAUGAUUAUUCUUCCUUGAGCAUCUUAACGUACUAACAAAUGAAUUGCAACUGCAGUGCAAAAACAAUUAGAAUUAAACUAAACACAAAGCUUCUGUUGGUCAUUAUGCUUUGCCCAACUACCUUAUUAGUUCUGAAUCAGAAAUAAAAUUGCAAUGAAAAGAUCAGUUAGUUUUAUUCUGUAACUAGAAAAUCAUCUUAUUGCUGCAGAAUCUUGGACAAUGGCAGGAUUAGAACUGAUUUUAAACUUCAUUUUUCUCUCUAAGUCAUAAUCUGAAUUUACUAGGAAACAUUCUUAAAGCCCAAUAUACUAUAAUUUUCCUCCUUCGUGAGGUUCUAACAAAUAUGAAGACACAAAUAGCCUUACAGUGUGCCUAAUCCAAGCAUAAUUCAAACCAAGUUAACAACUAGGAGCAUUGUUUUACAGAGCAGCUUUAUACCAGUGUGUUAUUUUAUGUGAAGGUCAUCCAGCUAGAGACUGGCUGUGGACUUUGUUUAACCCCUGAAAUAAUUUCAAAUUACUGCCCUGUGACCAAGAGGAGAAGUCAGCAAGAUGAACAGUCAUCUUUGUAGUCCUUCUCUUGUCAAUUUAGGAUUUAAGAUAACUGAAAAAGAACUGCAUCAUGAUUAGCUCUGAACAUUUCAGUUAGUCUACACGAAGCUGAAGCUGUUGGGUAUGGAAAGAUGUUGGCAAAUAGAAGUAGCUAAUAGCUAUUUGGAAUGGGGGGGGGAUAGGUGGUAGCUCUGGGGCCAGCUCUGUGGACAGAAAAGGCACAUACUUUUGUGAGCUAAGAAAAUAAUAAUAAUAAUAAUAAUAAUAAUAAUAAUAAUAAUAAUAAUAUAUUAUUUGUACCCCGCCCAUCUGGGUACUCUGGGUGGCUUCCACAGAGACCAAAAAUACACUAAAAUGUCGCACAUUAAAAACUUCCCUGAACAGGGCUGCCUUAAGAUGUCUUCUGAAUGUCAGGUAGUUGUUUAUUGCUUUGAUAUCUGAUGGGAGGGCAUUCCACAGGGCGGGCGCCACUACUGAGAAGGCCCUCUGCCUGGUUCCCUGUAGCCUUGCUUCUCGCAAUGAGGGAACCUCAGCGUCCGGGCAGAACGAUGGGGGUGGAGACGCUCCUUCAGGUAUACUGGGCUGAGGCCGUUUAGGGCUUUAAAGGUCAACACCAACACUUUGAAUUGUGCUUGGAAACAUACUGGGAGCCAAUGUAGGUCUUUCAAGACUGGUGUUAUGUGGUCUCGGCGGCCGCCCCCAGUCACCAGUCUAGCUGCCACGUUCUGGAUUAGUUGUAGUUUCCGGGUCACCUUCAAAGGUAGCCCCACGUAGAGCACAUUGCAGUAGUCCAAGCAGGAGAUAACCAGAGCAUGCACCACUCUGGCAAGACAGUCCACGGGCAGGUAGGGUCUCAGCCUGCGUACCAGAUGGAGCUGGUAGACAGCUGCCCUGGACACAGAAUUGACCUGCGCCUCCAUGGACAGCUGUGAGUCCAAAAUGACUCCCAGGCUCCUGGUCCUUCGGUGGCACAGUUACGCCAUUCAGGAUCUUUAAUAAAAAUUAUUUUUAAAAAGAAAAGAAAAUGCAAGCCUUUUAUUAGCAUCUGAAGAGUCUUAUUGACGCCAAGGAACCAAUAUCAGCUAUUUCAUGGGAAACGACAUUGAGAAAACAUGGUGAUGUGAUGUUCUGCAUGCAAUUAAUGGAGGAAGGUUUUACCUCCACUGCCCAAGACAUUAUGCUUCUGAAUGUCAGUUCCUGGGAAUGGCAAGAGGGGAGGGGGACUGCUGUUGCACUUGGGUAAUGGUUCUGGGCUUCCCAUGGGUGACUGUGAGGAUAGAGUGCUGGACUAGAUGGGCCUAUGGCUUGAUCUAGAACUAUCAAAACAAAAAGACCAUAUAAGAUAGCUGUCAGCUACGAUGAUCAAAGCCUGUCCACAUCAAAAGACAGUAGCAAAUAUCAAAGCCAGGCAAGACGAUGGUGCAUCUCAAUAAAAGGAGCUCUGGUAAAACACUUGCAUGUAUUUCUUUCUGUUUUGUUCUGAUCUGUUGAGUGAAAGCUGAUUCAUAACGAAAAACUGAAAUCCAGUUUUAAUUUCUCAAAAGUCUUUCACUUAUUUAUUUUUUUACCUUCCCACAGUAGGCUUGCAACAAGUUGGCAGGUUGCCUUUUCUGAAGACCGUAGUUUUGUCAGCAUCUAAAAAUAGUAUUCCAAAGAGCAAUGUUGUUUACCUUGUGUAUCUUCAGAAAGAGCUAUUGGACUUACUAAAAUGAUUAACAGCUAGAUCCUUAUCUUUAAUUGAAGCGAUUUUAACAUUAAAUAAAAAAAAUAGGGGUAUGUGAUAUAAUCACCAGAGUAAUACUUCAGUCUCAUUUGCUUUCUACUGGGUAUCCUAAUUCUUUCUGAGAAACAUGCCUUGUAUGAAGAAGCCAUAAUACAUAGUUUUCUUUCUUUCAGAUUCAUCAUAUUCACUUCGCCGAGAUGAGACAAUUGUCAUUGCUCUGGCAUCAGUAUCUGUAUUGGCUGUUCUGGUGGUUGCCUUUUUCUUUGGAUACAGAAUAUUUGGAGGUAAGCUUUGAUGAGUGUGUUCUUAAUUUUCAUCUUUUGUUUUUCUUAUCAUGAUCAUUCCCGAGUUGCUUACUCUUUUGUUUGGCAAUCCAGUUUUUUAAAUAUAAAACGCAUUAAAACAAAACGUCCCCAUAGCCUACCCAGAGAUCAGAAUGCAGGCAGUAAUUUGCUGCCAGCUUCAGUAACAUUCAGUCCAUUCCCUUUUCCCUGUGAGGGCCAUGUUCCCAAAGCAAAUAUCUAAACUUUAAUGUCUAGAGGGCCUGUCACAUGCACCUUCUCUAUUUUUCAGAGAGGUGCUACACAACUAUUGGAGCUUUUUGGUGGCAGUUGAUAGUAACAAGAAAACCAUAAUAAAGGGGAUGCAUGUGACAAGGUGUUUUAGAUUUUGCAGAUAAUAUCUCCCCCCCCCCAAAAAAAAUGUUAUUGGUUUUCACAACAUUAUAAACAAGCAAACACAUAAGACAAACAAACUUAAAUCAUAGCCUUAUUGAAAAUUACACUUAUUAACAUUGUUAAGUGACUUCCUCGCUUCCCCUUGGUUGAAUUCCAUUGCAUAUCCUUUUCAAAUCACAGUUCUUAUAAAAUUUAACUUAAACAUUAUCAUCCUUAGAUCUUCACAUUAUGAAAUUAAACAUAUUAAUUCAUCACUUAACAUAAAUAAAAUCCUAAGCCAAUUAAGUAUCUGCAAGCUGUUUUCAGUUAAUUUAACUUGACAUAUUUAACUAAGUAAUCAUUAAAUUUAAUCCAUUCUUCCUGGUACUCCUCCUCCUUCUGGUCGCAGACUCUUCCGGUUAGGUCGGCUAGCUCCGAAAAAUCCAUCAUCUGCCAUUCUUCUAUCGUUGGUAAUUCUUGGGUUUUCCACUUUUUAGCUAACAAAAUACGAGCAGCAGUUGUGGCAUACAAAAAUAAUUUAACAUCUUUCUUGGGCAAUUCCAGACCUGUUAUUCCAAGAAAAAAGGCCUCUGGUUUCUUUAUAAAUGUAUAUUUCAACAUUUUUUUCAAUUCAUCAUAAACCUUUUCCCAUAAGUCUUUCACCUUGGGACAGGUCCACCACAUAUGAUAAAAGGUUCCUUCCUUUUCUUUACAUUUCCAACAUAGAUUGUCACAGUUAUGAUAUAUCUUUGCUAAUUUUACAGGAGUCAAAUACCAUCAGUACAUCAUUUUCGUUAUAUUUUCCUUUAACACAGUACAUGCGGUGGGAUUUUGCAGAUAAGAUCUUGAGGAACACAGCAUGUUAGCUGUCCCGAUUAACCUUGGCAUAGGGAAAGUAAUGUGCAAAACUCCAUAGCUGGCACCCAUUGGCCGUACUAAUAUUGGUUCUUCUAAAACUGCCUCUUUGUCUAACUCUUUAAGUUGCUUGCAAGGUGUCUCCUGGAUAGGUUUGUCCGUUGCCAAGACAUUGUCAAGACCUCAGACAUUUUGAGGUGUAACACAAACUUUUUUUCCUGGUUCUUCUUUCAUCAGGGGAUCAUAAACAAGGUAUGCACAGUAUAGACAUGAUGGAAGCAGCAUCAUCCGAACCCUCGUUAGAUCUUGAUAAUCUGAAGCUACUGGAGGUAACUAUGCCAUUUGGAGUUUCUAGGUCUUUACUCUUCGCAUGAAUUAUGAAUCACCUGAUCAAUUUAGUACAAGAUGUUAAUGCUUACUUUACAUACAUACAAGUUAGUAUUUAAGGAUUUUUGCAACCACACUGAUAAUCAUUUAGCUAGAUGCUACUUUUUUGUACCUGACAACUAGGUCAUGAUAAAGGGGCUAUUCAUUCAUUCAUUCAAUAUACUGACCUUCAUCUUAAGAUCUCUUUGUCCUAUAACAUUAUCACUCGAGGAUUUCUUCAUAAAUAAAACUGCUUGUAUUCUCAGCUGGUGUUUAGAAAGACAAAAUUAAUAUUUUUGUGGUUGCUAUAUUCACAAGUUUGUGAUGAUCUGCAUGCAUGAAGCCCCAUUUCUAUUUUAAUUUAACAAAGCCGUGCCUCAUAAAGCCAAGCUUAACAUGAGCCAUGUCUUUGAAUCCUGUUAUUGGGUUCUUCCUCUUCUUCUUUUUUAAGUAACAACAAUUUCCACUUGUACAUAUGUUUCUUUAGAUACUAAGAUGAACUAUAUGCUCUAGUUCAUGUCAGAGUGAAAUAUAGCACUGCAGUUGAAAGGCCCAAAUCCAUGGACAAAACUCAGUGCUCAUGCUCACUGAAAUCAACAAAUUUAAGUGAACUGUGCACUGGACUGUUGCCAAAAUGUAUAUCGUAUUAAUGUGAAGUUCAUCAAAUGGUUACUUUUUUAAAUUUCACAGCUUAUUGGUCGAGGGCGAUAUGGAGCAGUUUACAAAGGUUCCUUAGAUGAGCGUCCAGUGGCUGUAAAAGUAUUUUCUUUCACUAAUCGUCAAAACUUUAUCAAUGAGAGAAAUAUAUACAGAAUCCCACUUAUGGAACACGACAACAUUGCCCGAUUCAUUGUGGGAGAUGAGAGAUUCACUGCAGAUGGACGGAUGGAAUACUUACUAGUGAUGGAAUAUUAUCCCAAUGUAAGUAAUAAUUUAAAGAGAGUUACUUUAUACACCUUUGGGAAGAUAGAAAAUUGAUUUAAGUUGCAAUUAAUGUAAAAAUAUUCUGUGGGGAUUUCACAUUAUUGUAUUUUUAGUAACAACAGGUCAGGUUCAUUCAUUCGUUUUAUUUGUAUGCUCCUUUUAAACACACAAAAUCAGGCUUAAAGCAGCUUACAACAAGGAAACGGAUGCAUUUCAAACAAAUGCUACAAAAACAUUUUCACAAUAACAUAGCAAUACAAUAACGUAGCAGCAAUUUCAUAAGAACAUAGCAAAACGAUAGCAAAGAUAAUGAUAUACAAAAAACCUCCCACAUUCCAGUACUACAAAUUUAACAAGACUAUUUAAAGAACAUGCAGAAUCUAACAGCAAAAAUAAGAAGGGAGCUUCAUAAUUUCACCUUAGUCCUAGAAACACCCCUCCCAUGAUGUUGCUCACAGUCAGUCCACUGCAACAGCUUCCACACCCAAAGGGUGGAACUACUCCUCCCAUGAUAUUAAAGAAGAAAAUGCCAGGAGCUGCAUUAUAUACACAUGAAAGGUUCUGUCACAUUCUGGCCUCACAAUCUGAAUCUAGAACAAGAAUUUGAACUUAAUAUAAAGGUAAAGGUAAAGGGACCCCUGACCAUUAGGUCCAGUCGUGACUGACUCUGGGGUUGCAGCGCUCAUCUCGCUUUACUGGCCGAGGGAGCCGGAGUACAGCUUCUGGGUCAUGUGGCCAGCAUGACUAAGCCGCUUCUGGCGAACCAGAGUAGCGCACGGAAACGCCGUUUACCUUCCUGCCGGAGUGGUACCUAUUUAUCUACUUGCACUUUGAUGUGCUUUCGAACUGCUAGGUUGGCAGGAGCAGAGACUGAGCAACGGGAGCUCACCCCGUCGCGGGGAUUCAAACUGCCGACCUUCUGAUCGGCAAGUCCUAGGCUUUGUGGUUUAACCCACAGCGCCAUCCGCGUCCCUUCUGCUUAGAAUAUGAAUAGUUAAAUUCAAUCCAAGGGCAGGUUGACAACCACAAAUUUAUUGUGCAGUAAGUGCAGCUACAACAUGAUCACUGAGGCCAUUUCCAGACAAAAGUCUGGAUGUGCUUUCGAACUGCUAGGUUGACGGGAACAGGGACCGAGAAACGGGAGCUCACCCCGUUGCGGGGAUUCAAACUGCUGACCUUCUGAUUGGCAAGUCCUAGGCUCUGUGGUUUAACCCACAGCGCCACCCGCAUCCCAGAACCUAAUAAAGGGCUUUACAAAUAGGAGCAUGUUUAACCAUGAAUGGUUGUGUCACUGGAGCCUGGGAUGUCCCCAGAAGUCUCUUUCCUUUUCUCAUAUAAGUGAACAAUUGUGAAAUGUGGUUAAGUCGUUUGAUUAAAGCUGCCUCAGAAAAUACCAUUUCUUUUGCCAUCAUGAAGCACAUCUGGUGGACAUGAGUGUCAUUUUUAGAUAAAGCCAACAGUUGUUGUUGUUGUUUAGUUGUUUAGUCGUGUCCGACUCUUCUUGACCCCAUGGACCAGAGCACACCAGGCAUUCCUGUCUUCCACUGCCUCCCGCAGUUUGGUCAGACUCAUGUUUGUAGCUUUGAGAACACUGUCCAACCAUCUCUCCCUUUGUUGUCCCCUUCUCCUUGUGCCCUCCAUCUUUCCCAACAUCAGGGUCUUUUCCAGGGAGUCUUCUCUUCUCAUGAGGUGGCCAAAGUAUUGGAGCCUCAGCUUCAGGAUCUGUCCUUCCAGUGAGCACUCAGGGCUGAUUUCCUUCAGAAUGGAUGUGUUUGAUCUUAUUGCAGUCCAUGGGACUCUCAAGAGUCUCCUCCAGCACCAGAAUUCAAAAGCAUCAAUUCUUUGGCGAUCAGCCUUCUUUAUGGUCCAGCUCUCACUUCCAUACAUCACUACUGGGAAAACCAUGGCUUUAACUAUACAGACCUUUGUUGGCAAGGUGAUGUCAACAGUAGCCACAAACAAACUAGCACCUCUCUUCCUGUUAAUAAAAGCAAUAACCUAGGUCCACAAAUUUUGAAAUGGAGUAUUGGAAAUAAGUGUUGAUUAAAAGUCUCUACAAGGGACUGAUGACCCUAACAACAUGCACUGUGUUUAUUCCCUUUCCAGGGCUCUUUGUGCAGGUAUUUGAGUCUUCAUACUAGUGACUGGGUGAACUCAUGUCGUUUGGCACACACUAUAACUCGAGGUCUGGCAUAUCUCCACACAGAGUUGCCUCGAGGAGGUAAGGCCAGGGGUCUGCUACUUUCCAUAAAGAUAAUUUAGGAUUUUCUGUUUGAUAACAGAAUCAAAGGAUUUUUACAGAUUUUUAUUUUUUGGUGAUGCAAAUAUUUCUGCCAUUAGAAAUAAGCAACUCUUCUAUACACUUUUUUUGUGCCCAUUGUGCUUUAAGUAAGUUCAUUUGGAGCCUUCUUAAAUAAUUAGUAACUAUGAUGAGGUGUCUUAAUUUUGGCACUUGAUUUAAAAUACAUCAUGCUUUAUUUGCUUGCACACUUAAAUUAUUUUUACCCUUCUCUUCAGCUGACAAAUGGCUCCAGUAACAGUAUACUCUCAAUGCAUGCUGAGCAAUGUAUGAUUGAAAAAGUAGCACAAAGCCUGAGAAAAAUGGCCUGAGAAAUUGACCGCAAAUAAAAAUAUACGGAACUAAGAUUUUUUGAGUUAUUUCUUACCCCACAGUAACUUUGAAGGCUGCUUUUAGAAAAAAAAAAUUGAACAGAAAUACCAAAUAAGAGCAGGUACAAAAAUUACAGAAUUACUCAAUGUCUCUGACUCAGGCAACCAGAUAUUAUGAAUCAGAACAAGGAGGAAUGAUAGCUCAGUUGGUAGAGCAUGAUACUCUUAAUCUCAGGGUUGUGGAUUCAAUCCCUUCGUUGGGCAAAAGAUUCCUGCAUUGCAGGGGGUUGGACUAGAUGACCCUCAGGAUUCCUUCCAACUCUACAAUUAUAUGAUAUAUGUCUCGUCUUUGUGCAUGGGGAGAAAGAAGAGACACUAUUUUUGCCAUAUUUUUCUAUGCUAUUUGGUUGUAUCUAACAGUAUACAUCUGCUGAUCAAAAUAAUCUGUUGUCAUGGCCUGCCCCAGGUAAAGAAGCACAUAUCUGAUAGUUUGUACUUUGUCUGCAAGAGAAAUACUUACUACAAUGUCUAGCCUCUAGGCAGCUGUCCACAGGUCUGGGUCCUGUAGAACAGUGGGCCCCUGCCCCUCCGCCGGCUUAUAUACCCUCCUCUGACGGGUUGCAUGACCACAACCUGAAACAUCUCCUGCAUGAACAUCAUCACUACUCAUCCCUUUUCAAGCCCCACCUGGUUCUAGGAGACAGUGGGGCAGGGGAAUGUUGGGAAUCCACUGACCUGUCCCUCGCCUGAGCUAUCCCUUCUUCCUCCACCACAACCUGCGCAUCUCCCUCCAUCUCGGACUGCCUUGAUUCUUCCUCCUCCACCUGGUCUGGCUCCUGCCUGACACCCAGCAUCAAUCCCCAUAAAUCACUGGCCUCCUGACCCCCUGCCUCCGCCACACAUUCUUUGGAGCACUGGCAGUCUAUCAGCAGAAAGCUGAGGGAGGCAGCUAUUGGUGAUUCCCCUUUCCCCUCUGUAGCCCCUCCAUGUCCCUCUGAAUUUUUCUCAAGAGUCCCCCAACCAUUUUUAGCAAAUUUAGGGGUACCCAUGGGCUGCUGGGGGGAGAAAGAAUAUUUGGAAAUUACCUCUUUUUUCUUCCACUGACAGAGACAUACUUGUUCUGUAAAACAAAAAAGUCUAAUAAUAUAUUAUUUUAGUACUGGCAUAGAUAUUUAUUCUGAAGUUUGCACAGUUUGUUGCUUUUUAAAAACAUCCAUGAUUAUAGAACAGAUUCUUAGAUUCAGAAUAGUAUAGCAUAGCAAUCAUUUCAUAGUAUAUGGACAGAAACAAUUAGAAAUCCUAAAGCAGGGUUUUCAAAUGUCCAAACAGAUCACUACAAACCUGCCAUCUCCCACCGGGAUUUGAACAGCCGUAAUGUAUUGGUGAAGAAUGAUGGAACAUGUGUUAUUAGUGAUUUUGGACUCUCCAUGAAGCUAACAGGAAAUAGACUAGUGCGCCCAGGUGAGGAGGACAAUGCUGCAAUCAGUGAGGUAAGUAUGGAAAGAGAAUACAAUGGUUGGACACGGUUAAAUUAUGCACAACAGAAGGAUUCCCUUCAGAAACCUCUUCUAAGAUCUUAAGGAAGUUCAUGGAAGGAAAGUUUCCCAUCAACUCUCCCCUGCAGCAACCUGAUUCUCCUCCCCUCCAUCCCAACAAAGCAUCUCCAGCCGUUGGGAGUGGGCUUCUGAGACAGUGUGGAACAGGACAUGAGGAGGGGAUGCAGGGCGAGAAACAGUAACAGAGAGCCAGCGUGGUGUAGUGGUUAAGAGCGGUGGACUCGUAAUCUGGUGAACCGGGUUCGCUUCCCCGCUCCUCCACAUGCAGCUGCUGGGUGACCUUGGGCUAGUCAUACUUCUCUGAAGUCUCUCAGCCUCACUCACCUCACAGAGUGUUUGUUGUGGGGGAGGAAGGGAAAAGGAGGUUGUUAGCCACUUUAAAAGUCCUUAAAACAGUGGUGUCCAAACUUUUUUCAAAGAGGGCCAGAUUUGAUGAAGUGAAGGGCCGUGGGGGCCAACCAAAGUUGUUGACCUUUAUUUAGGAUUGAAGUUCUUGAGGUUUUUUUUACCCCAGGAAAUAAACUGCCACAGGCGCCAGAUUAAACUGACUGGCGGGCCAGAUUAGGCCCUCAAGAUGGACAUUCCUGCCUUAAAGGGACUGAAAGGCAGGAUAUCAAGUCCAAACUCCUCUUCUUCUUAACUGAAUAUGAGACUUGGAUCCAAAAAUAAGUUAACAAGGAUAGUUUCUUUUCUUUUCCUUUCUUUCUUUCUUUCUUUCUCUCUCUCUCUCUCUCUCUCUCUCUGUCUCACACACACACACACAAUGAUCACAUCUCAGCCCACAUUGUUCAGCUGGUCCCCGGCUCUCCAGAGGUCACAGGCAAUUGCAAAGCAGAGAGGCUGAUGGGAUUUUUUUCUUUCAUGAGCUUCCUUGACUCCUGUUAGAACCCGAGCCAAUGAGAGUUCUCUACUCUACCGUGAUGUGACUAUCAUGAAGCAGAAGACGCUGGGGUUUUUUUAAGGGACACUUUGUUUCGAGCACAGAUCUUUAAUCAAAAUGUUCACAGAAAGGCCCCCAAAUAUUUCCUGCUUGCUGCUUGCUUAUAUUUUGGAGUAGAGAGGCCAAGUCCUUCAUCCCUGAUACAAUGCAUGUGUAUAGUCUUGACUGGUUUGUGGCAGAGCUCUGCGGGUUUGUCUGCCUCUCCUUUCUGGUUACUUCCUAACAUACCUUUCCUUAACCACAUUCGAGGACUGUGUACUGUAUUUUUUGCUCUAUUAGACUCACUUUUUCCCUCCUGAAAAGUAAGGGGAAAUGUGUGUGCGUCUUAUGGGGUGAAUGCAGGCUGUGCAGCUGUCCCAGAAGCCAGAACAGCAAGAGGGAUUGCUGCUUUCACUGCGCAGCGAUCCCUCUUGUUGUUCUGGCUUCUGAGAUUCAGAUUUUAUUUUUUUCCUUGUUUUCCUCCUGCAAAAACUAGGUGCGUCUUGUGGUCUGGUGCAUCUUAUAGAGCGAAAAAUACAGUAAUAUAUGAACUCAAACAAGAAUGUAUUAAGAAAGGAAGAAAUAUAUCUGCAUUGGAUUUAAUUAAAUAGGUUGUAUACCUUGCUUAAGGAUUGUAUAUGGUGUACAUCCUGGACUUGAUUCGUAUGUUAGGAAGUAACCAGUAAAGAAAUUUGUUACAAACAUUACCAUUCAGCCUGUUGUGCCCAUUAUUUGUUUGCACAUGUCAACAGACCUUUCCAACGCCUCCAGUAACGGCUGUGUGUUCAACCUGAGAUUGAAAUCCCCUCUACAGGUAGUUCAGUAACUAAAAUUUAUAACUGAAUCUGAAAAGGGGAAAUUGAAAGAGAAUUAAUCCCUGCUUUUUAGUUCAAGAUACAUAAAGAUCCCAAGUGCCUCAGUAUAUCAUGCAAGGUUUUUAUUUCUUUUUAAAGGUACAAUCUGAAUUUUGUAUCUGUAUAACAAUCUAAAGGAUAGCUGUUCCCAGAAUACCAGAUUUACUAUUUCACUUUUUACAGUGAAAGGAGGGAUGGUAUAAAAUACUAUAAAAGGUCGUUAUUUCACCAAAAGUUUUUUUUAAAAAAACAGCUCCUCAGGUUUCCUUUUGCCAAAUGGAGAUGGAGAAAUGGUCUGAUCCUGUCACCUGCUCAGUGUGAAUGAAUAAAUAUAUCUCUAAGACUAUCUGCCCUACAUGCAGCUGUCGCUCUUUAUGCUCCUGCUGGAAAUAAGAGAACCUUUAUUAUUAAUUUUGAGGUCAAGGAAAUACUGAACUUUUUAACUAAACAUUGCUUUUGCUCCUGUUCCACUUAUGGCUACUUCUCAAAACUAUUAGAUCAUGCCACAAAAGACUUUUAUUGGGAAUGAGGACACAACAAAAUGGGCAUAGUUGUAAUUAUAAAUGUGGUUAAUAAGACCUGAACAAGGCAGUAUGGCCUUGAAAAGGCUUUCUGUUCAAGAGAUUCCACCCUGAGAAUGAAAGCGAACAUAAAUGGGGAGGGGUAGUUCUACUUAAAGAUAAGGGCAAUAGACAGGAUUUUGUAAAUACUGAACUAAUGUAAGAAUGUCACAACAUGUUUCUGCAGGUUGGUACAAUCCGCUACAUGGCCCCUGAAGUGCUGGAAGGAGCUGUGAACUUGAGGGAUUGCGAAUCCGCUCUAAAACAAGUAGAUAUGUAUGCACUAGGCCUAAUCUACUGGGAGAUUUUUAUGAGAUGCACAGACCUGUUCCCAGGUAAUAGAGGAAUUGCUGGAAUUCUUCUACUCCGAUUACAUCCACUGGUUUUGGGUCUUUGGGGGCGGGGGCGGUUUGCUAUUGAGAUCUGUAAGGAUUGGCUGUAAAUUCCAGUUCUCUUGUUUGUUUCCCACAGUGAACUCAGUGCCAUCUAGGGUUUCAGAGUUGUAUUGAAUGUUAUAAUUCAUUAUGAAAUACGUAGCCUUGGUGCCUGAUAAAGUAAUGUUGCCGAUAAGCUUUAGGUAUUAAGGAAAGCUUAUAUGUUACCUGGUAAAGCUGAAUGAAUACUGUGGACAUGUCCACAUGAGGUUUGUUGUGUGGCUGGUGGUAUACACAAUCUCCAUCAACACACACACACAAAUACAUAUAUAUGGCAGACCAGUAACAUCUGGAAUUCUGCAUGUGUAGCACAAGCCACAAAAGAAGCAGGGAAGGCCUCAAAACAGCACAUUGUGGGAUUUUCAUAUUUUGUUACCAAGGCAAACCAGGUAUAUGGGGAGCUUCCAUAUAAAUAUGUCCCUGAAAUGUUUACAUUUUGAAAAAUAAAAUGUCAGCUUUUUUAAUGAAGUAUGUGAGGAAAGUAUCAUUAGUCUGAAUUAUAAUUAUUUAGUUGUUAUUAGUACAGUGGUACCUCUAGUUACGAACUUAAUUUGUUCCGGAGGUCUGUUUUUAACCUGAAACUCUUCUUAACAAGAGGCGUGCUUUUGCUAAUGGGGCCCCUUGCUGCCGCUGCACCACCGGCACACGAUUUCCGUUCGCAUCCUAGGGCAAAGUUCUCAACUCAAGGUAACUCUUCCAGGUGAGCAGAGUUUGUAACCUGAAGCAUUUGUAACCUGAGGUGUUUGUAACUUGAGGUACCACUGUAUUCCUUUAUUAUUUCAAUUUAUUUACCACCCUUUAUCAAAAGAUCCCAGGGCGUUGUACAAUGUGGCAAUUGCAUUUUGCACCAGCUGAAGUUUCCAAACUGUCUUCAGAAGCAGCCCCAUGUAUAACACAUUGGUUAUACAUUGGUUACCAGAGUGUAGGCCACAGAAUUUAGGCUAUCCUUGUCCAGAUAGUGGUGCAGCUGGGCCACCAGCCAAAGCUGACAGAAGGCACUCUGUACCACCAAGGCUACCUGGCCUUCAAGCAACUGGGCCUCAAGGAGUGGAUCCAAAAGUACCCCAGAAGUACUUGCUCCUUAAGAGGGAGUGUAACCACCUCAAGAGCAAGCAAUCUUCCACCUAUCUGGUCUAGGGAACCACCCACUAAUGCUGCCUCUGUCUUGUCUGGAUUGAGCUUCAGUUUAUUUGCUCUCAUCCAGUCCAUUACCAAGGCAAGACACCGGUCCAGCACAUCCACUGCCACACCUGCAGAUGUAAAGGAAAAACAGACCUGUGUGUCAUCGGCAUAUUGCUGACAACACAUGCGCAAACUCCAGAUGACUCCACUCAGCGUCUUCGUAUAGAUAUUAAACAAUAUGGGGGAAUAGAAUUGAGCCUUGAGGGACACCUUCUUGAAGGCCCCACGGUGCUGAAAUACAGUCCCGAAGCAUCACCCACUGAAAGCGACCAUCCAAGUAGGACUGGAACCAUUGCAGAGCAGUGCCUCCCACUCUCAGCUCAGAUAGCCUCUCCAGGAGAAUACAGUGGUCGAUGGUAUCAAAAGACAUCGAGAGGUCAAGGAGGGCUAACAGGGACACAUUGCCACUAUCUCUCUCCUGGGCAGUAACCAGGGCAGUUUCUGUGCCAAAGCCAGGCUGAAACCCUGUUUGAAAUGGAUCUAGAAAAUCAGUCUCCUCCAAGAGCACCUGGAUCUGGUCAGCAACCACCCACUCAAGAACCUUUCCCAAGGAAGGGAGGUUGGCAACUGGCCGGUAAUUACCAAGGUUCUCAGAAUCUAGAGAUGGGUUCUUAAGAAGCGGUCUUCUCACUGCCUCCUUCAAACAGGAAGGAGCUAGCCCCUCUCAUAAAGAGGCAUUAACCACUCCCUGGCCUAGACAGCUGUCUCCUCCCUGCUGGAUUUAACAGCCAAGAAGGGCAAGGGUUCAGAGCACAGGUAUUCGCUUGUACCAAUCCAAACAUCUUGUCCACAACCUCAAGCCCCAUCAUUUUUAGUGAUCCAUGUCAUAUCUGUUGAACUUCCCUAGAUAAUUCUUAGGAUUUUUCGGAUAGAUUUACAAGAUCGGGUGGAAGAAGAGGCAAAGAUUGUCAUACAGUUGCGUUUGAGUCAGUGUAGGAAUGGAUAAAAAAACGCAUCCAUGAACUUGUAGAAAUCAGCCCUGAGUGCUCACUGGAAGGACAGAUCCUGAAGCUGAGAUUCCAAUAUUUUGGCCACCUCAUGAGAAGAGAAGACUCCCUGGAAAAGACCCUGAUGUUGGGAAAGAUGGAGGGCACAAGGAGAAGGGGACGACAGAGGAUGAGAUGGUUGGAUAGUGUUCUCGAAGCUACCAGCAUGAGUUUGACCAAACUGCGGGAGACAGUGGAAGACAGGAGUGCCUGGCAUGCUCUGGUCCAUGGGGUCACAAAGAGUCGGACACUACUAAACGACUAAACAACAACAACUACUGCUGCUGCUACUAGCCUUUAUUGGUAUAAGUUAAAACAGUAAAAUCAUACAAAAAGAUCCAAAUACAUUGUAGAAUAGUUAGGAUCAGCAUGCAGGAUGCACUAUCUGGUUUCCUUUAAGUAUCUCCUGGUCCUUAAGUAGGCAAGGUCCCUUAAAUGUUGCUGUUCUUCCUCAUAUGUUAGGCAUAACAUAUUUGCAGAGCUUAGGCAAUUUUGUCAAUCAACUUUGCAAAAGAGCGAGAUUAAGCCAAUAGCACAUGCAGCUCACAGUACAACUGGACCAAAUAUUGGUUCAGAUGCCAGAGGAAAAAAUAUGAUAGGCAUCUUCCUGUUAUGCCUGGGCAUUUUAGAGCUAUUUGGACUUUUUGUUUACGUUUAAAUUAUUAUGUCUGUAAACAGGAGAAUCAGUGCCAGAGUUCCAGGCAGCAUUCCACGCAGAAGUUGGAAACCACCCCACUUUUGAAGAUAUGCAAGUUCUUGUUUCAAGGGAAAAGCAACGACCAAAAUUCCCAGAGGCCUGGAAGGAGAACAGCUUGGUGAGAGAAGCAAGAUGCUACCUUCCCCCCCCCCUUUUCAUUUGGAAAUCAUAUGUAAGAUGCUAGAUUAUGGAGUUGGAGGCAUAACAUUGGUUUAAUAUGUAAGUUGCUGUCUUUAGGAAACUAAACUAAAAUUAAUAAAAAGUAAUAUUUGAGUGCAAGAUACAAGUAUGGGCUGGACAUUUCAUGAUGGGGUCAGUAACGUAUUCUAUCUUUCGUGUGUGUUCUCUUUAAAUGCCCAGUUCACUGUCUUGAUCACUACACAGGACACAUCAGUGUGCUUUAAAAUAUACUUUAUUAUAAAAAUUUAAUGUGCUAUUUCAGGCAAUGUCAGUCCAACAGACUGAUGAAUACAAUAAAUUACCAUACUCUGUUUUUGGACUAGACUUUGUUCCAUUUGCUCAGUUUCUUAAUUCAUUAACAUUCACAAUAGAAGUAACAGAUGUAAGUAUCCUCAUUCUCAGUAAUCUGAUUAUAGCUACCAUGUCUGUUUAGUAAGAUUUGUAUAAAGACCUGAAACCCUUUUUAUCAACCUCUACCACCCACCUUGUAACAUAUUUUGAAAACAUGUAACACGAUUGAAAAUAUCUCACUGUUGCAAUCAACACGUUUAGAAUAAUUUCUGUUUCCCUGUUUGUGAAAUCAUAUAGUUCUUUUAUCAACUCUGUUGUCAAACGACCCUAGACCAAAUUGCUUUUAAAGAGAAUCUUAGCUGCACCAGAUCAAGUAAUAACAUACCUUAGUACAGACAAGAUUACUUACUCAUUGUAGUAUUUUUCUAUAAGUUUUACUUGGGAGAUGCCCCAUUGAAAUUAGUAAGGCUGGCUUUUGAGAAAAUAUACACAGGAUUGUGUAACAUUUCUUGACCCUUUAGAACACAGGAUAUGUACCCAUAUUUUUCGCUCUAUAAGAUGCACCAGACCACAAGAGGAAAACAAGAAAAAAAAUAUUCUGAAUCUCAGAAGCCAGAACAGCAAGAGGGAUCGCUGCGCAGUGAAAGCAGCAAUCCCUCUUGCUGUUCUGGCUUCUGGGAUAGCUGCGCAGCCUGCAUUCACUCCAUAAGACGCACACACAUUUCCCCUUACUUUUUAGGAGGGAAAAAGUGAGUCUUAUAGAGCAAAAAAUACAGUAAUUUUGAGAUUCAGUUUCAUUGUUUGGUCUUAGAAUGUGUGUUGAAGUAUAGCUUUAAAAGGGUGCAGAAUGUAAUGCUGGUUUACUUUAUAGGCUGUGAGGUCACUGAAAGAGACAAUUGAGGACUGUUGGGAUCAGGAUGCUGAAGCUCGACUGACAGCCCAGUGUGCUGAAGAGAGGAUGGCUGAACUCAUGAUGAUUUGGGAAAGGAACAAAUCUGUCAGCCCAACAGUCAACCCUAUGCAGUCUACAGCUAUGCAGAAUGAGCGGUAAGUAGUACUAAGUGUGUGCUGUUUUCACAAUCUGAUUCCAAAAAUCAAUGAAACUUUUUAAAAAGUACAUUGUAUAUGCACUUAAGUGUCCCAUUUACUGCUUUCAGUUCUCAUCUCAGAGUUGAACUUUGAUUUCAAGGAUGUCAUGUUUUCCCUGAACUAAAAUCAUGAUACUUCAAUACUCGGGAAAAUGUGAUUUCCCCUUAGACAGUAUCUCUGUGUAAGUCAUCUGUCACAGCGCUGUCCAGCAAGGAAUGUCCAGAGUGAGGAAUUAGCUCUUUCUUGACAAAAGUACACUUACAAGUUAGGAAAAGGCAUGUCCAUCAGUCCUGCGUCUCGCAGCUGCUCCCAGAUGUGCACCCAAUGAGGCAAGAGUAGCUCACCCCGAACUCCACUUAUGUAUCUCCCCCCCCCCAGUGGUGCGCAAGCAGGUGAAGACUACAUCUGUGUGUGGCCUGUUUCUGCUCCUCCCACUUCAAUCCUCUUCUGGUCCUGAGAGACAGUGGGGCAGGAGAGGUGGGGGCAGGAGGAGAUGUGAAAGCCCUUUAUACCAGCCUGACCUAUCUCUUCCUACUCGUGCUUGUGUUCUUCACUCUCCAAUACUGCAGCUUCUGCCUCUGACUCAUCAGAUCACUGAUCCCUUCUUCCAAGCCAGUCUCCCGGUACCCACUCCUCAGUAUCCAGCCACCAUUCCUCAGUGUCCAGCCAGUCUUUCACAUCAACUAACUUAGGGCUAUUAAUUUCAGUGGGUCUGCUUAGAAUGAAGUAAAGGUAAAGGGACCCCUGACCAUUAGGUCCAGUCGUGGCCGACUCUGGGGUUGUGGCGCUCAUCUCGCUUUAUUGGCUAAGGGAGCCGGUGUACAGCUUCCGGGUCAUGGGGCCAGCAUGACUAAGCUGCUUCUGGCGAACCAGAGCAGCGCACGGAAACACCGUUUACCUUCCUGCCGGAGUGGUACCUAUUUAUCUACUUGCACUUUGAUGUGCUUUCAAACUGCUAGGUUGGCAGGAGCAGAGACUGAGCAACGGGAGCUCACCCCGUCGCGGGGAUUCGAACUGCCGACCUUCUGAUCGGCAAGUCCUAGGCUUUGUGGUUUAACCCACAGCGCCACCCGCGUCCCUUCUGCUUAGAAUAUGAAUAGUUAAAUUCAAUCCAAGGACAGGUUGACAACCACAAAUUUAUUGUGCAGUAAGUGCAGCUACAACAUGAUCACUGAGGCCAUUUCCAGACAAAAGUCCAAAAUAGCACUUGUCAAAGCCAGUAUUGUGCCUGUUCCCACAUUUGGAACAGUGUUGAAAUAAUAGUGCUACGAAUGAGAUAAAAUUAAAUUAGGCAUGUGUGUGCUAGAAUGGUGACAUACAGCUUCUGAAGGGAAAAAAAGUCUAGGCCAUCACACUGAGGUCCAUGACAUAACAGCACUGCCCCCCACAGCAAAAUUCUCAUGAUAGUUCUGCUUGCUGCAGAAACUAUUUUGCAUUUUUAGAUCCUUUAUGUUAGAAGAAUUUAUCGUCUACAUGCUCUUAAUCCUACUGUCUUCUUUGUGUGUUUUUUUUAAAAGAAAUCUAUCACACCAUAGGCGUGUGCCAAAGAUCAGACCAUAUCAAGAUUACUCUUCGUCAUCUUACAUUGAGGACUCCAUUCACCAUCCUGACAGCAUCGUGAAGAAUAUUUCGUCUGAGCUUUCAUCGUCCAGCACGCCACUGACGAUUGGGGAGAAGAACAGAAACUCUAUUAACUACGAGCGACAGCAAGCACAAGCUCGCAUUCCUAGUCCUGAAACUAGUGUCACAAGCUUGUCAACCAACACUACCACCACCAACACUACAGGUCUCACUCCGAGCACUGGCAUGACCACCAUAUCCGAGAUGCCUUACUCAGGUGAAACAAACCUUGGUGCUACAAAUGGGCCAACUCCUGUUUGUUUGCAACUAACAGAGGAGGACUUGGAGACCAACAAGCUGGAUCCAAAGGAAGUGGAUAAGAAUUUGAAGGAGAGUUCUGAUGAGAAUCUGAUGGAGCAUUCCCUUAAGCAGUUCAGUGGGCCAGAUCCACUCAGCAGCACCAGCUCCAGCUUGCUGUACCCACUGAUAAAACUGGCAGUGGAAGCAACAGGGCAACAGGACUUCACGCAAGUUGCAAAUGGCCAGGCGUGUCUAAUUCCAGAUGUUCAGCCUGCUCAGGUCUACCCUCUUCCUAAGCAGCAGAACCUCCCAAAGAGGCCUACUAGCCUACCUAUAAACACCAAAAACUCAACAAAGGAGCCUCGGCUGAAAUUUGGAGGGAAGCACAAAUCAAACUUGAAGCAGGUAGAAACUGGAGUUGCCAAGAUGAACACUAUCAAUUCUGCAGAACCUCACGUGGUCACAGUUACCACGAAUGACGUGGCAGGAAGGAGCCAUACAAUAGCCUCUCAUGCUGUACCAACCCAGUAUGUCAAUGGUACAGUGCCAUGUGGCCAAGCAUCCAGCUCAGGGGUCCAUCGGACCCAGGAAAUGCUUCAGAACCAGUUCAGCGGAGAGGACAGCCGUCUGAAUAUCAACUCGAGCCCUGAUGAGCAUGAGCCCUUGCUGAGAAGGGAGCAGCAAGUGAGCCAUGAUGAGGGCAUUCUCGAUCGUCUGGUUGAUAGGAGAGACCGCUCGCUGGAUAAUGGUAGAACAAACGCCAACAACAACAACAGUAACCCAUGUCCCGGACAAGACGUUUCUGUCCUCCGUAGCCAGAGCACAGCACCAAAUUCUGGACAAGCCCACACUAGAAGAGCACAGAGACCUAACUCGCUGGAUCUAUCAGCCACAAAUGUUUUGGACGGCUGUAGUAUGCAGUGUGAGUUUUUGUGGGAUUGAUCAAUGGAUAUUUGCAAAAAUAUUACAGAAUUAAACUUCUUGACUUGGGUCACAACCUAAAAACCAAAUUCUGCCCUCCCAACCCAGGAAGAUUUGCCGUAUUUUUCGAUCUAUAAAAACGCACCCAGUUUUUGGAGGAGGAAAACAAGAAAAACAAUAUUCUGAAUCUCAGAAGCCAGAACAGCAAGAGGGAUCGCUGCGCAGUGAAAGCAGCAAUCCCUCUUGCUGUUCUGGCUUCUGGGAUAGCUGUGCAGCCUGCAUUCGCCCCAUAAGAUGCACACACAUUUCCCCUUACUUUUUAGGAGGGAAAAAGUGAGUCUUAUAGAGCAAAAAAUACGGUAACCCCCAGUGCUGUGGUUUUGCUUGUACAGUGGUACCUCCGCUUACAUAUCCCUCUAGUUAUGAAAACUUUGGGAUGCGUAAGCGGCAAACCCGGAAGUAUUUUUCCAGGUUUUUGGCGCAUGUGCAGAAGCGCUCUAUCGCCACGCUUGCAUGCGCAGAAGCACUCUCUCUGGUUGCGAAAACCUCGGAAUAUAGCCGGACCUCUGGAACGGAUCCUGUCCGCAACCAGAGGUACCACUGUACCAAUUUAAUUAUUUCUGUUCUUCCCAGUGAAGAAUAUCCCUUCAACCUUCUCUUUUUAGACUGUUAUGUUUAAAACAUAAAUUGGGAAGGAUUUUAAAAUAUUUUUGGAUUCUGAGAAAACUGUAAUACUGCCCGAGGGGUUCAGCAAUACUUCUUUUGUUGACCUCUCUUAGAAGUGUGUGAGCCUUGGUUCUUCAGAUAAAUCAGCGACUUGCAACAGUAGACUCACCUUUUUAAAAAGUAACAUGGUACUCUCCUUCAGCCAAAGCUUUCUAGUUGAAUGAAACAAGGUUUGACUAGAAGAUUCGUUACACUAUUUAGCAUAACUUUCUACAACUAGUAUUCUAAAAUUAUUUAGAAUGUAUUAUAUUCUAAAUUAUUUUAGAGUUAUAGUAGUAGCCUAUUAUUGGGAAUUAAUUAAUUCACAUUUUAGAAAGCUUUCUUUUCUCAAGAGCUGUUCUCCAUUGUUAAGUUGAAGAUGCUCCAUAAUAAGUAAAUGGAGGUUAUGGAUGUUGGUGCCACACAUACAUAUAAAUACAGUCAUACCUUGGAAGUCAAAAAGAAUCCGUUCGAGAAGUCCGUUUGACUUCCAAAACGUAUGGAAAUCAAAGCACUGCUUCUGAUUGGCUGCAGGAAGCUCCUGCAGCCAAUUGGAAGCCGCAGAAGCCCCGUCGGAUGUUCAGCUUCCAAAAAUAGUUUGCAAACUGGAACAGUCACUUCCGGGUUUGCAGUGUUCAGGAGCCAAAACAUUGAAGAACUAAGCUGUUCAAAAACCAAGGUAUGACUGUAUUACUGCUUUGUUUAGUUGAACCCCACUAUUGUAAUUUGUUGUUAUAUAUCUGUGAAGUUGGAAGCUGAAAAGAACACUCAAGUACAAUAUGGUUCAGUAUUGUGAAUAUAACAUUUAUUCAUAUUAAGGUAAGAUAUGAUAGAAUCGAGGCAGUAGAGCCUUCUUCCUAUUACAAGACCAGUAGAAUCCAGGUAGAGGUUGCAUAGGCUUAAUUCAUCCUUUGUGCCAACUGUGUUUUACACUGAACCAUAUUUAAUAACUCUAACCAUGGCUUGAGCUCCAAAAACAAACCACAGUUUAAGGUACUUUGCUCUUUCUUUUUUUGGCACAGCACACCAGUCUUUUAGGUUUGAAAUUCUUAGGAGGCAGAGAAACGGUUGUAAUUGGUUUGCCAAACCAUGAUUUUUAAAUCCACUUCAAACGUGGUUUCUAAUUCUGGCUUACCCCUGAUUGAUCGAUCAUUUUCAUUGCUAAAGGAAGUUCAAGACUUCAAAUUAGCAAACACAAAGAAGCAGCAGUUCAUUUUUAAAUCUGCCAUUUUAAAUCUGAUUCUUUAACAAGAAAGGAUCCGUAAGUGUUAGGCUAUGUAAUCGAUACACGCGCCACACCCCGCCUGUUUGCUGCUCUGGGUGCCCUCCACCACUGUCUGCAGCUAAGCAAAUACAGGUCCAAGAAAGCACAUUAAGUCUCUAGUAAAAUGUGGAAUCCUUAAAAAAAUGAAAUCAUGUACAUAAAGUGACAGAAAAGGCAAUGUUGUUGUUUAGUCGUUUAGUUGUGUCCGACUCUUCGUGACCCCAUGGACCAGAGCACGCCAGGCACUCCUGUCUUCCACUGCCUCCCGCAGUUUGGUCAAACUCAUGCUGGUAGCUUCGAGAACACUAUCCAACCACCUCGUCCUCUGUCGUCCCCUUCUCCUUGCGCCCUCCAUCUUUCCCAACAUCAGGGUCUUUUCCAGGGAGUCUUCUCUUCUCAUGAGGUAGCCCAAGUAUUGGAGUCUCAGCUUCAGGAUCUGUCCUUCCAGUGAGCACUCAGGGCUGAUUACCUUCAGAAUGGAUAGGUUUGAUCUUCUUGCAGUCCAAGAAGAUGCUUUGAUGCAUUGCUUCGAUGCAUUGAUGCUUUUGAAUUAUGGUGUUGGAGACUCUUGAGUCUCCUCCAACACCAUAAUUCAGAAGCAUCAAUUCUUCAGCGAUCAGCCUUCUUUAUGGUCCAGCUCUCACUUCCAUACAUCACUACUGGGAAAACCAUAGCUUUAACUAUACGGACCUUUGUUGGCAAGCUGAUGUCUCUGCUUUUUAAGAUGCUGUCUAGAGAAAUGGCAAUACUUAUGACUAAUACUACAUACAGUCGACCUAGUUCCCAGGAUUUAUUCUGAAAGGGGAGUUACCAGGGCUGCUUUGCUGAAGUCUACCUAUGCUGUCAUCCACUGCUUUUGAUAAGAUUUCGUAUUUUCUUUUUCUGCCUCUUCUGUUCUUUCCGCCUGUAUGACACUGUGUAUAUUCUGCUUAUUUUUAGUGAGUGAGUCAUCCCUAGAUGGCAAACCCGGCUCAGGAGAAAAGAUCAAGAAACGUGUGAAAACACCAUAUUCCCUUAAGCGGUGGCGCCCGUCAACAUGGGUCAUCUCUACAGAACCACUGGACUGUGAAGUCAACAACAAUGGCAGUGAUAGGGUAGUCAGCUCUAAGUCCAGCACAGCUGUUUUCCUUGUAGAAGGAGGUACCGCUACAACUAUGGUGUCUAAGGAUACAGGCGUGAACUGUCUGUGAAUUGUUUAAAAGCUGACAAAAAUGACAUUUUUGCAUUCUGUUAAACAAACAUGCAGAAGACCUUUGGGGAGGGGGAGAGAGUUCCUUCUCCUGUCAGCACCCCUUACUGAGGACUUGCUUUAAAUAGAUUUCAGCUAUGCAGACAAUUUUUAGCUUAUGCUUCCAUAUUUUUAAUUUUGUUCUUAUUUUUUUGAAACAUUUUUUGCACUUUUUAUUUAGUAUUGCAAAAUUACAUCUUGUCUGUCCCCGACCACAGAAUUAUAUAUAUGUGUAUCGAAUGAUGUGGUCUCAAAAUAUUUUUUUUAAAAAACAAAAACAAAAAAAUGUAUUGCUGAUAAUCAGUUUGGACCGGGUUCUAAAGGUCACUAAACACACAAGCCGCCUGGCUACAGUGGUGUUUGCCGUUCAUGUUUUGAGUUCUGUGCGCAAGCUCGUUUGUAUGUUUCUGUGUGACAGAGUGUAUUAUCUUUUAAACGCCCUAUUUUUUCACUUGUGUUAUGUUGAAAUGUGCAAUAGUCUGUAGUUCACAGUAUGCUUUGUGUUUCCAUCCCUGCCACACAUUUCCCCUUUUGGAAUUAAAGGGCGGUAGGGGUUUUUAAUCUAAUGAUUUGGCAGCCAAUGAAAUCCAACUGUGAACUCUGCAAAGCAUAAUCAGCUUAAAGCAGCUGCUUGUAUCUAUCUGUAUGUGUGCUCCAAGGUCACAGUUAAUGCAUGAUUUUCCCUGCCUUAAAAGGGCUUUUUAAAAAGGAAGGAGGGGAGAAAAGAACAAACUUCUGCUUUCUUUCAUCCUUCGAAAUUAGCAAAUUGCAGCUUUCUUCAUAGUGGACAAUGCAGCUUUGGAAAACUCUAAGCAAGAAAGUGUUGAACAAAAUAUAAGGAAUCAAAGGGUCAGUUUGUACAAUCAGUGGAGGUAGAUACCUGCCCUAAUAAGCUUGAUGCUUGAUAAACAUGCCUCAUCAUUGGCAGGUUUACAAAGUUUAAGAGCACUAUAUGGGACAGAUGAUCUGUGGUAUCUUUUCCCUCCAAGCCAUGAUGCAUGUGCAAAUUAUAACUCUGGUAUGUGUAAACUGACCCCAAAGGUCUACCAUUUUAUUUUAUCUCUUGUCGUAUACAGUUUGAAAGUUAAAUAUGCUUUGUAUUUAUGUACAUUUUUCCUUAAUGAAUGCUUUUGGUGUAUAUUGAAAAGAACAUUUUUGCCUAAUCUUGGUAAGUUAUCUUAAAUUUUUUACUGUAGGUAGGUUGGUAAGACAGGUUUUUGAUAGACAAGCUAAAACAUGGACUCAUUUGCAUGAUAGUCAUGUGAUGAGUUCCUAUGCCUCUGUACUUUUACUGCCCAAAUCUGAUGGUCUAGUUCAGUGUUGCAUCAGAUUGCCUAGGUGUAACUGGCUGAUUUACAGUGCAUUCCUUUACAAGUCUACUUAAGGAGUACAUCUCACUGAGUUCAGGUAAGUAUAUCUAGAAUUGCAGCCUUUGAAUAUUGUGAAAAUACCCAGUUCCUUCGGAAAUGUCCUGCUUACGCAUUAAUUGCCCCUUUAGUACCUAUCAUCGCAACAUAUCAGGGUUUUUUCUAAGGAAAACAUUUUAGAAUAUUUUAGAAUACAUGUAACAGUACCUAUUUGUGCAUGACUAUUAAAAUAUCUGGCCCCAUAAAAGCACCAUUUUGAAAGUCAAUAAGGACAGAAAUGAGUAAAUAUUUGCUUACUGGCCCUUGUCACAGCAUGAAGCCCUGUUGUCUCAGUUGUUGUUCAGACUUAUGUAACCUUAACAAGAUAUAUAUUUACAAUCACUAAAUAGCAUCUAGUAUGAUAUCUGGUUCUAAAUAAAAGAUUGAGUUCUGAUUUGUCAUAAUCCAAGACUUACAUAACGGGGGUUUUUUUGGGCCACAUAGCACAAUCUCUACAGCACAUUGUCCCCAUGCUAGUUUCUGACGAACUGCUUCAUUCUGUUUUUCAGACCUAUAAAAAAUUGUUUAUUUCCUUAAUUCAGUUCUUACCAACUUUCUUCCGCUUUGAAGUCCUGAACUCUGCACUCUUUUCGAAACACAGUAGAACCUCGGCUUACGAAAGUGGCAUACCUGGAAGUAUUUUUCCGGGUUUUGCCGCAUGCACAGAAGUGCUCUAUGCACUGCGCGCAUGCGCAGAAGCGCUUUAUCGUACUGCAUGCAUGCGCAGAACAGGCACCUCCAGUUAUGGAAACCUCAGGAUCCGACCGGAGCUCUGGAACAGAUCCCGUCCACAACUGGAGGUACCACUGUAGUUACAUCCAGCUACUGAGGACUAAACCAACUUUUUCCACUGUAUGAUGUUUGAUUAGAUUAGACCAGUGAAGGUAAUAAUUCAAAGUGGUUUAAAUGAAAUGAAAUCCUGGUCUAGAAUAUCUGAAUGCUAAGUAAGUUAUGAUAUCAUUUAGAAUCUAUCAUGGACUUGGUUAAUGUUUAAAGUUUUCCAUCAAAUAAGAUCACUGCUUUCAUCCUGUGAUAAGCACAUCGAAAGCCCUCUAAUCAAUUUCCCCCCAUUCAUAGCCCAUUUUUCAUCAUUUAUCUCCCACUGUGUUAAGUGAUUAUUUUACAACAAUCUACUCUAGGCUAAGAAGGUUUCCGGCCUUUUGCCUCCUUCCCGGGGCAUAGCAUGCCUACAUCUAGGCUUUUUGAACUUUUGGCCUAAAUUCAUACAAUGUGCUUUUACUGGAGUUUUGGCCCUGCCAUACUUUGUUUUAAUUUCCUUUUAGCGUAAGCUUGAGAUUAAUAUUUGCAGCUUUUAGUUUUCAAAUCAGAAGUUGGACUUUGAACAGUGUUGAAUCUUCCACUGAAAAAAUUAGGCAAUCAUUGUUUUGGAGGCUUAUUUCAUAGGAAGCAGCUUCACAGCCUUGAAGCUCAGGAGUCCCCAAGGCAAAUUCUAAAAUGAGGCUCUGUGGCAUCAGCUAAAGAGCUGUGCAAUUCCCAUGUCAGCCCUUAGGAGACACAUUUUGGGAACUUUAGUUUUAAAAAGGCAUGCUGUCCCCAAGGAGCUCUCAAGGAACACACUAGACUAAGUAGCCUAGUUUUUGAAGAGGAAACUGAGCUGUGUGGAUUGCUUAGUUAGUGCUAAAGAGCCAGCAAUCCUGCUUUGAGUAAACCAGAUUUCAAGUGAUCUCCCCUUUUCAAGUAUUGGAAGGAUUUGGGGAAGGCUCAUUUGGGCCGGGAAUUUCCCUGGGCUGGGCAACCAUGCUAUAGUUCAGGGAUAGUACCGUAUUUUUUGCUCUAUAAGACUCACUUUUUCCCUCCUAAAAAGUAAGGGGAAAUGUGUGUGCGUCUUAUGGAGUGAAUGCAGGCUGCGCAGCUAUCCCAGAAGCCAGAGCAGCAAGAGGGAUUGCUGCUUUCACUGCGCAGCGAUCCCUCUUGCUGUUCUGGCUUCUGAGAUUCAGAAUAUUUUUUUUCUUGUUUUCCUCCUCCAAAAACUAGGUGCGUCUUGUGGUCUGGUGAGUCUUAUAGAGCGAAAAAUACAGUAUAUCUUCCACUCCAAAAGUUGGGCAGCUUCUCAAUGCAUGUCCUCUUAGAUCUUAACUGGGAGUUCACAACCACAUUUUAAAAAUUAACAGAAAGUGGAAAGAGGCUACUAAAAAAUAUUCAAGAGUGGAGUGUUUGUGCAAAUGAAACUGUGAGUGAUUUUUGGCUCCUUUUUAUUUUAGAUCUUUUUGCAUGUCGAGACCUAUUGCCAAUGAUUGCAUGGUUUGAUUGUGAUUUCACUAAUGUCUCACAUCUGCGUAGUUGGAUGUGCCAAGUCUGAAUGCUCAUGACAAAAGGAUGGCAAAUCAUCCCUCUCCAUUCCCUGAAAAUAGAGAUUUGACCUUUGGAUUAUCUUUGCACAGUUACUGGAGGUGGGGUGUGUGUGUGUUCUCUUUCUUCAAAUUAUACUGAUGGUAAUAUAUCAGUAAAUAGGCAUUUAGGGUGAAAGAACCUCUAUUAUGAUAUUUUGGAAUGAGAGUAUUUCAUCAAAAGGUGCAUUCUUUUGCCAUGUUGUGAGAACAGUUUUCUAAAAAGGAAUGCAGCAAUGUUCUCAAAGUUCCAUUAGUAAGCAAGUCAGAGACAAUUUAUUUUUCUAGUGUGGCAGUUGCAUCUUUUCCCCCACAAGAAAUAUUUACUUGUACUGUAAUUCAAGGGAAGGGAAAUAAUGCACAAGUUAAAACAAUUGCACUCUUGUAGUUGUGCUUAAGUUAUACAUAUAAGCAAAGGAUUUAAAAUAAAUGGAAGAUGUGAGAAUCGGCUUUUUAAUUCAUGGAGGAUCAGCGUAGAAAGCUUGCUUUUUUUGUUAAGAUAUAACAAAUGUCAGUUAUUCAUUCUGCCUUUCAUUUGAAUCUAGAGGUGAUAUUUCUUUUACUUGAGUGAACAAUAUCACAAGUUUCAAGGUCACAUGCUUAUUCUGCAGUACCCAGUGUUUCACAAAAUGAUUUUUAAUCCUCUAUGCCUAUAAAUUGGGGGGAGGGGUGGGAUUAUAGAUAUGUAUCUGAAAGAAAAAGCCUACCAGCAAUUUAUUUGUGGUGUAGUAGUUAACAAGUCUUUUUGCACCGCUGCAUUGCUAAGGGCCGUUGACUUUGUUUUUGUCCAUAUGGUUAUCCCUUAUGUAAUAAAUAAUUGUAACAUGCAAAUGAAUUUAAAGUUUAUAAAAGGCUAUUCCAUCAGUCUAUAUAAUGAAGAAUAUUUUAUGUGAUUUGCUUUUUAUCAUAUUAUGUAUGUCAUUCGAUGCCUUUUUUUCAGUAAACACAUGCCUCAGAUCUCUGUUGCAACUUUUUCCAGACACACCGUACAAAAUAUACUGAUUGGAAAUAUUAAGCCUAUAACCAAUGACAUAGUUAGCCAUACAAAAAGAUGAAGGACUCCCUAUAAGAUGGAAAUGUGUCUGAGGGAACAAGUUUUAGAGGGAACGUGAUGGCCGGGUAAAUGUUAAGCAUCCCUUCCCUACCCAAUCCUCUUCUCCUAUCUGCAACAUAUUUUUUUUAAGAGGAACAUAUCAUAGGGCACUGGGAUGAAUGUCCCUUUCAUCUCCAGUGCAGGCUAAGUACUGAAAUUCAGAUAAUAAAAUAUCAUAGGCAUUAGCCAUCAGCUAUAUGUGACAUUCAUUCAACUGUAUUGCACUAUGAAUUCCAAUGGCCUUGCUAACUGGGAAGACAAUUGCAUUUUGCAGUAACAAAAUCUUGCCAUUUGAGUGCUGGUAAAAUACAACAUCGCUGAAAGAGGUGUGCAUAUCUGAGGAAGACAGACUGGAUCCUGUGCAGAAAAAUGAGCAACAGCUGCACAGUUGCUGCUUUGAAAACUCAGUGCUCUGAGACGGUAGGAUAUCUGGAGUAAGCAAACUCUUGUUUUCAACAGGGAUACACAAUCACCCUAACAUUCAACCUGAAAAAUAUCAUGCUUUGGCGAGUGCCCUGUUCAAGCACUCACAAAAGUGUAAGCCUUUUUUUUGGUAAGUGUCCAGUUUGAGGACUUGCAAAAGGCUUGCUGGUCCUCACAGUGACCACUGCCUCCCAUCUCACCAACCUGAAUAAUAUAUCUUGAGGCUAGGGCAGGACGGUAGAAGAAUGGAGGCAACGGGUGUUCUGGAGCCCCUCUCAGAGCCUUCUUCCCAGCAAUCACUCAUAGUAUUACCGUAUUUUUCGCUCUAUAAGACGCACCAGACCAUAAGACGCACCUAGUUUUUGGAGGAGGAAAGCAAGAAAAAAAAUAUUCUGAAUCCCAGAAGCCAGAACUGCAAGAGGGAUCACUACACAGUGAAAGCAGCAAUCCCUCUUGCUGUUCUGGCUUCUGGGAUAGCUGCGCAGCCUGCAUUCACUCCAUAAGAUGCACACACAUUUCCCCUUACUUUUUAGGAGGGAAAAAGUGAGUCUUAUAGAGCAAAAAAUACGGUAAGUCCCAUCCCCAAUGAAGAAAGAUGCUCUGCUGGGGCCUCUGGAUGCUCUUUGCUAUCUUUGACUCCACCCACUGGCAGGGGUGUAGGGGGAGUGCACUGCCCCUGGCGGCAUGAUCCCAUUGGGGUGCCAUCGUGGCUCCCCCCCUCCGCACUGGGUGCCACACCCCCAGCAUGUGUGCCACGCCCCUGUGGGCCGUGCGUCACGCCCCCAGCAUGCAUGCCACGCCCCUACGGGUGGUGCGUCACGCCCCCGAGGCGUGCGCCAUUCCCCCAGGAUGCAUGCCAGCCAUGCCCCCGCCUGCUCUCCGCCACUGGCUCCCCCUGUCUCAAGGUAAGUAAUUGGGACCUUGGGACAGGGGAAGGCAGAAGUGACAGUGGGCACUUGUCGGAUCCAGAUCAGUGAAGGAGCCCUGCUCACCUUGAACCAUUUUCAAGAGUUUGAACAGAUGCACUGUCUUCUGUGACCAUUGAGUCCCGCGGCACGUGUUUACACCAUGCUUAGCAUGUGUGCUCAAUUUUAAGUUCUUCCUGUCACUCUAUACAUUUUGCCAGCCACACAGAUUUAUGCAAAACAGUCCACUUCCCUUUGUGUCCUGCUGUUCAUUUUUAAAGAAAACCGUUUGGUCCAAGUACCAUUUUACACAGCUUUCCAAUAUUUCCUUCAGCACUUGGAAAGUUUAAUUUAAAACACAACUAGUUCAAGUUAACCCUGCCCCAAAGGGAACUACUUCCAGUUCAUCCUUUUACAAAACAAAACUUGUUCAAUUCAUUCAUCCAAAUGAAUACAUAAAAAGUUCAUCCUAAAAUCAGCAUUCAGAAUGUCACAACCUGCUGUGCAGAACUAUAAGGUCUAAAAGGAAAUAGGGCUACACAACUAAUAAGACAGAAUGUUAGCAAGUGAAUCUUUUCAAUUUGUGCCAGCCACACAGCUGUUAAAGGCAUCAUUCAUUUUGUUCCUCUACCUGUACUUCUCACUGCAAACUACCCUGUUGAAAAAGAGCAAAUCUCUUCAGUAGGGAAGGUACAGGAAAUGCCUUACAUUCCUUCCUUUUGAUUACAUAACAACAGUGAUUAAGGUACUGUCUAAUCAGCCUCCAUGGUUUGCUUUCUAACUUUCCUUAUAGAUGUCUGGCUGACUGGGGGUGGAGUGGGGGAAUAGUCUGGGCCUCCUGCCAGGCUGAAGAGAAGGGAAUGAAAGUGAAGAUGAACUAGAAAUUUACUUCACCCAGCAGUUGUGGGGACCACUUUCAAGCGUAGUCCAGAGAUUUUUGAACUAGUUCAGUGAACUUUGUUCAACCAAACUAGUUCAUUCUAAGCACUGAUUUCCUUGUUCCUUAGAACUUAAACUUUGAGGAUAUAGUAGUUGGCACUGUUAACAGUAUCAGUCUCACACUAUUUGAGUAGUAACAGAGUACUUGCUUAAAUGUUUUAAAAGACAAAAAUUAGAUAUGAGUCUUAUGUGCUCUGCUGACAUACCCCCACUGUUACACACGGGACCGCAGGAGAAGAUACAUAUACAAAGCUGCUUUAUAAAAUUCCUAAACUGGAACAAAAGAACAACUAAUCCUGAGGAACUUAAAAGACUAACGAAUGCGUUCCGGCAUGAACUUUCAUAGCUGCAAUAUAAAUAGGCGUUACGUGUCCUGUAAACUUGGUGGCCUUGUGUACACAUGUUCACAUACAAUGCUGAACCAUGGUUCGUGGUACAUGCACAAGCUAGAAUGAGCCAGAGCAAAACCACCAGCUUGCGUUCUCCUUCCACGUAGCCAGGAGAAAGACUUCUGCCAUGUCUAUUAACGGUUUCCAUGAAUCUUGGCUUCUCAUUACAUAUAAACUGGAAACGGUAGCAAAGAACACACCUGAUCAAUUUCAAAACGAGCCAAUUCCAAACUUUGGGCUAUAAAGUUGGCUUCAUUAACUAUCGUCAUGACAUACCAGGAUUUGUAAAAACUGAAGCCAGGUAUUGCAAGAGGAGGGGAGGAAGAAAUGAAAUUAACAAGAUGUGCAAGCUCAAAGCUUUGCUCAGGCUCAUCAUAGCUCAUUCAUGUAGUACUAAAUCAUAGUUUAGCAUUGUGUGUGAAUUAGUACAAUGAGACUAAAGGAAAAAUAAAACACAUAAAAUACUAUACCACAUCAGAGUUGGGUGUGUGCCUUGGCUCACAGAGGUAUUCAAGAUGCAAUCGGAAAUUAGGAAUUAUUCUUUUUAUCCCUACAAUUUUAACAAGUGAAACAGAAUUUUUUUAUUAUCUUAAAGCACAUCAUUCAGAUUUGGAAACCCCUCCCCCCCCACCGACAGUCUUAGGUCUAUUUCCAGUUAUUAGUAUUUAAUAUCUGUUUCGCACAAAUACUGUGUUAUGCACUGUGUAUUUGGUAGCUUGAAACCAGGUUCUUUGUAUCUUAACAGCACUAUGGAAAAUUCCAAUGUAAGUUCCAAAAGAAACUGACAGUGCAAAUUAAGGAAACGAUAAUUCCAAACCUCUUUAUUUGUGUUGCUUAUACAAUAUUGAGCUGCAUUUCUUGUUUGCUUACUCAAGAGUGAGAGAAAUGGGUUGUACUGGCAUGCAUGUAAGGUUGAAACAUUCUUCUCAGUGACUGUGGGCUGAGAGUUUCCUCCAUCUCAAUGAUGGUGUGUUGUGACAAUGGAGAUAUUCCUACAAAUUUAAACACGAAGCCAUGCAUAGCCUCGAAUUGGAAAAACGAAAACACUGAGCUAUAUGGCAUUCAUGUCCACAGCGAGAUUUCUAGGGAGAAGGAGCCGAAGAAUACUAGUCCUCUCAGAACUGUCUUAUUGUAGUGCUUCUCACACAUUUCUGCUAAAAUGUCAAAUUUAUACAUGGUUGAUUUUACUACUUUUGUAUAAGCUGCCCAGUAACUUGCUAUGCUGUUUAAGUUGCGCAUUACAGGAUAGUCUGACUACGAAUGAAACGUACCGCUUUUUUAAAUCAUCUGUGGAUGCCACUAUGAAAGCUGACAUUCUUAAAAGCCACUUCAGAGUUUUCUAUGAAUACUUGUUAUAUAUGAACCUAUACAAAGAGACUGUAUCGAUACAAAGAAAUUGGAACAUUUAAAAACAUUUCUUUAGGUUUGGGGGGUGCGCGGGGAGUCUUGCUGUAAAAUGAUGCAUUAAUCCAUUUAAUAAAAAUCAUCUUCAUG